AUGUUGCGUCAGAACGGAGGAAGUAACAAGCGUGGUUUGGGAUUUGCCCGGUUCUCUACUUCGAACUUCUUCAAUAUCUCAAGUUCUGCCAGUUGGGGAAUGGGAAGGAGCACCAAAAGCAACUCGCUAAGCAGCAUUAGCACCAAUUCGGAUUGCUAUGAUGGUACCAUAGUUGAUCCAGAGUACAUCAUGCAGUUGGUAAAUGAUGUCAGGAAGUUUGCCGACAUUCUCCUUUACCUGAAGGAAGCCCUUCUGUUGACAGGUGAGCAAUACUGAAAGAUCCUUGAACAUAAUGCAGACUGAUAUCUGUGCAUCACUGUUCCACAAUAUAUAGGGAUGUCAUUUUAAUUUGUGGAGUACUAGCUUCUUGAUCCAAAUUUAAAUCAGACUGAGGCCAAGAAUGACCUUUUUCCUAGCUUGUUGCAAAAUUGGAAGUGCUUCAAGCAUUCAUACGCACACACACCCACUCAUAUGCAUAAAAUAGAAAUAAAAAUAUUAAUAUAAAAAAAAAAAAAAAUUAAAAAAAAUUAUAAAAAUGCUCACCUCCCACCAAGGCUCUGCAUCACAUACACACUGCAUUCAUAUACACACUGCAUUCAUAUACACACUGCAUUCAGAUACACACGGCAUUCAGAUACACACGGCAUUCAGAUACACACGGCAUUCAGAUACACACGGCAUUCAGAUACACACGGCAUUCAUUCAUACACGCGCACACACUGCAUUCAUAUACACACUGCAUUCAUUCAUACACGCGCACGCACACGCACACACCCCCACUCAUACGCACGCACACACUGCAUUCAUUAUAUAUAUAUAUAUAUAUAUAUAUAUAUAUAUAUAUAUAUAUAUAUAUACAUACACACACACACACACACACACACACUGCAUUCAUUAUAUACACACACUGUAAAUAAACAAUUUAAUAUAAUUUUGGGGAUCUAAUUUUAGUCUUAUACUCGAGUCAAUACGUUUUCCCAGUUUUUUGGGGUAAAAUUAGGGGUCUCGACUUAUAUUCGGGUCGACUUAUUCUCGAGUAUAUACGGUAUAUGUUUUCACAUUUCUUUAAUUGUAUUGUUUAAACAUACAUAUUUGUAUCUAUUUAUUUAUCCUUAUAAAGAUCUCUCAUUUUCAAGUAUAACCUGAAAUUGGGGCUGAUGUGCUUAAUUUGUAAAUCGCUCUACAACUGAUUGUCUCAAGACCACUUUAAAGUGAACCUGUCAUGACAAAUUCACUUUAGCUGCCAAUCCUCCCUUAAGCAAUGGACAUAUCAUUUUGUCAUAAAACCAAACAUCUCCUUGCUUUCUGAGCUGUUACUCAAAUAAACUCUCUCAUGCAGUACAGUGCUGAUAUUAUGCUGGGUUCUUGGAUGUAAGACUAAACAAAUACCUGCCCCUGCACCUGCCCUUUUCUCACCAUUCUCCUAUGUGAUAGGCACAUUUUGGGAACAACAUGACCUUUGCCAGCAUGUCGGUAACAGAACUGAGUGACCUUUUGUUCCUUUGCUCCUUUUGCCCCCAAAGUAUAAAAUUCACUUGCCAGAGACAUGGUCACAGUGUCUGUGUCUGUGACUGUGAGCAGUAGAAUCACCUUACACACUUUGCAGUCAGUAUGUGUUUGGAAUAAAUGCUGUCCUCUAUGCUCAGUAGGUGCUUGACAGGUGAUUGCAGGAUCUAUUUGUUUACAUAAAAGAGAACAUGUAAGGCCUAAUCACAUCCUUCCAAACAGUCUGUCAUAGCUGGUAUUGAGAUGUUUUCUGGUUAUUUUUCCUGCACAUAAUUAACCAGGUGUUAACCUUUGUAGCAAGCUCCGUUCAGAGUAACUGAUGCUCUGUGCUGUGGAAGUACAUUUAUUUGUAGGUCUCAAAUCCUCACAGCUCCAUGGUUUUCUGUCAAGUUUUGCCUCCAUUAAAUGGCUAAGUUCAUAAAUGUUGGAAUGGUUAUAAACGUACUAAAGUGGUUAUUGUGUUUAGUAUCUCUUUAAUUGUAUUCAACAGUCAGCAGUUGAUUAAUUGGCGUAAGCAAUAGAUUAGUAGUAAUUUCAUGAAUUAUCAAGGUGUUGACGUAGAAGUACCGUUCCUUUAUUAUUUUUUUAUUAAUGUAAUUAAAAUAAUUCCGAGAUUUGAUAAAGAGCAGUUUUGAGUUGUGUGAAGGUGUCAGAGCAUUGUAAAAGUUGCCACAGGAACAUGAGGUGAAGAGGAACAAACACAAGUAAUAGAGCGAGUGAUGUGUUCUGAGUUUGUUGAUAGCACAGUUUGAGAGGCUCAUGAUGAACAGAUCUCUGUCAGUUUGCAGCCUAAGAAACUCCACAGCAAAUACAGAACUCACAAGCUUUUGAUAGAGGGUAAGUUUCUUUUGAAGUUGUGUUGGGACAGAACAAAAUUAGGAUACCUGUAAUAGCUUAAUAAAGGUUAAUAAAACUCGGCAUAGGAAAGAUUCCUUUCAUAGGAAUGAAAGACUGCUGCAAUCUUUGAUGUUAAAGCAUAACAUCUUGGUGUGAAACGAUUAGUGCUAUAGUCUUUUCGACUUGUCCAGGACUCUUUGUAAUGGAAAUGCUGAGACAAGGCAAGAAUGCAUGUCUCCCUGUUUCUUCCUUAGACGUGGUAAAUGAGUGGGCUAUUGUGUUCAUUAGCUGCUUCUGCGGGAAAGUGUUUUUUCCUUUUUUAUUUAUUUAUUGGAUCUUUUAUUGGCUCUCUAAUUUAGGAAAGGGAUGUAUGUACAUGCCCAGAACAUUAAAUUGCCUCUACAGUGGUUCCCAACCCAAUCCUCAAGUACACCCUAUCCCCUAACAGUCCAGAGUUUAGGAAUUGCCCAGUUGUGUCUAAGGUGUUUUUAGAAAGAAAAACAAAAGUGAAACAUUUUAGACACAAUAGGGUAAUGCAAAAUAUCCUGAACUGUUAGGGGGUACUUGAGGACUGGGCUGGGGACCCCUGCUCUAGAGAAAAAAAUGUGGAUUGUUAUAUUAAGGUAAUUAAAUGUAUUUAGACAUAUUCACGUAGCAAUAUCUGGUGACCUUUUUAAAGCAGACAGAAUUCUGCAAGAUCUUGGACAGGCUCCCCCGCUUGUGUAUAUAAAUGCUUAUUGUUUUCUGUUUAUUAUAUUCUACAUUGCUUGUGUAUAGGCAGCAUUAUACAUUCAUGUAUAUAGGCAGCAUUUUUUCACUCUGACAUUGCGUGUUUUAAUGGCGUUACAAUGUUUUGUUUUAUAUUCUAUCUGUCUUUAGACUACCACUGCAAUCUGUGGAGUUAUUUUCCCAUUUAUUAAUUUAUAUGUGUGCUGAAAUAUGAAACAUUCAGUGAUUCCCAUACUUUUCUCACUGUGGCAAAUGCACAAAACAAGAAUCAUUCAGUCACACACAGUAAAGCCCCUAGACCUGUAUAUCAGGCUGUUCACAUUUAAGGAAUGUGUGUAGCUUCUGCCCAGAGGUUUAUUGGGAAACUAGGGUUACCCAUAAUAAUUUGGUCCCAUUAAAGUUGGUCUUCAUGGGAGAAAGAUCAAAGCACGCUGACAAUAUCUAUAAUUGAACUUUCAAAUGUUUAUGCCUCCUCCAAGCCAUGUUUCAUUCCCACCUUGAUCUCUUAUGAAAAUAUAUAAUUGAUGCAUUGUAAAGCGCUACAGAAUUUGUUGGCGCUAUAUAGUAAUAAUAAUGUAAGAGAUUCUAUUGACUCUGUGGUGCUUACAAUAUGUAGGUUGCUACUAGAAAUUAACCUAAUAUUGUGCUUCAAACCUUUUAAUUUACUCAUCCAAACCUUUUAAUUUAUUCUGAAGUGAGAUGACAACUACAUUGCAAACUUGACCAGUUUGAAAAUAAUCAACACAGUUGUAGUUAACAGGAAAAAAAACUUUAAAAAUGUAGAUAAUGGAGUACUAUUUAAAUGUGUUUUUUUUUUUUUUCUGACUAGAUGACCCUGCACCCUAGAGUUUAUUUGGCCCUUUAUGCUGUCGUAUACACUCUGGUUGAGCACUUUGGAAGGGGAGGGGGCAGGACUAGGCCAACCUGUUCCAUUGUCCUUGAACUGACUAGUUACCUAGAGACGCACAAACUUCUGUUCUGCUUAUAUUUUUGUCUGUUACAGAGUUGGACGUGAGACAUUUUUAAUGUCUUGUUAAUGCAUACCUUUUGAUAGAGAGGUUUAUUAACCGCAAACUUGACACCAACUCCUGCUUAGUUGGUUGGUAUUUAUUUAUUUAUUUACAUGUUAUUCUUUAUUUUUGCAGUGCAGAAAAAUACAUACAGACUUGUCAUGCCUCAACUGCAAUUAAAAAGUCAAGAGUCAAGAUAUAUAGCUUACACGCAGUAAGGCAUUUUGAAAAAACAUGCACAUUUUUAAAAUAUAUAACAGGAUUACAACAUGCCUAGUGAGUCGGUCUAGAUUGUAGUGUAUGCUUUCACAUUAGGUAAUAUAACUAGACACGACUUUGAUUUUUUUUUAAAUGCCACUGGUUUGAUAAAAGCAAAAGAGGAAAAGAACAUUAUGCUAUUUAAACUGACGUGAUACAAUUAUGCUAGGCAGUGUAUUCUGUGGCAUAUCAGAAGCUGAUUCUUAAUUCUUAGACAGAGAAUUUAGCCUAUGCCAGACACAUGAGUAUUGCUUCUGAGCUUGUGAGUGUUGGGCUUGGGUGUUGGGCAAGGAUCCUGGAGAGUGGCGGUCUGCAGUAGAACAGAGCUACCGGUAUUGAGGCUUUCUUUGCCGUCUGCUCUGCAUCAUGCAAGUUGCUGCUUGGUGGAAAAGCUACUGCCUCAGACAGAUUCAACCCACCUCUCAUAAGUUCUCCAUAUUUUAUGUCGGAUGCAAGUGUAUGUCGUGUGUGUGCGAUCUGUGGUUUCCUAUUGGACUGUUGCAUUGUUUAUAGAGCAGAGAAUACUUUCAACAAAAUAAUUUUUGUGCAACUCAUCUGAAUCAAUAGCUAUGAGAUAACAUGGUUCCAUGCCAGUUACAGAUCUGUUUAUCAUUACUUGAGGGAGCAGUCUAUGCAAUGGAAACAUUUUGCCUCUUCAAAGCUCUUUCAAACCGAGCUGGCUCGGAUAGUGCCAGAUAGAACUCUCAUGAUGUCCACCACAUACAAACUCUUCACAAUCAACAGUGCAAUUUUGUCAGCAUUCACACAUUACAGUUUGGAUAUAAUUUGUUCUAGUGAAUACAGUGUGCCUAUAAUGUAUACUUUUACUGCCUAAUUUUGCAAAUAUGAUAUAUUGUAUAUUUUACCUGAAGUAGAUUCACCAUUCACUCAUUGUGUCAAAUAGUCCUUGAUUUUUGUUUUAUAGGACUUGAUACAUUUUAUUACAAAUAAUGCAACGCUAUGUCUUGGCUUUUAUAUCUUUAUUCUAAACCUGACUCUCUUGCUGUCACAUGUUUAGCACUUCACAAAAGUCCUGGAAAAGAAAUAUGGAUGCAAAGUCAUAAACCACAAUUCUUCCUUCUAUAAGACAAAAGCCAUUGUUUCCAAUUAAGUAACGCUCCUGGAUUUGGUACACACUGUACAUGACAGCACUUAAUUACCAGUCCACCAGAGCACACAGGGGAAUGUGAGAAGCAACAACAUACAACUAAUGCUUCUACGUGAUCAUACACAAUAGUUAGAAACUAUUGCAAUCAAUAUAUGAUAGUAGGUACUACUGUCAAAUGUGAAAGUGCCACUUUAGUUGUACAUCGGGUAAACAUCAAUAUGUACAGGUGAAUGUCUGUCUGCAAAGGUGAAAAAAAACAACAAACCCCAAUGUAUUUGAAAAGGGGAAUAGAGUGACAGGUUCACUAUCUGUAUCUAUUAAAACAUUUUACACUGUUUAAACUGUAAUUUAAGAAAUUGGACACACGGUAUAGCACAUCAAGGGACAUGGGUUGUAUGAACAGCUAUGUCUCUGUGCAGUAAGAAUCACAUGUUGUUAGCCUAAACCAGGUCUUGGCAAGUAUAAAAUGUAAGGGAGAGCAUGCCAUACCAGUGGAGCCGCACUAGAGGAUUCCUGUAGGCAAGAGGUCAGGGUGCAAACCCAGGAUGUCCAAAAAUAUUUUGGAUCUCUCUAAAAUACCCAAACAGUUUGCACCUGCAUUGCAAUCUUUGCGACAUAUGGUCCCAUGACUACUGGGGCUUUUCACACUCUGUCCUAAGACUACAAUUUAAACAGCAAUUAGCUGUAUUUCUACCUUAUCAAAGAAUUCCCCUAGUUUGUUCUUGGAGUAUUUGUAGAUUUUUUUUUUUGUAUGGAGGAUGUUGAUAGAAUGCUGUCUGAAUUCCUUCUGUUGAAAUCUUUCAUUUUCUAAGGAUUGAAAGGCUUUAGUGUUGGGAUUUAGUAGGAAUUUGAGGUAAAUAUUGUUUUGAAACGAAGCAGUAUAAAAUAUGGCACAUCAAAGAGCUGCUAUUUACCUUUGUGAUUUGUACCCUAGGUAUAUGUGAAUCGUCCCUACACGCCAAGUAAAUUCAUGAAAGGCCUGAGGAGACAAUCUGCAUAGCCGUAUGUGUAAAUGUGCCAUUACUGUGAAAUAAAAUACAAUAGCAACACGUUAAAAUUAAAAAAAAAAUUUAAUUAAAGGAACACUAAAGCAUUGGGAAUACAAACAUGUCCAUAGUAAAAUACAGCAUACAACAAAAUCUUGAGAAGUGAAAUCCUUUUUAAGAUAGUUACAAAUGUAUAGUUUCCCAGUCUUGACGCAAUCUUUAAAUUUGUCUCCCUGAAUACUAUAAAAAUGCAUUUUAUUAAACCCACCCAAGAGAAGUACAAUACAUUUUAAAACCUGUAUACUAUUUGCAUAUAUAUUAGAUGUAAACUUGUAAGUUGGCAGCAUUUUUUUUUUUUUUUUUUUACCUCGUGUAAACAUUGAAUAAAAGAUGUCUAGCUAAACUUUGUUUCCAUUUGGCACAGUACGGACUCUGCACCAGCAGGAAGUUAAAACAACUUUUUUUCCAUUUUCCUGAUUAGUAGAAUGUUGGUGACUUUUCAGCAAAUCAGAUUCUGAUAGGCUUCUGACAUGACAAGCCCUCUACGUAACUUUAUGUUAAUAGGUUGCUGUCAUAUGUUUGAUAAUUGUGCUGCAAGUGCGUGACUACUUUCCCAUCAGAUAUCGUCAAAUGUACCAUAGCGAGGGUAGCUUAAAAUAAUAUUAAUGUGUUGGAAUAUUUUUUUUUUUUAAUUUAUGGAAAGAAAAUCCCAGUAACAUUACCAGUGUAACAGAUGUUGAUGGCAAAUAAAUCUCUGCUCAUCCGUGUAGUCCACCUAUUCCCUGAAAGAGCAGGGUUUAUGCUUGUUUUUUGGGGGGUGAGGGGGGUUUCGUGACAGAAGUGCGUACCCUUCACAACACUGUUCUCUAUGUAUUAGAAAGCUGCUCCACACAUUAAUUAUUUUCAGUAAAGAAAUAAAUGUUCCCCCAUCACCUUAGGGCCUCUGUUCUAGAUACCAUCUUUCUACAGAACAUGUUAUGUUGUACUUUGUUUAAUUCCUCAAGAUAUUUGGAAGUGAUAUCCUUGUCUAACCUGUUCCUUCUAAGUUUUUAUAAUGAGACAGAAAGUAAUACUGUUGGAAUAGGUUAAUGAUACACUGAUGUCGCAGCGUGGUAAAUAAACUAACCUGUUACUGUGUACUUUUUGCAGUCCGGUGUGAGCACUAGUUGAUUAAUCAGUGUUUAGGAUCAUUACUUACCAGUCCGCUGUGAGCAGUUUGAUUAAUCCGGCUUUAAAUACUUUUAAUACAUUCGGGAAGAGUCACUGUGCUUGUGGGAUGAGAUCCUGCAGCCGUGCACUGUCUGUAAACUGAAUGCAGAGCGUUGGGACAUGCAGGUGAAACUUUUUUAUGCCGUAAAGCACUUGAAAUAUACAUUGUUCUUUAGAUCUGCGGGUAGAAACAUAGAAACUUAAAAUGUGACGGCAGAUAAGAACCAUAAGGCUCAUCUAGUCUGCCCAAUUUUCUAAAUACUAUCAUUAGUCCCUGGCCUUAUCUUAUAGUUAGGAUAGCCUUAUGCCUAUCCCAUGCAUGCUUAAACUCCUUUACUGUCUUAACCUCUACCACUUCAGCUGGAAGGCUAUUCCAUGCAUCCACUACCCUCUCAGUAAAGUAAUACUUCCUGAUAUAUUUUUAAACCUUUGUCCCUCUAAUUUAAGACUAUGUCCUCUUGUUGUGGUAGUUUUUCUUCUUUUAAGUAUAGUCUCCUCCUUUACUGUGUUGAUUCCCUUUAUGUAUUUAAAUGUUUCUAUCAUAUCCCCCCCGCCUUGUCUUUCCUCCAAGCUAUACAUGUUAAGAUCCUUUAACCUUUCCUUGUAAGUUUUAUCCUGCAAUCCAUGAACCAGUUUAGUAGCCCUUCUCUGAACUCUCUCUAAAUUAUCAAUAUCCUUCUGAAGAUACGGUCUCCAGUACUACGUACAAUACUCCAAGUGAGGUCUCAGUGUUCUGUACAAUGGCAUGAACACUUCCCUCUUUCUACUGCUAAUACCUCUCCCUAUACAACCAAGCAUUCUGCUAGCAUUUCCUGCUGCUCUAUUACAUUGUCUGCCUACCUUUAAGUCCUCAGAAAUAAUCACCCCUAAAUCCCUUUCCUCAGAUGUUGAGGUUAGGACUCGAUCAAAUAUUCUGUACUCUGCCCUUGGGUUUUUACGUCCAAGAUGCAUUAUCUUGCACUUAGCCUCAAAUAGAAUAUAAAUAAAAUCAAAAUGGUGUAUUGUUAAGUUUCUUUUUAUCCACAACCUUUGUGUCUAUAUAUUGUAGUGAAAUCUAUUCUUCCUAAACACACGUUUUAUUUAUGAAUGGACUCACAUUUGAAAGUGUUCUUCUGUUUUGGUAUAUGAAAACCCAUGCUCAAUCUAAUUUCACUGACCAGGUGCCUGGAGCUGUAAAUAUUGUCCUUGUCACUUUAGGGCAUCAUAUUCCAUAAACCAUAGGCUGGAGUAUUGGAGCUUACAAAAACAAAUUGUCACCAUGUACUAUAUUACUCCGCUUUUGUGUUCAACAUGUUUUAUGCCACUGGUUAGUUUUCUAGAAAGUGCAUUCUAGAAAACUGGACUAAAUGAAUGCUGUUUCCUACUAGCUUUGGUUUUUUUAAAUGUACUUUUAUGGACCUGCAAAAAUACUGUAUUUAAAACUGAUUAAGCAUCAUUGCUAAGUACAUUAUUGACAAGAGCAGAGAUAUCCGCCGACAACCUUUUUUUUUUUUUACCCUUUUGAUUCCUGAUUGAUUUGACUCAAAACUUCAUAUUUCCCCUUGAAUCUCCAGUUCAGUGUAGAUGAAAAGAAAGCAUGUAACAGGAGUAUAAUGUUUUUCUUCUAAUGUAGAUUGAACCCUUUGUACAGUGCUGUUGAAUAUGUUGGAGCUACAUAAAUAUAAUGUAUCAAAAUGAUUUUUCCAGUUUGAAAAUAAAUAUUUUUUUUUUGUUUUUUUUGUUUAAUAGAUGUUGUUUUCUGAGAGCUGACAUGGCAAGAUCUCUUUAAUUUCCUGUCGUCUUAUUUUUCCUUUUCCAGAAAACUUGCUCAGUCUUUGAAAUGGAUUUUUCUUUUAUCGCAUUCCUUAUUACGCAGAGGAUAAUUUUGAGAUAGUUCUAAAGAUGAAAGCCCACCAUAGGAAUUUGUGAGUUAGUUGAGUGGCCUGCACUUCUCAGCUGUACCUCCUCCCCCACUCACAUACCCUGCAUUCUUCCCGAACAAACCUCUACUUGUUGCUAUAGUGUCUAAGAUCAACAGCCAUUAGGUGUGUGAUGUUUUUCCUAUCUGCCAUAUUAUCAAAUUAAGUUCAGCCUACUAAUAAAGUGCACCAUUAUUGAGAUGUCGGGAGAGUGUAGUGACCACCAUUGAGCCUGUCCUUGGACUUUUCCUUUCAUUAUUUCUUUAUUCAUUGAAGAUUAUAUCACAAAGUGAUAUGAAAUAGCAGAAUUAUUUGUGUCAAUUUUUUUUUCCCUCAAUGGUCAGAUUUAGCUAGACGAACACACAUCUCGUUUUAUUUUCUAUUGCAAAAUAAAGCAUCCACAAACAUUAACAUCCUUGCACUUGCUGUGUAUCAUGCCAAUAAAGGAAGGUGUUGGAAUUUUUUUGCAACUACAUUUAUGAAUGAAGAUCUCUCCAGCAUAGAGUUCAUGUAUGAACUUGCUGUUUUUGGCCUUGCGCUUAGCACAUGUAGAUGUUUGUUUUUAGAUAUGAGUUUUUUGUUUGUGUUUGAUGGAAAGUAGCAUUUUAUUUCUUGCUUCGUUUUAUCUCUGACAUUACUUGUGUUAACCAAAUUCAUUUAAAAUCUAUAUAUGCACAUCAAAGCAAAAAACUAUAUUUUGUUGAAUAUGAGAGAUAUAUCAAGCAGAAAAUAUAUUUAUUUUUAAUACCUUUGUAAUUAUUUGCGUACAUAUGUAUGAAUGGUGUUUUAUUUCCCGUACUAAAAAAAAAUUAUUUUUUUUUUUUCCCCACCCAUUCCUCUACUGUUAAAGGGACACUAUAAUCACCAGAACUACUACAGCUUAUUGAAUUUGUUCUGGUGAGUAGAAUCAUUACCUUUAGGCUUUUUGUUGAAAACACUGUCUUUUCAGAGAAAAUGCAGUGUUUACAUUACAUCCUAGUGAUAACUUCACUCAAAUAGGUGUUAGAGAUCCUUCCUGGGUCAUGACUGCCUAAAACAUCCAAACAUUCAGUAUCUCCUCCCUCUGCAUGCAGACACUGAACUUUCCUCAUAGAGAUGCAUUGAUUCAAUUCAUCUCUGUGCGGAGAUGCUGAUUGGCUAGGGCUGUGUUUGAAUCAUGCUGGCUCUGCCUCUUUCUCAGUCUCAGCCAAUCCUAUGGGGAAGCAUUGUGAUUGGAUCAGGCUACCACUUCUGCGGGCAAUGGGCAGGUCAAAAGGAAACCGUAACCAAGCCAGCAGUUUCAGGCUUGAAUACAAGUAAGAUUUACUAUAUUUAGGGAGGCAUGAGGGGACCAGGGUGGCUACAUGGUGGUUUUAACCCUAUAGGGUCAGGAAUACAUGUGUGUGUUCCUGACCAUAUAGUGCUCUUUUAAGUCUUAAAACUUUGUAAUGAUUUAAGAGACGGAGCUAUUUUUUCAGCUUCUCGUUUUGAUGACCUUAUCAGCUGCUAUUGUUUAAAGACACUAUAGUUACCAGAACAACUACAGCUUAAUUUAUAUGAAUAGUUUGUCCCGGCAGCCUUUUCAAUGUAAACUCUGCCUUUUUCAGAGGAAAACCUCUAGUGACAGUAACUCAGACAGCCACCAGAGGUGCUUCCUGGGUCAGUGCUGCACUGAUGUUCAGAGUCUCCACGUUCUGCAGGGAGGUGCUGAACGUUCUUCAUUCAAUGCAUCUCUAUAAGGAGAUGUAGAUUUGUGCAGGGGAUGGGGGAGGGGGAGGUGUCUAAAUAGCACUAGUAGAACUAUAUUGACACUAUAUAGAUUUCAUUUAAACCAAGCAUGUCACACAUUAUAUAUUUGCCUUUCAUAAAUAGGGCACAUGUUUGACAGUUUAGAACUGUAGGAUACAUAAGUGAUUGUUUCCUUUCCAAAAAUCUUUGUCCAUGGAACUUCCAGGUAGAAUAUUGUCCUAUCUGUUUUGAUAAUGCUUUUUUUUUUUUUUUAUUCAUUAAGAAUAGAGGAUGAAUAGAACAUCAACAUUUAGCCAAUUUGAAGUACACAAUUAUUGUACAUCAGAAAUACAGCUGACAAUGCAACAGUGGUGACCUUACAAUAUGGAUAGUCAGAUAAAACAAUGACAUUCAUAUGAAAAACAAUAAUACAAUGCAGGUUGGAGCUUUUAGAUAAAAUGAAGUCAGAUAUAUCUCUUUGGUCUUUUGCAAGUUCUCUUGUUAAACGAUAUGUCUCAUGAUAUGUGACAGUGCGUUAGAUGUUCCCCUAUGAUGCAGUUUUAUUGAUGGGAAUCUUCUUGUACAUGUCCCAUGAAUUUACAGUUUGUUGCAGAUUGUGUGAAAAGAUCCGAUUUAUGCAAAUCAGUAUAGCAAUUCAUUUUAAGAGUGCAUUGUAUUGGUUAUUUAAUUUCUCACUUAGAAAUCAUUUUUAAACUUGGAAUUGAUUGUUAUAUUGAAAUUAACUUUUUUUUUUUCCAGCGAUUUAGAAGCAUCUGUGCUAGUCCUGUUUUGUUAUGUUUUAAAGGAACACUAUAGGGUCAGGAACACAAAUGUGUAUUCCUUACCUUAUAUUGGUAAAAACACUAUUUAGGUCCCUUGCCAUCCUUAAAAGGGUAAUAAACCUACCUUUAUUCCAGCACCACAAGGGUCCACCAGCGCUGGCUCCGUCCCCUAUUCGCCCCCUUGGCUGUGAUUGUCAGAUUUGACGUUCUCAGCCAAUCCAAUUGUUUCCUAUGGGAAAGCACUGGAUUGGCUGCGAUCAAAUCUGAAUGAUCUCAGCCAAGGAGGUGGGGCAGAAGGCAGAGCCAAAUACCACUCUGGCUUAUCAGCAUCUCCUUAUAGACAUGCAUUAAAUCAAUGCAUCUAUAUGAAGAAAGUUCAGCGUGGAGACCCAGGAAGCACCUCUAGUGGCCGUCUGAGUGACUGCCACCUGAGGUGUCCCUAGGGAGCAAUGUAAAUACAGUGUUUACAUGAAAAAGCCUCCUCUCUUUACUCACCAGAACACCUACAUUAAAGGGACACUCCAGGCACCCAGGCCACUUCUGCCCAUUGGAGUAGUCUGGGUGCCAACUCCUCCUACCCUUAACCCUGCAAGUGUAAUUAUUGCAGUUUUUUUUAUAAAUAAUUACCUUGCAGGGUUAACUUCACCUCUAGUGGCUGUCUACUAGACAGCCACUAGAGGGCACUUCCGUGUCUCUAGGACAGAUUUUUUGUGCUACAGCGUCGGUGGACGUCCUCACGCUGUGUGAGGACCUCCAGCGUCGCUCAAUUCCCCAUAGGAAAGCAUUAAAAAGCAUUUUCAAUUCUUUCCUAUGGGGAGCUCUAAUGCGCAUGCAUUAGGUCUCCCCGGCCGGUGGGCGGGAUCAGUCUCGCCCACCGGCCGACGUAAUACAGAGGAGUAGCGGCGGAGGAAGUAGCAGCGAUGUGGGACAUGUCGCUGCCUCUGGUAAGUGACUGAAGGGGUUUUCACCCCUUCAGCAACCGGGGAUUGGGAGGUGGGAGGGAGAGGGGACCUGCAGUGCCAGGAAAACAGAUUGUUUUCCUGGCACUGGAGUUUCCCUUUAAGCUGUAGUUGUUCUGGUGACUAGAGUGUCCCUUUAAUAUUGCUAAGUGGAUUAAAUGUAAUCGUAAUGUUACAGUCCACAUGUACAAUGCUUGGAGAUACAAUAGCAUAUAAUAUUAUGGUUCAUUCAACGAACAGAGUAAAAAGUCAUUCUGAAAGCACCUUUUUCCCCUCUAUUCAUAAAACAACAAGCCUAUUAUAAUCCUUUAAUCUGCGUAUUUUUUUUUUUUCUAAAUGAGCACAGUAAACGUUUAGCUUUUGAGUUAACUGUUGCCAGGUGUUGUGAGAAUGGUUUAUGUUUGAAAUUAAUUUACUAGUGAAAAAUAUAAGAAUAUUGGCUUUAUUGUGAUUUAAAUUCUAGUGAAAGCAGCUAUGUAUAGAAUGUUAAUAGAUUACUAUAUUUUAUUACACCUGUAAUUAUUGCAUGAUUUUCUGUCUCUAUGGGCAAAUGUUUUUUGAAAGUGUUAUCUUUUCGUUGUAUGAUACAUUCUAUGGCAUACAGCAAAUGCGAAUUGUGUACGGAUUGCAUGAGUUCAGAGUUUUUUUUUUUUUUUUUGGACAGGUCCAUCAAUUUAUCGGUGCAGUUUCCAGUACAUUUCAUGGUGUCCUCCUAGUCCAAACCACACAAGCAGGACUUAAUUUGCUUGUGACAACUCUUAAAGAAAAACUGCAGGGGGUGUCCAAAAGGGAGAUAUAAUGUCCUUUUUAGUUUAAGAGACAAUUUCCCCUCAUUGCUGCUUUUGUGUGGGCUAUAUCCUUUGAGUCCCAAAUCAGAUGGCAUUCCAAAAAACUUCUUUGGCUUUGGUCCUUUAGCUGCAGUUUCUUUAAAGCCUCAUAAGUGAGCUCUAUAUAACAAUAGCAUUAAAUUAAAGGCAAUGCUGGCACUUUAAUCAGCCCUACCCUGUAUAACUCCUCAUUGGUUUAGUAACACGUGAACAUAUUGAUUCAGGGGACUUAUCCAAGAUUUGAUGGAUGUUUGUGGGUUUAAACCUUUUUUUAAUCUAUUCUGCUGGGAAUGUAACUAUGCAAAAACAAUUUUAUAGAGCCAAUAGAUGUGAUAGCUCUUAACAGACAGUAUUAAUUUUAGAUCACAGACCACAAUACACAGAGAAACUAUAGAUGUUAGUAUUUUGCUACUUUGGGGUCACUGAGUGAAAUACAAAGUAUCAAAGAAAUGUAUGCUCCCCUACACAUCCUUGGAGAGAGAUACAGUAUAUAGAUCUCCAAGGAUGUUUAGGGAAGCUUUUUGGUAGAUUGAAAAACAGUUCUUUCUGUUAAUUGAUUAUUUUAGGUCACUGAAAUCAGAAUGUUUAAAGUAUAUCAGAAUGUUUAAAGUAUAUCAGAAUGUUUAAAGUAUAUCUUUUUUCAAACAGUGGAAAUGUGGGAGGGAUGAAUUUGCAGUAGUUGCUGCGUGUGUGCGACAAAUUGUCAUUCCUGUAAGUCAGCCAAUAUGCCAUAGGGCUGUUAUCAUCUGCAAAUGUAUGCACAGGAAAAGGGCGACCUAGCAAAUGUAUUGAUAGUUGGUUCCGUUGGGUGUUUAGAGAAACAGAACUCAUGCAGCAACAUCUAUGCUAAAACUGUGGGAAUAUUGGUUAUUCUGUUUGCUCAUGUUAUUUAGGAAAAUUACAUGAUUUUGCUAUUUCAUGACGAAAAGUCAUGAUUUUAUUAAAGACAAGGAGGCGAGUAUUGCUUAACCCUUUCUUUACUGUCCACCAAUAGCGGCAAAGAAUACAACAGUAAGAAAAAAUGGUAACCAUAGUGAUAGGCCACAGCCAUACCAAGUCCCAGUAUAAUAGUCAGCACAUCCCCACACAUUUCCUCUUUCUUUGGAGAUGCGAGACAAUAACAACAAAACAGGAAUGAUGAAACAGUCCAAACCAAAUAGAACAGGCAAUCCGAAAUCCAGCCAGACUCCGAUCAGGAACCAUAACGGAACUGGGACUGACCCAUCACAGCAUUGUCCAUAAACUUUCUGGCCACUUGGUGAAGCCGAGAGAGAAGUGCUGAAGACCCUUGAUCAACAAGGAAUCAACUGGUGAAAACACAAAAGACAGGAGCCGAACGGUUAACUUGAACCAAAGUGCGCAUACCAAGACAUAAUUUUAUAACUAGACAGAAGCAACACAGUGUGCAUAAUUCAUCAUAGGCAUUUCGAAUAAUCAUGUAACAUGAACAGGUUAAUAAACGGUACAAAACCCAGAGCGCAUAAUGAAUACCUACCAACCCUGGAAAACUUGCAGGAGAGAAUAAACAACCGGGUGGGGUAAAUCAGUAAAAUAACUAUGAAGGGUGGGACAAUACUCGCCUCCGUGCCUUUCAUAAAAUCAUGACUUUUCGUAAUGAAAUAGCAAAAUCAUGUCAAGACACGGAGGCUCGUAUUGCAAGUUUAAAGCUGAUCAAUAACUGGAGAAAAAACGUGAGGCAAAGGUCGAAAAUAAAACUCACGAAAAAUGGAUUCGCGGGACCAGUCAUCCAUUCUCAUCAGGUCUGCCAGACGUGCACCUGAAUUCACCAGGGCUGUGGCCGAUGCCCCUCGGCCUGAGUGGGUGCCAAAGAUGGACGUAUCCAUGUUGGCCAGAGACAUCACCCAUUUCACCCAGCGAGCCAAUGUAGUACUGGACACAGGGGAGAAGCAGCGACUAAGCGAGAGAAACAGCUGGGGAGACGACGUAGCUCGAUGUGCGUUCGUUCGAAGUUCAUAUUCCCGUAGGCAGGCCACCGGACAUAGGGCUGGAGUACCAGGAAAGCUUGGAUAAGAAACCGAUCAAAUAGCGGUCUUGGUGCGUCUGGAGAUGUUAAACGUCACCCCGUCCAGAGUGAAAGACCUAGCAUCAUAGUCCAGGGCACGAACAUCCGAUACCUGUUUGCAUGAAAUGAGACAGAACAGGGAGACCAACUUGGAUGACAGCUGUUGCAAACAGAGCUCUGCAUUAGGCGGCCAGGAGGAGAACAGCAACAAAACGCAGGAGACGUCCCAUGUAGAUGAGUAACGAGGUCUAGCGGGACGCGACAAGCGUGAGCCCCUAAGUAAGCGGCACACAUGUUGGCCUGCUGGGCAGCCGUCAAAUCCUUGGUGAGCCGAGGAGAUGGCCGAUCUCUAUGAAUUAAUCGUGCGAUAUGCCCAACCAGCUUCAAACAACGAAGUCAGGAAUAGGAGGAUCACAGUCACAGGUGCUGGAACGGGAUCCAAGUUCCGAGCCAGACACCAGCCAGUCCAAGCUCUGCAAGCGGUCCCAUAUGAUGGUCUAGUCCCGGGAGCCCAUGCGUCAACCAGGAGGCGUCGAGUUGUGUCCGAAACCCCUUGGAUUUCCCAGCGACUCCCAAAAUCCUCCACACGAGCAGUAGUAACGACCCGUCCGCCAGGAGGGGAUGCUGGAGGCCCGAUGGGUCCAGGAGGAGGUUCAGUAGAGACGGCAGCAGUCUGGGCAUGUCUACUGCCAGUUCCAGGAGUUGUGGGAACCAGGAUUGGGUCCCCCAGAAUGGGGCUAGUAGGAUCAGGUCGGCCAUUUGGCGGCGAAUUUGGAGCAGGACCCGAGGUAUCAUAGCAAACUGGGGGAAGGCGUAGAGGAGUGAGCCAAUCCAGUCUUGUAGGAAGGCGUCCAUUGCCUCCGCGACUGGAUCCGGGCACCAGCUGUAGAACCGGGGUAGUUCGGUAUUGAGCCUGGACGCGAAGAGGUCGAUGGCAAAAGGACCCCAUAUGGACGAUAUAGUGGAGAAUACUCCUACAUCCAAUCUCCAAUCGUUGUUGUCCGACAGAUAGCGUGAACUCCAGUCCGCGUGGAGCCUGGGAAGGUAUUCUGCCUGGACCACCAGGUUCCUGUCCAAGCAAUAGGCCCAGAAGUCCUUCGCCAAGCGGGCCAGGAGUGCAGAUUGAGUGCCACCCAUGUGAUGUUGUCCAUGCGCAGGCGGAUGCAUGAGCUGGCAGUCCCGUUCGCAAAACUCUGGAUCGCAAAUGAACCCGCUAGGAGUUCCAGAGCAUUGAUGUGGAGGUGGGAUUCGUCUGCUGACCAGCGACCCCCGGUAGUCACCCCGUUGCAAUGGGAACCCCAGCCGUGGAGACUGGUGCUUCGGAAUCUACCGUGAAGUCUAGGAACUCCAUGCGAUAUGACGGAGACAGGCAGGAAUUUUCCCAGUUGAGGAGAAAACCCAGGCGGGAGAGGAGGUCCGUUGUCCAUUGAAGAUGUUUCCGAAGGACUGAGCGAUUCUGUGCCAUGAUGAGGAUGUCGUCCAAAUAGACGAUUAGCCGGACUCCCUGACUGCGCAGCCAAGCUGUGGCGGGGCGCAUCAGUUUCGUGAUGCACCAAGGGGCUGACAGUCCGAAGGGGAGGCACGUGAAGCGCUAGGUGUCUCCUUUCCAGAGGAAACGUAACAGGUCCCUGGAAGACUCGGCCACUGGGACCGUCAGGUAGGCAUCCUUCAAGUCCAACCUUGCCAUCCAGUCUCCUUGAAGGAGUAAGUCUCGCUGGAGGUGGAUGCCCUCCAUUUUGAAGUGACGAUAGCGCACCAGGGUGUUUAGGGCACGGAGGUUGAUAACAGGGCGCAUUUGUCCGCCUUUGUUUUCCACUAGGAAAAUAUUGCUGAUCACCCUUGUGGAGGACACCGGGGCCAGCUCUAUCGCCCCUUUUGCGUGGAGGUCCGUUAGUUCUGCGUCUAUCAAGGCACGGUCGGUUGUAGAAAGCAAAAUAGGGCGAGGCAGGGGCACGUGACAUGGAUUGUCGACCAGUUCAAUGUGAAACCCCCGAACUGUGGUCAGAACCCAGACAUCUGAGGUGAUGGUUGACCAGGUGUGGAAAAAAUGACAGUCUGCCACCUACACACAUAUUGGAAGAAACAUGAGGUAGAUGUAAGCUUACUGUAAGGGCGUCUGGAACCGGGGUUCCCUCUGAAGCCUCUGGAACGCCAUGGUCUUCCACGAGAGGGGAAGAAAGGAGACUCGUCUCCUGGUAGGGUCUUCUCUGAGUGUAGGAGCCUCGUCCCGAUCCAUGGACAUAGUAAUUGGAGCGGCUGGACAGGCGACCCCUGAAUCUGCCGGCCCUGGUAGAGACCCGCCCCUGAAACACCCUCUUCAUGGAGGAUUGGGCCUUAUCUAGGGCUGUGAAUGAACCCACAAAGCGCCCCAGGUCCUUAAUAAGGCCCCAAAUAAGAGGCCCUGGGCGUCCUUGCCUGCCUCUGUGAGGGCGAGGUUGGCCAGUUUGGGUUCAAUCUUGAACAGAUUGGCUUUACGCCUUUCAAUGGACAGGGAGGCAUUUACACUGGCCGCAAUGCAGAUAGCCCUCUGCACCCAACCACGGAAUUCCUCCGGGUCAACCUGCCGGUUCUCGGCUCUGGCUAUUUCAGCCAGAUCAAACAGUUUGGCCAAAGGACCAAAUAUGUCAAGAUGUUUAUCUUGGCAUGAUUUAAGUGCUGAAUCUAGACACUUUGGAGAGGAAUUGGGUCAUCUUAGGGUCCACUACAGGGGUCUCACAGACUUUGCUAGGUACCAAUGGUCUUGGGCAUUCUGCCCUAAGUUUAUUACGCGCCGCCUUACUCAGGGGGCACCGUACCCACUUUUCAAGGUACCGUGCCACAUGGUCCGCCGGGAGCCAUUCCGCCGACCUCGGAUGAUGGAGAACAUCCGGGUCAAACAUGGGUUUCCCGGGCGGAUCCAUGAGGGUGGAGCCCGCUGCAGCGGGGGAGUCGCUCCUAGGGCCACUCGCAACCACUGCGGAGUGAGCAGGGCCAAAAGGGUCAGACUUCUGCCCACAAAAUUCGUCAUCAGAGUUAUCCACAGACUCAGCGUCCGCCUCCUCACUAGACCCGAUUUCGGAGUCGCUCUCUUUUUGUGCUCUAGCACAUUUCCACUGCCGCGCCUGUUCUGCCUGGUGCGGAAAGGCUCUUGCGUGACAUAGGCACGCUGUCAUGGGUGGCAAUAGUCACAUCAGUCGUGUUGGUUUUGGAGGCAGGGAGAUUUGAGUGCCUGGAUUUGGCAGUAGCCUUUUUUGGAACGUUCGGCAAAAAAGAGACUAACUCAAUGGGAUAAAUAGAUGAAAUUAAUGAAUAGGAAACAGGCGAAUGCACUGAAUGUUUGAAUGAAAAAUAGCCGAACGCUGCAAAACAGACAGACAUGAAGCUAAGUGUUAGAAAAAACAAACGAACGGCAUGUGUUCAUGAAGAAUUUACCGAACUGGUUAGAAUUCUUUCAUGAAAACAGCCGAACAGGACGGAAAACAGGCGCAAAAUGGCGCCAAAUAAAUGGAGAGAAGGAGAAAAUGGAGCCAAAGGGUAGUGAGGAAAGAUAUGAGAUAAGUUAGUAAUCAGAAGAAGCAAGUGAGCAUGGAUAACACACAGAAUAAAACACAGGGAAGGUCUGGAACCCUGGGCUCAAAGGUAACCAACAUAAUAUAUAGUAUAAAACAAGCAUGUAAUAAAAUACAGAAAAAAUUCCUUAAUAACUGGAUAAAUGAAAGCAUACAGGAAUUAUCAACAAAAGGAGUAAUAGAAGUUCAAAUAACAAUAAAUAACUCGUGUAAAUAACCAGAAAUCAAUAAGAGAAUAGUAGUAUAGUAUGAGAGAAAUUUUGUCAUGUACUUCUCUUUGGUCAGCGCAGCAAAGAAAGAGGAAAUGUGUGGGGAUGUGCUGACUAUUAUACUGGGACUUGGAAUGGGUGUGGCCUAUCACUAUGGUUACCAUUUUUUCUUACUGUUGUAUUCUUUGCUGCUAUUGGUGGACAGUAAAGAAAGGGUUAAGCAAUAUGAGCCUCCGUGUCUUGACAUAAAAUCAGUACUUGCUCCCAUGAUGCACUUCUGUCUGUUGGCAGUUAAUCCACAUAGAUCAAUACGGUCAGUUUUAUCAACCACACGGACGUACAGUUUAUAUUAUUGCAUUUUGACUCAAAGUACCCAUUUUGCUAGCAUGAUACAGUUUAGUUUGUUUUAGACAUUGGUUGUUUAGUCUCUUUCCAUAGAUCUGAAUAAGCUUGUUUAUUUCCACAGCUCAUCAGGCACCAGCUUUGUUUUCCAGAAUACAAAAAUGUAACAUUAAUAAAUUGGGGGAUCGUGGUAUGGGAUGAAAUGAUUGCUAAACACAAUGGAGCAAUUAAAUACCUGUGAUUGUCAAACCUUACUAAAACAGUAUGACUUCUUACAGUGAGACAGCAUCAACAGCAUCAUCCUUGAGAAUGUUUGUUAAUUAUUAUAGCUAGUGAUGUCCCGAACUGUUCGCCGCGAACGGUUCGCCGCGGACUCAUCAUUGAGUAAACUUUGACCCUGCACCUCACAGUCAGCAGACACAUUCCAGCCAAUCAGCAGCAGGCCCUCCCUCCCAGACCUUCCCACCUCCUGGACAGCAUCCAUUGUGAAGCUGCAUUCUUAGUGAGCUGUCCAGGGGGUGGGAGGGUCUGCUGCUGAUUGGCUGGAGUGUGUCUGCUGACUGUGAGGUACAGGGUCAAAGUUUACUCAAUGAUGAGUCCGUGGCGAACCGUUCGCCGAACAGUUCGCGACAUCACUAAUUAUAGCUCUAUAUAUGAUAGCCGAGGUUAUGGCUUGACAGCAUACAUUGAUCGUUAUAACCGUAAACCUAACUUAAUUGGAUGUGCUUUUUAUUUUACAGAUUAAAAUAAUGCUGUAUUGAAAUUUAAAUUCUGUUAUGAAUCUUUGCUGAGUUGGAGAGAAGUAGAUAUUGGUUUGUACAGCUUUGCAGAUUAAGCUGUUCCACAGUGUAAUGCGGAGUAAAUAACUUAGUGGGGGUGACGAUUGCGUCAUUAUUCUGUCAGCAAGUUUUCACAGUGGCAAUGUUCUAAUUACCAGAGGUCACUAUUGUGGCCACCUUAAGAUUGCUAUUCUUCUCACUGUGUAAUAGAUUUGAAGGGUCAGCAAAGGCAUCACCCAGAGCAGUCAUUAAGUUCAUUUACUCCUUGAGACAGCUGUUAUCUGUAGACGGCUACAAGAGAUUUUAUUCACGUGCUGGUUUUUUUUGUUUUUGGAUUUUUUUUUGUGUGACUUUUUGUAAACUCACAUACCUAAGUAAUUUAUUUAUCAGUUUUUAUAUAGCUCUCUUAUUCAGAGCAUUUUACAAAAAGUGUUCAUGUAAUCAUUGGUGUUCUUACAGACCGUUUGUUAAAAACAAACUAUAACAAAUAGAAACCAGGAAAUGUAUUGUAUUUUUUUCAUGCCAUCAAAAGAGACAUUUUGAAAAGCAUUUCAUUGUUGCAAAAGUAUAUCCCUUUUCUAGAAGUCCAUUUUGAAAAAUCUUUUUUUUUAUUUUCAUUUUUAUAUAUGAAUACGUGUGUGUGUAUUUUUAAGAUGGUAUCCUUUUAUUUUAGUCAUAACCAUUAUUGUGUCUUUGUGUUUAUAAGCCAUGUCUGCAUGUGACGUUAUGUGAAUAGACCGUAAAGUAGCAGGAUAAACAAUAAAUGUAGAUGAAGUUUAAGUAGCAGGCUGGUUAUUUGAUAACCUAGUGGAGAGCAUGCCUGGCGGUGGUAAGGCAUGGAAUGAUUUUGUCUCUUUCAACAGACUUAUUACAUUCUACCUAAAUAACAAAAAUUAUCACAAUAGCCAUGGGCCAAAAUGCGGUAAUGCUCACUUCAAAGACAUUGGCAGAGGCUUAACUGAUCUCAUCCUUGACUAAAGAUUACUCUGGUGCAGCAAUUCUUUAAAAUAUAUGGUGUUCCCUGCUUCUCUCACCUUUCUCUUUUGGUCUGGGCAACAUAGCAAUACUCAUGUCCUCGGUUCCUAAGGGCAGUGUACACCAUUUUCUUACAUACUUUGUGCUACAACUUGCUAAGGUGGUUUAUGUCAGUUAAAGAGUCAAGAAGAAUUUUACCAGCUAUUUUAAUUCAUGUGUAGAUGAUGUUUAACAUUAAAUCCUUAAUAUCUGUAAGAUUAAGGAAUGGGCUUUUUACUCCCAUCCCACCCCCCAAAAAAAAAGAAAAUGUAAAAUAACUUUUACAAUAGGGUACUUGAGGAUUUCUGAAUUGAAACUAUUGCAACACUUAUUAGAUAAACAAGAUAUUCCACUUACGUCAAGGUGACAAAAAUAUUGUGCAUCUUCUGCAGUGGACCCUGUUCCAGCGAGGAAGUGGUUCAGCCAAUCAGGAUGCAAUGAGAGUUAAGCAGAUCUCAUAGAUGUGCGCCCACUGUCUGUUGCAAGCAGUGCACUUAUUUAAAAAGGUGUGCAAGGGUCCUCCUUGCAUCUUAACCUAAGAAGUGAGCUUGGCGUAUACUUAAAAAAAAUAAAUAAAAAAAUAAAAAAAUUAAACCUAAAACACAUGUGAGGUUUGCAGUCCUUGUGGGUGAAUUCCUCCCUAUUUUGGGCCCAAUUCCAUCUGUCCCUCUUUUUAUCCUAAUGUCCCUCUUUUUCGAAGAGCUACAUACUGUUCAUACUGUUCAUGUUCAAUGAUACACACAGUACUGUGCCUUUAAACUACAACAAUUCUGAUUAGAAAUCAGUUUGUGUAAUAAGAUACAUUGUUCUUGUUCUAAAUUACAUUUUACAUGUAUACAUUGUUAUAAAUGUGUCACCUAUACCUCUUUACAUAUUUGUAAAAAAUUGCCUUAAAUGUAAACUAGAAGUCAAGAAAAACUAUUCUAAAACCGUUGAAGUGUUUUUAUGGCUGGGAAGUAAUAUUUAUUUUCUUUUCUUUUAUCUUUUUUUUUUUUUUGAAACCUUUGCGUUUGGGCUUUUGUAAAUCCCCUUAACAUUCCCUCAAAGACUUUCUAUGCACAGUAAUAGUGCUAUCGGCUCAGCCGGAACACGCCUGCAGAUAACGAGCACUGGUCACUGAAAUCAGAGGGUCAUCACAAAACCAUUUAUCACUGUGCUCUUUAGGUGUGUGCCUUCAGGUGUGUUGUAGAAACGAAAAACUGGGAGGUGCAAUUAGUUUUUUUUUUUCUUUCUUCAAAGUUAACAUACCAGAAAACUCUUUCACCUGUCCUCCAAACUGCAGUAAAAUGUAUAUAGGAGUUAACACAUAAACCUGAAAAUAGCUGAAGUCAUAACUGUCAGGGAUAACACUUUAUUUUGGUCAAGUCAAAAUUGCCUAGCUGGAAACAUUUUUUUUCUCUGUUUGUUUGUUCCUUUGUCAAUUCCCAAUAAUUUACUGUUUGAAUAAUUAUUUUUAUAUUGAUUGCAUAGGGCAUGGUUCAGGAAUUCUUUCUCGUUGCAUUCUUACACUUAUUAAUGCAGAAGUCACAGCAUCGAUAAACACCUCUUCUCCUUGAUAUGUUUUCAUAGCUCAGAAUUUCAGCCAUCCUGCCCCCAAUGACAUGUGCAUCUGACAAUUCUUAGCCUGCGGGCGCACACUUAAUGCUAGUUAUGUGACUGGUGGCAAGAGAAAGGAGGAUAAGUGAGACUUAAAACAUCUGUGCAUCAAAAUAAUGUCAUUUAUGAAGUGACUGGGGGGCAUAGAUGUAGCCCCUGCAACUCUGCAUAUCAGAACUGUGCGGUUUCUGAGAAGCUUCAGCCAAAAAAAAAAAAAUCUAUUUAAUGGUACACUCACCAAUGCCUAGUGGAAAGGUGGACAUUUUUAAAUCCUGAGUCAAUGAAAACCUAUGCAGUUGCUGCAAUUAGUUCCAUGUCUGAAAUAAUGACAUUCACAAUACCUUGUUUUACCUCCUCAUACUUUGAAGGGUAUUUCUUUAAUCUAUGUGGCAUGCAACCAAGAAUUUCCAUUUUCCGUAAUCAUAUCUCACAGGAAAAGCAAAGAAAGGAAAGUGCUUUGUGGUGUUUUGAUCAUAAUGCUUUGUGGUUUACGAAACGAUCAAUAUUUAUACUAUUGCAUUCCACUGCGGUCUCAAAGGUAUCCACAUGCCAUUAAAUGUAUACACAGAGCCUCCCACGCUCAGGACAUGGUCUUGUCUCCUUAUAACAUAGUUUAUAGUUAAACCACAUGAAGCGUCUGGAACCUUAGAGGUGUAAUUACAAGGAAAAUGAAGGGUUGUGUGGAGUUUUGUGGGUAGACUGCUAUACUACAGUCUGUUAAAGAACUCUGUAGUUUAAAUACAAUGAAACUGUAAGUUACAAAUGUAUAGCCCACUUACUUGGAUUUAAAGUGUACACUAUGAACUCUUGGGUGGGACUAAUGGCUGAUAUUUUAAUCUAUGAUUAUGCAAAUUUCUGAUAAUACAACCAAUGCAGUUGAAAUGCAUUGUUUAUUUAUAUUGUAAUAGAGCAGCUUGCAUCAUUUACACUUGUAUUAUGAUGUCAGACAUGAUAAAUGUUUACUUGGCUGAGUCCUCUUCUCAUUUGCUGAUGUUAUUUCUAUACACAACACCCCCAAACUAUUUAUUGAUUCUUUCAACCUAAUGUCCACUGGUUUCACCCUUUAACAAGUAAAUCCAAGGGGGAUUGCAGUUAUAACCUUCUAGUCUUCAACAAUGUUUUUGAUAACUUGUUUCUUGCUUUGUUCGUUUUUUCGUUACUUUGGUUAGUUUUUUCUAAAAAUAAGACUGUUCUCUGCUCUAGGCUCUUUACACCUUUACAGUGUGCUUGAUAUUAAAAGUAUUUUGUUCUAUAUGGGGUUUCGUAUGUUAGGCAUCCCAUGCAUACAUGUUUUUGCAUGACCCCAUUUGACUUCAAAAGCCUAUAGGAUCUAAUCCGUUAUCUCUGCCUCCCCCAACCCCUCACCCCAAAUGCAAUAUAAAACUUCUGAUUGAUAAUUGAGCCUCUACAUUAAAAAAUAAUAAUAACAGCAGCAGCAGCAUAUCUGAUUGUCUUGUGGAAGUGUUUGCUUUGCUGCUCCCCAAAACCUGCAGGCACAGUGUAAGUCGAUAAUGCAGUUUCAUUUUUAUUGGCCACCUUUUUAUUCCUAGUCUAGUAAAGCUGGUUGUUGGCAGCAGUAUAAAGUCUACCAGAAGAAAAAAACAAAACUAUUUGGCACGCUUGAUAACUGCCUAAACCCUCAGAAACCGGCUGGUCACGUAAAACGAUGUUUAAUUGAAUUAAGUCAUAAAGCAAAUAAAGUGGAGUCAGGCGACAGGUUGUCAGAAGCUAAAAGAAGCUUCGAAAUAGGUAUGCACAUACCACACCUAAGUUAUAGCACUGCAAAAAUGUUACAUUAAAUUGGUUAUUUAGCCAGCGUUGCUAUGAAUGCACAUGUCUGCUUAUUUUAUUAUGUCAUGAAAUUUAAUGUCUACUCUAGGUGAUAUGAUGUUGCUGUAAACUUAUUGCCAGGGAAUUUCUGGGGCAUUAAUGAUCUUAUUUGAAAAAAACGUGUGUCUCUCUCAAACUCCUGGCAUUUUUGACCUUGUAGCAGGACAACUGACCUUAGAGUUCCUCUGUUGCUAUUUUGGCUGUGCUAGCAAUAACUUAAAUUUGCACUUUUCCCAAUGGCUAUUUUUCCUCUUUCGUCAUGCACUUUCUUGACCACCUUCUAAGUAUACCUUUCCCUUGUUUUUUUUUUUUUUUUUUUUCAUCAUACUCAUACUGGUAAACAAACAACUUGCAACUAGUUUUCUGUAGCAAACUCUUAAAGGAAUUGUAUACAUUUAUUUGUGUGUGUAUAUGUGUGUAUAUAUAUAUAUAUAUAAUAUUCAGAAACCGCAAUGAUUUACAUUGCAGGACUGAGGCACUGCAAUGAGAUGAAGUGAUCUGGGUAACUAUACUGUCUAUUUAAUACCCUACAUAAAAUUUUAAAUUUUUAAAUAUUUUAUAUAUUCACAUUGCACAUCUGGAUAUUUCAGAUCUAUUUUUUUGUGAAUUUUCUAGAUUAUAUUACAUUUACGUGUAUUUAAAAAUAAUAUAUCUAUCUUUGGAUUGUGAAGAGUGCUUUGCAAUGUAAUGGAAUUUAUCCAGAUCUUGGUUUGCAGCAACUUGAGUCUGUUACAGAAAUAUCCUCUAAUUGUGUGUGGAAAGCUUUGGGUAAUAUCUUUUUAAAGGGCCCUUAUGUCUUUACCAUGUUGUCUCACCAGAAACAAACCCUAUAUUUUUCAUGGAACCUAUUAUCAUUAAAAAAAAUAAAAAAAAAUAAAUCUUUUUUCCUUACAAAAUAGUGGUGUCCUGCUUGUUCAGACAGGAGUUUCCAUGUUUUCUAGUUUGAACAGCUUUCCUGGGUCUGGAAUUCAACCCCUUAGGGUCAAUAUUAUUAAAUGCCAUCAUCACAGUCUUGACAUUAUACCAACUUAUUUAGUGUUUGCAGAUCCAUAAAGCAGGGAUACCUUUACAUGAAUGGAACGUUCUAUUUUGGAAUAUGAUCUUUAAAGAUCUGAUUGUUAUUUAACCCGUUAAGGAAUGUGAAGGAAAUUUCCCGUCAUGCUGGCCUUUUAUUUCUGAAACUUUGUCCUUAAGGGGUUAAGCUUGACUGCAACAAUUUUUUAUUUUUUUUUAUCCUUGCAGGGUUACGAAUUUGUGCAGCCCUGUGAUUCAUUUACACUUAUGAAAUUUCCAUAUUUUUCUAUUUACAAUUUUUUUUUAAACUUCUAUAUAAUGUAUUCAAUAAGACGUGUGUUUAACAUCUUUCAUCUAACCUUAUCAUCUUAACGAAGUGUGCAAUCCUGUGGUCACUGUUCAUUGCAAGAGAGGUUUUAUGUUAUAUUUAAAAUCAAUUUGAUCAUGAUAUAAAUAUAGCUGACAAACUUUGUUAGAAACAGCAUCUGUUACUCUAACAGGCAUUUGCAUUGUUAGAAAUUCUAAUACUAUUUUGUAGAAUUUUUAGGGUAAUGUUAAUCUAUAUAAUAAAUAGCAAUCCUCUGCAUCUGUUUUUUAAAUGGUUAUUUCAGACACUGACCAUUUUAGUAAUUUUUAAAGUCUAGGUUUAUAUGUUGUAUUACUCAUUUGUAAUAAAUAUUUCAGUAUUUUUUUUUCUUUAGUGCAACCUUCCUUUGUAUAUUUAUUUUGAGUUCAAGGUUAGUCUGACUGGCAGGAGAACAGUUAAUGAACAGAACAUUUAAUACAGAAUAUAAAAAGACUGAUUUACUUCCCUGCAUGUAUUUGUAGUGGAGUUUUUUUUUUGUAUUCUCUCCACCAUAUACCCAAUCUUAAAACACAAAGGCUAAUGCGACACAGGUCCUAUUACUGAAUGCAGUGAUGCUAAUUGUAUCGUCGUUUUUUUUUUUUUUUCGUAAGGUCUUUUCUCAUCUUCAGUAGCCAGGACCCUUUUAAAGCUUUGUGUUUCUCUUUUGAUGGUAGGUAGAAAGUUAAAUCACUCCUAGACACAAUGAAGGGUAAUUGUAUCGGAAUGGUUCAGCAGUUUUAUUCCAAGUGCUGUCUGCUUCUUAAAUGUUUUUUCUAAUUUAAUGUGCUCCGAGGCAUCAUCCAGAAUCCAAUACAAUCCUUUAACCUUUUCAAUUUAUAAAUAAACACAGAUUGUGGAUCUUGCAUGGAUCUUUGAUCUCGUGGGGAGGUUCUCUGAGGUUUUGUGGCCACUGAGUAACGUUUCUUACUUUUUGUUAAUUGUUAAUGAGAAAACUAAAAUAAAAAAAAAUGUAUUUUAAAUUUUUUUUUAAGAGAAACCGUUGUCUGUAUUAGCAAUAUCCAUAAUCCCGUAGAUUAUAAUUUAUUUUUAUUUCUUUAGUUGAAUUCUCAGCUCUGUUAAGUAUUAGGAAACAAGUAGCUGAUGCUUUUUUUCUAAGGUGCAAAGAUGAAGCUAUCCACUUGGAUAAAAAAAAAACACAAAAAAUGUAAGGCCUCAUAAAAUUUAAUCUGCUUAUUGUGCCUUCACAAUAUAUAUUCUUAAACUAUAUAUUUAAUUUCUGAUAUGGCCUUGUAACAAACCAGCAUCAAGCUAAACCUAGUGUAUGGCUGUCCCCUAACUAGCAAUGGGAAAGUUAAAGGAACACUCCAAGUGUCAAUACCACUAUAGCGCACUGUAAUGGUUGUUUUGCCAGGCCCCAGUCACUCUGCCCUUUUUGUCACACGGUAACUAACAGAUUUGUUCUUCAUGAUUUCUAGGAUGUAUUGACCGAUAGGCUUCCCUUUAGGUUUCCAGUUCAUCACUAGGUCAAGACCUUUUGAAGAUCAUGUUGGGGGUCUGCUCCAGCUUCUAGUCAUGGGAAUUCUAACUUUCCAGGCCUAUUUUAAGGCUUUGCUUGCUGACAUGGCUACCACUAUGACUCCAAAAUGCGACUGUGACGGAGUCCUGCUGGCUGUGCUGGUGAUGUGCCUGGCUCCCAUACUUUUCCUUAAUUGGUCAAGGAUGGAUGCUGCUCAUUCCCUGCUUAGCAUUCUGCAUGAUGACUUUUUAGAUCCAAGCACUUGUUCUGAGUCUGCAAAUCAGAUGCUUGGUGCGCUCCUUGCAUGUAUUUUCAUGUAAGUUUUAUAGUUUCAAUGUUUUGCAUUCAUUGAUACUUUUUUGACCAGAAGGUACAGUACCCUACAUAUUGUGGUGGCUUCAUGUCCUGCUGUACUUGAGUAUAAGUUUCCAUAUACCAUGGCUCAUUUGCUUUCACUAUACAAGAAAGGACAAUGCAAAAUGUGUUACCUGACAAUUAAUUUGCUCCUAGAUGGUGAGAGCCCAUGAGGUACAUUGGGCCAUGUCUCCUCUGCUUGUAAUUAAAUGCCUUGUUUGCUUUGUUUCAUUUUGCAAAUCCUCCUUUGCAGAAUAUUGAACUGAAGAUUAUAGUAGAGGGUGGGAUAGCGAGGGAAGAAUUUGCUCAAGUUUUGCAUUUUGGGUGUUUCUAACCUCUUCCAUUGGGAGAUGCUUAGUCACAACGCAUGUCACAAUGCACAAAGUCUUGCUAUCCUGAAGGAAAUUAAUUUGUCAGGGAAGGCUAUAUUUGUGUUUAAUGUUCUAUAAAUAUUUCUUACAAAACACAUUUUUAGAAGUCUUUGACUUUAUAUGAAGAUACUGCCUCUCAAAUAUGGAUAGCUGGCUUACCCCCACCACUGUCUCUGAAAUUCAAAUGUAUACACUUAGUUGUCUGAUCAUCUUUCAGACACGGUAUAAGCCAUUCUUGCCCCAGGCCUUACUGGCUCCCAGCCUACUAACAUAUUGCACUCACUGGCCACAAUAUGCUACACACGAGGCAAAUGAUACCGGUGAUAAUAAAUCUUUGCUGGUUUUCUAGUCCAUUUUUUAAUACAGCCAGUGGCAUACACAGCACUUUAAAAGAGCCCCAGGCAUAAAUGACCUUUUCUACAAACUGUAUGGGCUAUUGUUUUUAACAUUUAGUAAAAUAGUUGAGUUUGUGAUAAUUUAUGCUGGAGAUUAAAAUGCAUGAGCGAGCACAUCUAGGUUGGAUGGGAUCGGAAUCUGCAGGCUAAUAAAUGGAAAAAGUUAGAGGAAUGCGGCAUACAUAAUAUUGAAAUGGAAUGAUGAAAAGAUGCUUUGUGGUGUGUUCCUUUCUCCUGGUGGGGGAGGGAGCUAAUCUAUGAAUUUCAAUGUAGAAUUGGUGCUGAAGCAGCGAUUAAAAGCAGGAUAUCAAGUGACUAAUCUGUUAGUUCAAUAAAAUAUUUUGCUGCAUUUACCUUUAAUUAAAUGUAAUCAAAGAAGAGGAGUAAACCACAUGUUUUCCCUGUACUGUGGACAAAUUGAUCGUGUGUAUGAUACAUUACAUAUUUAUUUAUUUAUCAAAUAUUUUACCAGGAUGGAUACAUUGAGAUUGUUUUCAAGUAUGUCCUGGGUCUUUGUCCACAAAACAUUGCAUUAUUAGAAUAGUAUACAAUAUUACAAAAAUACAAUAAACAAAUAUAUAUAUGUGUGUGUGUGUAAACAAGAGAUAAGAAUUCAGCGCUAAUUAACACACAAUUAAUAUAGGUAGGCAGCAACCCAAAUGAAGGAGGAUCCUUCAAGUCCUUCAGUGGAUAAACAGACAUAGCAAAAAGAUAAAAUAGGGCUGCGCCAAGCUAAGAGAGAGUCCAGUAAAAUCUCACUAGGAUAUCAGUGGAUAAUCAGGAAUACUUGAUAGGGUAUGGUUUCUUGGUAGAGGUAGGUACGUCUGAUGUUGACUGAUCAGUAUAUGAAAACAGAAGAGAGGUAGAGGCAACCAAUGGUGCAGUAUGUCUAAAAUUCAAGGUGCAGUAGAGAACUCACAUUUGGGAGAGCUUUGGCCAGCUCUGGUGUGAAUAGCGUACAGCGUCUGGUAAUCCAAAGCUCAGAAUUUACCAUAAGAUUGACCAUUUUGGUGUCAACGGUACACAAGACCAGAGUCCAUCUGCCAGUACAUUAUGAUCUUUGAACGUUCCCUGCUUAAUUCUUGAGUUUGUAGUUUAUUGAUGCAUGUUUCCAGCAAUGAAAGAAAAAAAGACAGAUUCUUCUCUAACAUUUUACAUAACAUGUGUUAUAUGUCAAACUUACUCCAUAGCACUGAACAGUCAGUAUAUGAGUAACAGGUUUAUUUGUAAGUUGUUGUUUUGUUUUUUUUUGCCAUUGGGAUUUAAAGAAAAUGCCCCAGUAUUUAUCUACAUGCAAACUGUUUUCUCCCCAGACUAGAUACUGUCUGUUUCGAGUAGAAAGCAGACUGGGAGCUGUCCAGUAAAUCUUUCUAGAAAUCUAUGGGGGGGAUAUUCUUUACAGAUCUAUCAAGAAACUGAGCAUCCAUCCCUAAUCAAGUGAAAUCUCCACCGACUUAUCAGAUGUGAUCUGUGCUGGGCAGAGGCAAGUCAUGGGAAUGUUACUUGUCUAGUGAAUAGCACUUACUUUAUAUUGAACAUAACUUUAUUUCCAUAAAGGAUAGCCUUUCUAGACAUAUUUUUGGAUGCACACUAUUUUUUUUAGUUUUUAUUGCUGAUUUUGGUUCGUGACGUGUGAUUUGGGUAGUUGGGUGCGUUGCAAUAACCGCUUUUAAAACAAUGCUUAUAAUAUUUAAUGGCCUGUAAAUUGGCAAAUUUGGAAAAGAUUAGACACACGCAUAGACAGCAACCUUCUGAUGUGAGUACAGAGCAGGAACAAUAAUCUAUUUGUCACUCUUUUCUGUAUUCAGACACAUUAGUCAAAUUCCCAUUACUUGUUUUUAUAAGGGUAUUGGAAAAGGAAAUUAUAUGCUUAUUUGAUUUAUUUAUUUAACAUAUUUAUUUGAUCUGUUUGCAGACAGACUGAGAAUUUAGUUACAGUGCUUCAACCCUGCCUGGAUGGGGCAAAAAAGUAAAGUCAUUAUCAAUCCUGCUGUACAUUAGCUUUUUUUCUUCCAUUGUUCCUUUGAAACCAUUGUAGGUGCAAAGGCAUGUUUCCUUAUCACCUGUAAAUCAAUUGAGGUUGGUGUGUGUGUUUUUUUUUUUUUUAUGUGAUUGUAAAGGGUGAGAAAUCUUGUAACCUCAGGUCACAGGCCUUAAAAGACCUACACAUUUGUCUUUUGGAAAAGCUGUGAACAGAGCUGCCUUGGAAACAUCUGACUUUGCUUUCUCAAAGGGUCUUUCUUGCAUAGAAGAGAUCUUAAUUUAUGGUGUGUCGAUUCCUGGUGCAGUGACAAUCACUCUAGUCAGCUGGGAUCUGCUAUGCUAUGUUUAUCAACUGGUUUAUUAGUGGAAUGUUUACAAUGUUUUAUCCACAACUCCAGCCAAAUAUUGGCAACACUGGUUCUUGCACUAUGCCAGUGGAUUAUAGCAGCGGUUGGCAAAAGAUAGUAGGAUUACAACUACCAUAAUGCUUUGACGGCAUAAAUCCACAAAGCCAGAUGUCAACUUUUUUGGGAACACCUAGUCCUAGUCUAUAGCUAAAAAAAAUCCUUGUUCAUAAACAGGGAAGAAAUCUCAUUUGACCAGCUAUACCAGUGAUGGCGAACCUUUUUGAGCCCGAGUGCCCAAACCGCAAUACAUGCCAACUUUUUUUUCUCCUUAAAGUGCCAACACGGCAAUUAAACCCAAAUACUGAGGUUUAAGUUUAGAAAAAACAACUCGUACUGUUGUCCGAACUAAUAACUUUUGUUUUAAAAAGAACACAGAGCGUUCAAUGAUACACAUUUUAAAUAAUGAUAUAAUUAGAUAAAAUUAAGCUUGUAUUUAUUAGUAUCUCCAACAAAUGCAAUACAUACACACAGACUGCUGAAUACAUACACACAGUCUGCUCAAUAUACACACACACACACACACACACACACACACAAGACUGCUGAAUACAGACUGAUGAAUACACACACACAGUCUGCUGAAUACACAUACAGACAGACUGCUGAGUACACACACACACACUGACUGCUGAGUACACACACACAGACUGCUGAGUACACACACACAGACUGCUGAGUACACACACACAGACUGCUGAGUACACACACACAGACUGCUGAGUACACGCACACACAGACUGCUGAGUACAGACUUCGCACACUUGCUGAGCGCACACUGACUGCUGAGUAGUGACUGCUGAUGCGCACAGACUGCCGAGUGCGCCGCGCUUCACAGACUGCUUUAGUGCGCGCGCACACAGACUGCUGGUAGUGCCGCAUGCGCACACAGACUGCUGAGUGCGCCGCUACACUGACUGCUGAAGCGCCUUGCGCCGCGCGCACAGACUGCUGAAGCGCUGCGCACACAGACUGCUGGCGCCGCGCCGCGCCACACUGACUGCUGCUUGGCGCGCAUACGCGACUGCUUUCGCGUAUACGCCCGCACUGACUGCGGCGCCGCGCCGCAUACACUGACUGCUCUUGUACGCCGCGCCUGCACCUGCGGCACCGCUGCUGGCGCCGCGCCGCAUACACUGACGCUAUAGCGGCGCCGCAUACAUCACACUGACUGCUAACGCGCCGCAUACACUGACGCGCCGCGCCGCAUACACACUGACGCUGCUGCGCGCGCCUGUACACUUUGACUGCUCUUGGCGCAGCACACUGACUGCUUUCUUGGCGCCUUACGCACACUGACUGCUUUCGCGGCGCCGCGCCGCAUAUUACCCACUGACUUUACUUCGCGGCGCCGCGCCGCACACACUGACGCUUUGCUUUCUUGGCGCGCGCCGCGCCGCACUGACUUUACUUUCUUGGCGCUUGCGCCGCAUCACACUGACUGCUCGCGUUACCGCGCCGCACACGACUGCUGCGUUACCGCCGCAUACGCUUUUGCGAGCUGCUUUCAUUUCGCAUAGCAUACGCACACUGACUGCUGGCAUUACCGCGCCGCCGCGCUUACGCGACUGCUAAGUACCGCGCGCCGCAGCACACUUAUUUUACUUUCGCGCCGCGCCGCGCACACUGACUUUGCUUUCGCAUUACCGCGCCGCGCUGCAUACACUGACUGCUGCGUACCGCGCGCAUACGCACGCGGCUGCUGCGUACCGCGCGCGCCCAGCACGCGACUGCUUUCGCAUUACCGCGCUGCAUACGCACAUGACUGCUUUCGCGUACACGCCGCGCCGCGCGACGCUGCGUGCGCUAUGCGCGCACUGACUGCUCGCGUACGCGCGCCGCCGCACACUGACUGCUGGCAUUACUGCCUUGCGCCGCAUACACUGACUUUGCUUUCGUACCGCAUACGCCCACUGACUGCUAGCAUUACUGCGCCGCGCCGCAUGCACUGACUGCUUUCGCGUUACUGCCUUGCCCUUACAUACACUGACUGCUUUCAGGCUGCCUUUUUACACACUGCACAUUGGUGGGGGUGCUGUGUAUGUGAGGGUGUUGUAAUGUGUGUGCUGUAUCGCUGUAAAGUGCUGGAGUAGGGUACUUUGUGUGUGAGGGGUGGGGGUGCAAUGAUAGUGAGGGGUAGGGGUACUGUGUGGGGGUAGAAAUUACUGUGUGUGAGGGGUAGGAAUACUGUGUGUGAGGGGGUAGAAUUUUACUGUGUGUGAGGGGUAGGAAUUACUGUGUGUGUGAGGGGGUAGGGUACUGUGUGUGAGGGUAGGGGUACUGUGUGUGAGGGGUAGGGGUACUGUGUGUGAGGGGUAGGGGUACUGUGUGUGAGGGGUAGGGGAGUACUGUGUGUGAGGGGUAGGGAAUACUCUUGGGGGGCCAUGGGAGAAUGAGGGGUACUGUGUGUGGGGGUAGGGGUGGUACUGUGUGUGGGGGGUAGGGUACUGUGUGUGUGUGUGGGGGUGGUGGGGGUACUGCUGGGUAGGGUUAGGGUACUGUGUGUGGGGGUAGGGGUACUGCUGGGGUGGUAAGGGUGCUGUGUGUCAGUAUACCCCCCUCUCCUUCUUACCUUUAAUGAAGUGGGUGGGGGGGGGGGAGAAACACAUCCCUGGUGGUCCGGUGGUGGUAAGCACUGCAGGGGGAGGGAUCUGUGAUGCAGCUCCCCUCCUGCGCAAUACUGUGUGGAGCGUUGCCAUGGUAACGUGCGGCAAUGCUCCACACAGCAUCGUGCGGGAGGACAGGGGAGCUGCUUCCUAGAGCCCUCCCCCUGCCUCCCGGCCCGGAAGCAGAGUAGGCGCCUGCCGUUUCUGGCAGGCAGGUGCCUACUCUGCAUUGAUGGCGAACCUGUGGCCGCGUGCCCACAGAAAGGGCCCGGCGUGCCACCUGUGGCCCGCGUGCCAUAGGUUCGCCAUCACUGAGCUAUACCAUGACCAUACAGAAAUAGAUUUGCAUCUUCACCACUGCAAUGAGCUGUUGUGCUUACACUACUGCCUAAUGCCACUUCUAGUGUUGCUCAAACACCAACUAGAGAGACUUCCUAGGUUUGGUCCUGCAAAGAGUACAGGACCCACGUGCAGCAUCUCUACGCUCUACAUGGAGAUCUCUCUUUAAAUGAAGUGUUUAGGUGGGCUGUACAGCUCACAUGUGGGUAGGUGUGGCUAGGGCCUCAUGGUUGGCCUCCUACACAAAUGACCAUGCAGAGAGCACUUCUGAAGCGCUCUCUGCCAGGUCCUAUUGCUUUCUGCACAGGGAGAACAUGCUCUGCCCCAGUGGGGUUCCUUUGAGUCUCCAAGUGUGGAUGCCACAGAACUAAAUUGGGGUUAUCCCACCAAAAGCAGGACUGUUGGGAUAUGUCUGAAUUUAGUCUAUGCUUUCUCUUCUUUUUAUUGAAAUGCUGUAUUAUCUAGAGGGAGAGUUAUGAAGUAAAGUCACAAUAUCUUUCCACAAGUGCUCAUACUUGUUCAAUUACGCACCUAUUUUAUUUAUUUGAUUUCGCAGCAUGCAAGGGGUUAAGUGAUGAGGUAGGACUUGGUAAAAUUGUUGAAAAAAAUAAAUAAUGAAUGUUUCUUCUUUUGAUUGCCAAGAGAUUGUCUGAAAAUGCAACAAUUAAUUUUAGAUGGAGAUCAUUUUGAACUGGUCUUUCUUGUCUACAGAAUAAUAAUGUUUUGACUCCAACCUACCUGUUGUUUUAGGCUAAAAUGUAUUCUGCUGGUGUGGAUAAACAAGACGGAUUAUCACACUAUGGAAGCCUGAAAAUCUUGCCUUUGCAUUCUCCGUUCACAGGUGUGUUUGUGGGGAUGAUUGCCUCCUCACGUAAAGUGAUUUUAUUCUUAACCCCUUGCAGACAAAAGAUGUUAUGUGCAGUCCUGCUAUACUGUGGAAAAUCUUGCUUAUGUGACAGUAGCUCUGCAGAGCCCUAAGGUAACUUAUUAAGACAGUCUUUUAUAGUGCCUUUAAUUACCGGACUAUUUUGACUACAGAGGCUGUCAAUGAUACUUAAUUGGUUUAUGGUUUAGCUCAACACUUUUUUUUUUUCCCUUAACCAAUUGUAUAAUGGUGUAAAUAUAUUUUUCUUCAAUUUCAAAUCUCUAUGAAGUCAGAGAUGCUUGUAAAGACUUCCAGUCGUACUUACUGAUCCUGACUUCGUAGUUCUUUGGGUGAAGAUCUGUUAAUAAUGGGUUACCUCAACUACCAUGACCACUUCUGCUUUUAAAAGUGGCCGUGGUAGUAGCAGUCUGUAUGUGCAGCGUUUCUGCUAGAAACACUGCACUUUGAGAUAUUUGCAUGUUUGUGCUAGGGGCUAAUUGCGCCCCAGGCACAUGUGACUUAGGCAACCCAGAUCUCUUUACUGGGUUGCCUAAUGUUAAAUGUGUGUUAAUUAUGAUUGUCAUCAGCAUGCACAGCGCACUUACAGCUGGCAUAAUGAGCUUUUCCCUUGUAGGCAGUGUCUGCAUGUGGAAGCGUGUAUGUCCCCUCCAUCUCUUUAAAGCCUUCUCUGCUGUCCCUGCCUCCCUAUAACAUUAAAAUUAGGGUUGUUUUUUUUUUUUUUUUUUUUUUAAUAGCUGACCCCUACUCUUUCUUUUUACUGGCUCAUAGCACACUCAUGUGAUCUGAGCUGGUGAAAUGGUCAUUUGAAAUGCUUCUAUAUGAAGCAUUUGAUUGGACCUCGCAAGGACAUUGAUGACGAUGAACAGAGCAUAGAAUUCAGCGAGGGGACCUUUGCCUGGUUUCAGGUAAGUUAUUGCUUUUCUGUUUUUUUUUCUUUUUUAAAGAUUUUUAAUUAAAUUUGUGGACAAGUAUACAUAAUAGGGGUGCAAUAGGCUUUAUGAGUUAAAAAAAAAAAAGAAGCUGUUAUUCUUGAAUAUGCUUCUGGAUGGGUGUCUCACUAUACCGGUUUUAAGAGGACUCUCUGUAUGCUCCAAGCCCUUCAUACUCUUUAGAUUGCUUGUAGAAGGGCAGAUAUAAAUAUAACAGCAAUGUGUCCAUAUUUCAUGGAAUAAGUAAGUGUUGAUGCUGUUUAUCAAGGUUUUGGUUGGUCUUGGUGUUGUCAAAUCGGUGGCUAAAAACUGUGAGAAACCUAUUCUCCAACAGCUAUGUGCCCAAGUGUAGCCAUCACGAACAUAUUGAGUAUGCAGACAUCUUUUGGUUUUCCCACCAACUCUUGUUUGCAUAUAUUCCUGUUUUUGGGCAUUGGUGCAUUUUAAAAUAGAAUCUUUUGUUAUUCCUCUUAUAGAUCCUUCCCAACUUCAUCCUUCCCACAGAAUUCCUGAAUUAAUGAAGUCCUUGUUGUUCAAAAUAAUUUGCAUAUUCAAAUGCUGCCCCAUCCAUCUUUUUUAUAUAAAUAUAAACAAAUCAGACUUUGGGAUUGCUUUUUCUUUCAAUAUUGUCCUAAGGGGAUGGCAAGCAGUAUUUAUGCUCCUUACGAUACUUGCUUUAUGUUACGUUACAUACAUAGCAGAGUUUUCGACUCCCAGAAUGCUUUUAUUUUGGCUUGUGCCAUGUAGAAACCACCCCAAAUCUUCUAGGACCAAUGAUUUUACUGAUUCCAAACAAAAUGAAAACCUGUAUGACCUGACUCUAAAAUGUGAGGAAAAAUAGCUUGUACCUCAUUUGCAUACAUUUAGUUUCUUUCCUUGCCGAAACCUGCACAUUUUCCUCUGAAUGAAAGCACACCUAGAAUCCUGUCUUUAACAGUCAAUUUUCCCACUGUGAGAGACAGCUGGUUUCACAUGAAACUUACUGUGAUGGGAUCACUUCCACUGUCAUUACAUUUUUCUUUUUCUUUUUUUUUUUUAAUUCCUUUUUUUUUUUUCUGUCCAUAAUGUACAUUGGCUUCUGUGACAAUAGUAGACGUUAACAUUUUAGUUAGCACAAUAUAUAGAUGAACUUGAUAAAAGAUUAAAAGAGGGCAGAGCCCGAUAUGUGUAUUUUGAAGAACUAAAUAUAGCCUUUCUUUGUGGAGCAAUAUAUCUUAUUAUGGAAAUAUUUUUUGUUAGUGACACUUGGCACUGUAAAUUAGACCCAAAGCAAAUUCAAAACUUGUGUUUGUAUGAACUCUCUCCUAGCUAUUAAUUAAGGCUAAUUUAAUCCAUUUUUUUUUCAAGCCCGUUAUAUACUAUAUACAUAUACUAUGAAACAUGCAUAUUCAAGGUACCACUCUAAACUAGCUUGUGCUUAGAAUCAGAGUCCCACAGAUACAUUGAUCUUUUAAACUCCAAUCAUUAAUACAACUUAUUAUAGAAUUAGUUUAAAUAGAUUGUGUGCAAAAUGUAAAGGGUAAUUUCUACAAGGUGUGAAAUCAGUUUGGUACGCUGUUUCUAAUACAACCCUCUCAAGUUUAUUAGAUGUUUGUUGCUUGAACUUUGCUCAUGGCUUGUCCUACAUCUACUACACUACCUACAUUUCAGCAACAUCAUAAGACAAGUGGCUAGCUGCUGGAGGUUUGUUGGAAGGCCAACACCUGCACCCACUCACUAGUCCAUGCAAAUGGUGUCAAAGAUGGGCUUUCCUUUCAGAUGGCAAGAAAAUGGGACUAAACUUUUUAUUUGCUAUGACUAAGGAGGCGGUUUUAUCUUCCUGGCUCUCUGAUUGUUCAAUAUUUGAUUGUAUCUCUCUCAGCCAAAUGGCCUCCCAUGUUCUCCCCUCCUUUCUACUCAAAACAUCCUUCCACUAUAUGGAAUGGUAUGCUUCCACUUCAUUGAACCCAUUACACUACAACAGUAUAUUCCAGACAGUGCAGCCUUACCAGUUCGGAGUUAAACUCUGGUGCGAAAAAGCAGACGUACUCUCCUCCUUUAAAAAAAAAAAAAAAAUAAGUUUUUGGAUAUUUUUGAUUGUAAUCUGCUGAUGACUGUUCUUGAUUAUUGUUUAAUCUGUAAAUUUAUAUUUCCUGUCCAUCAUUAAAAACGAAUCGUUUAAAAUAAUUCAAAACAAUUCACCUAAUUCUCUUUGUUCUGUCAUAAAUGUGCUAUAUUUUGUGCAUUAAUGGAAGCAGAAUGGACGUUAAGCUCCAUCUUAAUACCAGUAGUGGUGAGAAAGUACAUUGUACUCUUGUAGAUCUAUUGUUAUGAGUAUGUCACUAAGGCUGGGGAUUGUACUUGUUCACUAGAUUAAAGAUGUAAUCUACUUGUUUUGUGGGUGAAAAAUCCAUUGUAAAGUUUUUCUUAAAUUCCAAUCUGUAUUUAUAAGUCAUGUUGAGAAAAGCAACCUUGCUGCUUGUCCUGCAUUUCACUAGCAAUGAGAACCAUGUUUUUUCUGUCCCUUGUGACAUUGGGCUGGCAUUACUUUUCAUUCUGGUAUAUUAAAGGGGAACAGUCACACCCCAGGAUUUCUAAUUUUGUGUUUUAGAAAUAUUUCUUUCUAAAAUGUAAAAAAUAUAAUUAAUUGUAGAAAAAAAAAUCAUCUCUACCAUAUAACUUUAUACACCUUAGCGCCUGUCAGUCAUUGCUAUGAGAUACGUCUUUUGAACUGGACGGGAUGUUUCUAUUUCUAGUUCUUAUUUGCAAUGAUUGCCUGGAUUGAACUGGAUGUGAUGUAUUUUGGUAAAUCUUUAAUAAAAAUUUAAAAGUAAACAAGGUACAGGGUGCAACAGAACCGAUUGAGCAGCUUUCUUCAGUAUCAACGAGGCACAUUUUCAUCUCAGUUGAGCUGUGAAUAAGCAAAAUUUCCUCUACCGGGGUUAAAAUUAUCCCCUGAAUGACUUGUGAAAGACCGCUACAUUCCCAUAAACUAAUGGUGUGGAGUGCCGUAUCACAAUUUGGAGUGAUAGGCACAUACUUUAAUGAGGAGUAAGGCAUGACCAUAAAUUCUGAGCGUUCUGUCUCAAUGUUGGAAAAUUUUCUGCAGUCUAGAAUGGAAGAGAUUGUUGAAGAUUAAUUGGAGAGUUCUGGUUCCAACAGGAUGGGGCUACAGCCCGAAAUUCACUCAAUGUUUUAAGAGAUGUUUCCCGGACGCCUGGUCUCUCUGAGGGGUGAUGUGGGGUGGCCGGCACGUGGUCACCAGGUUUUGAUCAUUUGUGAUUUUUUUUCUUUUUCUUUUGGGGAUAUCUGAAGGAAAAUGUGUUCAAACAUCUCCCUCACACCCUACCAGAGCUAAGGGAGCAGAUUAUUGAAGAAGUUACCACCAUACCCUGCGAUAUGUGUGAACAAGCUGUACAAAACUAAAGAGAUCAUCUCCAACAGUGUGUUGCUGCUAAUGGCAGCCUUCUCGAGGACAUUAUUUUCUAAAAUUAAUGAAUAUUAAAUGUUUUUUCAGCUGAAUUAGGAAAUAAAGUUUUUCUCUACAUACCGCAGUUAAUUUUUUAUAACCCCUCAACACUGCUUAGUCGGUUCUGCUAAACCCUGUAUCAUUAUGGUGGGAGGGUUAAGCAAAUUAUAGGUUAUCUACAGUUUUUGUUUGUGUUUUUUCUUUUCUUUUUUAAUGGUGUAAUAGACAGAAAAGUAACAUUUCCCCUUUAAUGCAAUACACUUCUUAAUAAGCAGUGUGAAUUUUUUCCAUAUUCGUUUCAGGCUAAGUUUCCACACCAAGGAGCAUAUCGGUUCUGGCACAGAAAAGAGCUUUCCCAGUUUCCGUUAACCAGCUUGUUAUCGCACUGGGUGAAGAGAUUAUGUAUGCCUCUGAAUAAGUGGACUAUGCUGUCAGGUUAUAGAAAGCCUAGCCAUUAUCACUCUGAAACAAACAGGGUGCAUUGUGCAUUGUUUUUGUUAUCUGUGCUGUAGAUGGGGUUUUCUACAAAUUGAUACUAGCACAAGAGACAUCCUGUACCAGUUAGAUCAGAUGUGCUGAGUUCAGUGCUACUGUAGAGUGCAAGGGCAUUCUUUCAGUGAUCAGUGCUAGCCAAACAAAACCUUUGUUUACUUACUCCCGUCCCAUUCAAUUGCUGGAUUGAAAUAAGUUAUUUAGAUGUUCUUUGUUAAUAAAUACAUUGGAACUGGAUCAUAUACAACAUGCGGCUGAACUUGUUAAGUUCUACCUUCGUCAUUUUUGGCAUUGGCGUACAGCUUAUCUGUUCUACGUCUUACCUCUAGCUUCUCACACAUACCUUGCGUUACAUUUGUUUGAUUGAUGUGGUAUUUAUAUAUUUUUCUUGCAUCAAAUUUUGAAUCGUAUCCAUUCCGUAUAUAUGUGAGGUUAUUGUACACCCAAAUAGCUAUAAAUAAAUAAAUAAUUAGCUAUGGUUGGUGAGAUUUAAAAUAAAAAAUUAAAAAUAUUGCUGCUUUUUUAUUUGCAUGUGUAAAUGUGUAUUAACUCCCAAAGUGUUGCAUGCAAGGUGCAUACUUGUGUGCAGCAAUUUUAAUGGAAUGCCAAGCACACAUGUUCUCGUAAGCAAUAUCCCUGACUGUGCCUGAGGCAUCAUGAGUUGGCAACGUCACCCAAAAUGUGGAAGUGCAGCAGACAUAUGUUUUUACUUACUUCCACUUCAUUAUUCACUCCUUUAAAAAUGCUUAAAUGGAGAAAUAAGUUUGUUUUAACACUCUUUGUUGUCUACUUUGCUUUAAGUUGAGGCACUAGCUGUGGUAUAUCCGGCGUUUACAGUCCUGAUAGUAGGUUAAUAUACUAUAUAUAAUGUAUUUGUUUAUAUUAGAGGCUGAAUGAAUGUAACUGUUAUGGUCCAGCUGCCAUGGAAACUAAUGGCAUUUCUGUCUAUGCAUAAAGCCUUUUCUUUGUGGAUAUGGGUGCUUGGGUAAAUGCUGGAUUUCUUUCAAUGUUGUUAAAUUUUUCAAAUUUGCGAGAGAAUGCUUGCAAUGCACAGUUUGUUACAUGUGUAGCACAGUCUGCCCUGUUGGGAUACCCAAUGAUUUUGGCAAGCACUGCCAGGAAGUCCAUAUUUGGCCAUAAUGUCUUGGCUAUAAAAACAGCACUUAGUACCCUCCUUUGUCGGGGGUUGGGACGACUUUCUACUUGACAGUGGCUAGUGACAAGUGGGAAGUUUUGAGGUGUGAUAUAAAGCAGGGCUCACUUUUCCACUCCCAACUACCCAUUGGCAAGUAAAAAUUUAGCAUUGGUGAUUGUGACAUGAACACUUCAGACUUGCAGUAGCUGGUAAUUUAGUGCCAACAUAUUCCACAACACUUUAAUAGUAUAGCAUGAGUCAAACCAGCUGGUUAUAAACUGCAAACCUAUAUCCCUCAUGACAAGUUCAAUUAAAGAAGUACUGUUUUUGGCUAGAGUAACUCUAACUAUUCUGAUCCUAACACCCCCAAAAAGAAGAAGAAAAAAAAACCAUGCAGCUAAAACCCCCAUUCAUUCCACUGCUUCCUCAACUCAAUCCCUUGGCUGAUGUCACUCUCCCUUUCUGGAGCAAUGUCGGGGAGGACAUGGGUAAAAUUGCCACCAUGGCUAUCUGUCGCCAUCAUGCUAUGCUUGCUGUCAACACAUGCCAAAUAUUAACAGAACUGACAUUAACCAACCCAGAACUCUUGUUCCCGGGUGGCUAAUGAUGCCCCAGAGUUAAUCUCCGUAUUUAAAGUAUUUCAUAUUGAAAUGCUGGACAUGGAGACUCUAUGCACCAUGACUACUUUAAAUCACUGAAGUGGUCAUGGUGUUUGGAGGAACCGUUUAAUGUUCUGGCCAAAGGAACUCCCAUCAGUUUAGUGGUUAUAUUACUACAUCGGUACAUAGUCUUUUACAUUUUUUAACAAGACUGCAAACACUCCGUUUGUUCCUGUUUCUGUGAUCUGUGAUUUCAUGAUACAUUUUUAGUUUGCCACUAUGGGAAGCAGUGGUUUGUUUUCCUGUGUUUGGGAUAUUUCUUGUACAUGCAGAAAAAGGGAAAAAAAAGAAGCUGAAACUCAGAUCAGGCUUCACUUUGAAACUGCAGUCAAAAUAAACCACAGUGAACACUGAACAUGAUUUGCAAAUGCAAGUAGCACUUUGCAUGGUUUGGAAGCGAAUUAGAUUGUUUACAUUGGACCUUGCCAAUCAAUUGUGUUACUACCCUUAGUUAUUCACUGUAGAUCUGUCUGUGUUACAGAGAUAUAGCUUAUUUAUAUGCUAGAAUUUCAGGUUAGUGUAAAAAUAAAUAAAUAAAAAUAAUGUAAACCAUGAUUUAAAAAAAUAUAUAUACAUAUUUUAUUCCUGCCCAGAUUGAAUAAGCAGAAUUGCACUUCCUCAACAACUCGUGCAAACAGAAUUGUAGACAUUUGAAAACAAUAUUAUGGCAUCUCUAACACUGCACUUUUUUUUUUUUUUUUUGUUAAAUAGGGUUGAAGAUAACCGUUAAACUACACAUUUGUAUAAAAGAAAAAGAUAACAUGGUUAACAUCGGGCUGAGCAAUUGUGUCUAGGGAGAGAGAUUUACGCCGUCAUCAGUAUACUAAAAAGAUUAUAGUGCUGUGAUGGGUGGCUAAAUUAAAGUAUAUGUGUUCAGGCUAGGCACACAUGUUGUACAGAGGUCCUAAGGUUAGCAUGUAUGUUAUUACAGCACUCCUGACAUAUAUGGAAAGUUAAUUAUAAUUAUAUCUAAGGUGGCACUGCGUUUAAAAACAGUGAGAGAAAAACCUGCUGCAAAAACUCAGCUCCAGUAGGUUAAGAUUAAGUGAGUGUAGUUAUUACAAAGAAAACUAUAGAGCUGGGUGUUACAGUAAAAGGUAAAUCAAAUAUGAAAUAACAGCAAAGUUAUGAAAGUAUGGAAGCAUGGGUCCCCGUUUUUCACUACAAUAUAAUUACUACUAUGGUUGGCAUAGAGAUCACGGAGUAUAGGCAUUGAAAUCAUAAAGUGUAAGGCAACAGGCCAAAAUCAAAAUAAAACUAUCUUGAGUGUAGAUUUGUUAGCCUCCAUCAUUUAUGAGUCCCCUUUUAUCUGAUCCCUAAUGGUGGUAAGCUUCCAGAAUUUGUUGCUGGGUCAUUGUUGUCCUGCCGUCCCAGCCAGGGUAUGUGCGGUCUUCUGUGUAAGGGGUCCUCUCUCUGCUUUGCCCGAAGGGUAUGUUGAUCAGCAGCCACGCGGCCUGGGAUUUUCCUCUUCUGUGCUACAUGAGAGCGGGUCCGAUGGCUCUCUGCAUGUCGGGGAGCCCCCCAUGUGCCCGUUUUGUUGCUUGGGGGUCUAGGACAAGGUUGGGUGUUCGUUGUAGCCUUUAGCCUAUCUGAUUCGGCACGGAUGUAUUGUCGGUGAUAGAUGCGUCUCCAGAACAGUUGGCAGAGAGCAGCAAAAUGCUCUUCAAAACGCUUCCUCCAUGUCUUGAGUACUAUACAGUCCUGAGGAUGAGGAGCAGCAGCCAUUUUAGGUUCGCCACGAGUUGCCCCAGCGGGGACCGGGAUAACCCCGCCGUUCCAAAGGGGGAGGGAGCAGGGCGACAGACAAGCCACAGAUCACAGCCGGCCCCGUUUUCAGAGAUCGUCCGCCUCCACCGUUCACCAGGCCGCUAAUCAUACUAGGCCUCGUGUUCGGACAGCGGAUUUCCACAAUGCAUAUCAAGAUAAAGGACUCCCUCGAGUGCCCACUCGUUUUAGUAGUGUUCCACCAUCUGCUCCAGGCUGAGUGUUAGUCAAUUUUAGUAGUGAGAGUGCAGGAGCUGGUCAAAACAUGCUUUUUAUAUCUGUGUACAAGCACUGAUACAAUUACAAAGCAGAAAUUGCAUUCAUUAUAAGGCUUUAUUUGGGAAUUUGUAAAUCGAUGAGUUUUGCUAUUUUGGGAAUUCAUAAAGAAGAAAGGAUAUUGUAUGGAUUCUUUUGCUGUGUUUAUUAAAAACAAAACAAAAGAUUUUCUCUUGAUUUUUGUAUCUGUCAGUAGAGAUCUCGCAUCACACCUAGAGCCUCUUUUCGUGCCCUGUAGUUAAAGCUUUUUGAGCUACAAAAAAAAUAUUAUAUUUUUUUACUUUUUAAACAGUGUAUUUGCUUUAUACAAGUAUUUUUGUACAGGAACAAUGGCAGAUUUGCUAUCAUUCACAGUUUGACAUUUUGAAAACAAGAUCUGCUAUAUCUUUUAAAAAUGUAUCUCCAUUAAGCUAACUUAUUUACUCUAUUCUACGUUUUUAUUAUUAUUUUGCAGUUAGUGAGAUGUCACGAGUUCUGUUGUUUUGGCCUGGGAUAACUUGCCCUUUUAGUUCAUAUUGUUAAAUGGUGCUUAAGACGCAACUGAUCAGUUUCUUGUCAAAUAUUGUCCGCUUGGUCGUAAGACUGUGGCACAAUACCAACCCCAUUCCACCCCAAGUGUCCAACAAAAUGAUCUAUAGACAUGCAGCUUGCACGUUAGCCCUCUGGAACCUCGAGUAAUUGGUAUGUUCCUUUAAUAUAUUUUCAACACAAGCUGUUAUAAAUAAUACAAUGUUUCUAGCAGGUUUGGCAUUGAGAAAGUACAUCAUAUUUUCUCAAUUUUAUUACAAUUUCAACAUUUUUGUCCAAAUAAUUAACAAGUAAGUGAAUGUAAAGCAUGCUUUGUGUGUGCACUUUGGCUCUUGCAAGUCUGUUUUUGUUGUAAAUACCGCACACAGACUGCUCUGUAGCAUACCGGAAGGUCCUGUGGUUUCAGUCUCUCGAAAUGUGCAGAAACCAAACUUAAAGUGAACUUUCUAAGCUUGUGCAAGAAAAUAUGACCAACUCAACGUCUGAAAAUGUAUUUUCAUUUUCAAUUAUGACUAUUUAACCAAAUGUAGAGAUCUUGUUGUUUUAUGUAUGAGUGUUCUAUAUUACAAGGUACUGGAAGCCUAAAAUGGUUGCCUUCCCAAAUAAAUGAAAUGUCGCACCUUAGAGCUGAACCCCUGUUCACUCAUUACACAGGAAAUGAGGUUUCUAAUCCAUCUGAUUAUUAAUGCAAAAAACGAAUAUCAAUGUAGUGUUUGGAGCUACUUGGUGAAAUAGACUGCAGAUAUGGAAAUUAAAAUGAUCAGACAACUGGGGUAAUUUCUUAUUGAGCAUUUAAAUUUAUGAUGUUAUGUGACAUGCCAGUUCAAUGGAAGGAGUCACAGCAGCUCAUUCAAUUAAUAAAACUAAGUGUAAAUCCGUUGUGAGUGAAAGUCUGGAAGGUUCUCUUCAUUGAGCCAAUAAAUUGUUUUUUGUUUUUCUUCCCCCAUAUACAAGUUAUUUGGCAUGUGUGCUACAGGUUUCUCUAUUUUUAUUUGUACUAGGAAAACGCUUCACAUCUUAAUAUGACCAUAAAUGAUAAUGAACUGCGCUAAAAAAAAUUAUAUCUAAACUGUGUUCCCAGGUUCAAGGUCGUAGAACAGCACACGAUAUAAUCACAAGCAGUUGAUAGUAUAAUAGGACUACCAUUGCAUUACUUCUUGUUCUGAAAGAUUAGGAACGUGUAGUUAUUGUGCAGUUUUGUGUAAGCCCCCCAACCUGCACAUCAUGCAAAUAAAGUAUUUUAUUACAUGAUAGAUUCUUUCACUUCAUUAAACAAUAAAGACACAAAGCCAAACAUUGUCCAUGCUCUAUAACACUUCUUCUUUUUCAGAGACAUAUUAAACAUUGUCAAUUGUAUGGUGUUUUUUUAUUUUCUUGCACAAGUUGUUUUACAAGUGAAAUACCUAGCUUUUUUUUUUUUUUUCUUCAAGUUUGUGAAAGUAUCCAUUCAACGUUACUUCUAUUUUUACUUAUUAAAAGUAAUGAGUGUCAUUAAAGUCUAAAGUAUGAGACGUAAAGAAAAAAAGGGAAUAGAGCGUAAUAUGAAAAAGAGAAUAAAAUAGAAAGUAAUGCCAGAAGUUGCAAAAAUCUGAAUUUCUGGGUGCAAUGGAUCCAGAAUAUAUGGGAUUUAUAUCAGAAUAGAGGUCCAUUUAGAUCAGGCCAAUCACCAUCUCUCCACUCUGAACAUCAGAACAGUAAGGGAAUUGCAUAUGAAUAUUUCUGUUCAAGUCAGUGGAUUUGACCACUGGGGGGCAGAGUUGUCGUAUGCUGUGCCUGCUGUCUUUGCUCCCCAAAACCACUGAUUUGUAAGGGGACUACAGAAUAGUGUGUGUUUUCCCUAUCUGCACAACAAACAGAAAUGCCUUCGGAUAAACCAUCAGGGUUCCUUUAAUCGGUGAUUAAUUCUGAGGCCAGUCAUUGCAGCAGGAACAUUUCUAAUUUUCUAUGAUCUAAUUGGUGAUGUCCAUUUCCUUUCAAAGCUCUAAUGCAACUGCGUAACUAAAUAAAGUGCCUACAGAGGAAGUUAUUUUGUAGCCCUGGCUUCUUUGUAUGUGUGUCCUGUGCUUUUUCUAAUUGCAGCUGCUUAACAGUCCUUCAAAUGACAUCCACAUAAAAUUGUAUGUGUUUGAGUAUAUGUAUAUACACUUUUUUUAUGUGGCACAUUAAAUGUUUAAUCCUAACUGCCAUAAAUAAGUGGUUGUCUUUGAAGUGACUAAACCACUUUAGCAAAACCAUUUCUUUAUGAUUGAGUAAUUUAAAUGAAUGCAAAAAUGAAUGCAAAGGAACUGAUCUAUGUUGCAGACAAAUCUGUACAUAUACCUGUUAACUCUGCAAUAUCACAGGCACCAGUUGUGAUUUAUCCAAUACUGAUUCAAUUCUAAGGGACUAAUAAAACCUCACAAAUCAUGUCUGUAAAGUAUUCCAAUCUCAUUUUCCUAUUGCCUAUUGCUUUGAAUGGUACAAUUAGUACAAAAAAAAAUGUGUAUAUCAUCCUAGUUGAUCAAACUGUCAUUUUGGACUUGUUUUGAUUAUUAUUAAAAUAUCUUUCAUAGAAAUACAGCCAGUGCAAAGAACUAAAUAUAAUUUUGGAAAGGUGGUCCCCUCUCUGGGUCUAGCAUGUGGUUGCAAACCACUGAAAUCAUAGAAGCUUCCAUUUCAGUGAUUCCUAUCAUUUACAUUUUUUCUGUUGUCCCCUUUCCUCCAGAAAAUCAGGACUGUUUACAUCAGGUAGUGCACGAACGACUUGGGGACCUUCUUCGUGUCCUGAAAGGAGUGAUAAGCAAACACCAUACCUUGAAUUCUGUUGAUAUUCUAGGAGCCGCUGGAACAGUGAUUGCGAAAGUUAAAGGUGAGUAACAUUCUGUUCAUUUGCAGAAAUAACUCUGAGUUGCUUGGAUGACAGCAAUUAUGACUCGCAUUUCCCAAUUGCUAAAUUUUUUCCUGUGUUUUUCUGCCAUCUGUGAAUGACUAAAAAUGCAGUGUUUCUUUUCAAUGCUAGGUUUUUUUUAUGUCUAACAAAACGUGUUUUAUUCCCACUUCUGUGAAAGGCUUCUUUUUAAAUUAUGAAUUUUUAAGGGAAAAUGCACCAUAACUUUUCUUUUUUUUUUUUUGUACCAGAUUUUCGUUAGCUCCUGCUCAUUGUCUGCUUGCUGAUUUUCAACAGCAAAUUGUCAUGUUAUACAUCCAGGGCCGUCUUUAACGCAGGGCAAACGGGGCAGCUGCCCCGGGCCCUGUCCCAGCUGGGGGCCCUGUGUCAGCAGGGGCCCGGUCGGGCUCUGUGGCGCUUUAACAGCGCGACCGGGCCCCUGCUUUUCGGCAGCACUGGGAGGAAGUGACAGCCGCGCGUCACUUCCUCCCACAGAAACUAGAGCCGCGCGGGAGGAAGGAGAUGUUCCGAAGGGGGCCAGGCCGGGAGAGCUUAACUCCCAGCCACCCCAGCCAGCCCACUGGACCCCAGGGAAGCCACCCUGCAGGAAAAGGUAAGAAACUGGAGGGUGGUGAUCAAAUUUUGCAUGAGUGUCUGUGUGUGUGUGUGAGAGUAUGUAUGUAUGUCUGUCUGUCAGUGUGUCAGUAUGUCUGUGUGUGUGUGUGUGAGAGUCGGUCAGUGUCUGUGUGGUUCAGUAAGUCUGUGUGUAUGUGUGUUUCAGUAUGGCUGUCUGUGAGUGUCAAAAUGUCUGUAUGUGUGUACGUGUAUGUGUGUUUCAGUAUGUCUGUCUGUGUGUAUGUGUGCCAUAAUGUCUGUAUGUCUGUCAGUGUGUCAGUAUGUCUAUGUGUGAGUCUGUCAGUGUCCAUGUGGUUCUGUAUGUCUGUGUGUAUGUGAAAUGAAAAGUGUGUUUCAGUAUGGCUGUCUGUGUGUGUCUCUGUGUCAGUACGUCUGUCAGAAUGUGCCUUUGUAUCUGUAUGUUGUCCGUUUGUGUUUGUGUGUGUAUCUAUAUAUAGUUAGUGUGUAUCUGUAUGUGUCCGUGUUUGUAAAUGUAUAUCUGCAUGUGUGUCAGGUUGUGUAUCUGUGUGUGUGUCGGUGGAUCUAUAUGUAGUCAGUGUGUGUACCUUUGUAUCUGCAUGUAUCAGUGUUUGUAUCUGUGUAUCUGCAUGUUUGUCAGGUUGUGUAUCUGUGUUUGUGUCUAUCUGUGUGUCAGUGUUCUAUAUGUAGUCUGUGUGUAUCUGUAUGUUCUUGUGUGUAUCUAUAUUCGGUCAGUGUGUAUCUGCAUCUGUGUCAGGUUUUGUAUUUGUGUGUAUCUAUAUGUAGUCAGGGGGCCCAAGUUAAUGCUUGCCCAGGGUCCAAUCAGAAUUAAAGACGGCCCUGCAUACAUCCUGUAAUUUUGUGGUUGUUUUAGCAGUUGGACACACUUGAAAUAGCUGAGACAGACACAUAAAGCAUAAUUUUUUUCAGCGAGAUUAAAGGUGAAUGGCAGACGUUUCUUUGUGACACAUGGAGAGAAGGUGUUUGUAGCUCUUGACUUUAUCACAAGUUGUUUGUACUGUCUUGUUAGAGUGAAGAUAAGCAUGUCCCACGUCAGAUGAAAUUACACUAUGUUCAUGCUAAGUGAAGGCAUUGCUGCUAUAAAGUCUAAAUUCUCAACAAUCUGUUUAUUUUUUAAACCCCAAAUAAUGAUUGUGAGGUGCUAUUUGUAUUGUGGUUAUUAUGUUUUAUCUAAAGGGUGCUGUUGCUUUAGUGGAAAACAAAAUUCCAGUUCAGUUAAUUGUCCAACACUUUUGCAUUUUGUUUUGGUCUUUCAUUUUAAAUUUCAAUUUUCUGUUCACAUUAAUUCACAGCAUAGUGAGUAAAAUCUAUUCAUUUGUGUGGCCGUCGCCCGGUAUAUUUUCUUAAUACGACAGACAGGUUGUUGCUCUAUGAUUGGUAAUUAAGUUUCAGAAAAUGGAUAGGAUUCUGGCCAGAAUUUAUGAUCAGAUUUAGAUAUGUGAUCUCAAGUGCAAGUUUUUAGAACUUAAUAGUGAUUGUGUAAAUUUGGAAUUGCUGAGAUUUAAAAAAAAAAAAAAAAAAGUAGACCAAUUUUAACAAUUUACCAAAGAGUGGCUGCAGGUCUCCUAACUCCAUACCUUCUGCAACACACUGUAGUGGUUAUAGAACUUACAGUGCCCAUUUAAAUUAAAGUGCAGUGUUUGGUUUUUAAUGGGGUUACUCCAAAUACCAUGACCACUUCAGUGAUUUGAAGUAGUCAUGGUGCCUAAAGUCUCUAUGUGCAGAAAUGAAAUGCUGCACAUGCAGAGUUUAACUACACCGCUGCUGGAAGUGUAACUCUACCUGUAGCAAUGCCACAUUUGCCAUGUCGUCAUUGGGGGCAGGACUUCAGGCUGCUGGGGACUAAGCAUCUUUGCUAAACAGUGAGUAAUUGGUUUAGGACUGAUGUAGAUUUUGUUGCCUCUGGACUUCAAGCACCAUAACCACUUUGAUCAUUAGAAGUGGCUAUGGCGCCUACAGUGGCUCUUUAAUAGGUUCAUGUAAUAAUCAGUUUGUCAUUCUUGUAAUAAAUAUUUUAUCACAAGUUCCAAAAUAAAAUUUUGAAAAAGUCUUUAAAGUGGCACUCGAUGCUGGGAUUGGGCUGUUCUGCAAUAAAUUGCACAUGAAAAUGCUACAUUUGCAGUGUGCUCUUUCCAGAUUAGGAAUGGAACAUGCCCUCCGAUCACAGGACCCACAGCAGUGAUGUCACCAUCAGUUUCUGCACAUCUUGCCCUAUAUUGACAGUUGGUGUAAAUUAGUAGUAUAUGCAUACUUGGUAGUUCUGUGUUUGUUUCCUGCUUCAAACCUUUUUUGUUUGUAAACAAAGUAUUACUGCUUUUUUAUGAUUAUUUUUUUAAUUUUAAUAUUGUAAGUGGUGCAAUAGCUGAUAGUAAGAGGCAUUUCUCAUUCUGUGUAUUGAGGCUCUCUGGCCAUUGUUGCUUGUACCCAUUGUGUACAGCCAGGAUGUCCUGGGGAAAGAGUGUGUAUUUUAAAGUGCACCACAUAAGCUUUGCAGCAUAAGAUAUAAAGGAGGGUGUACAAACACUGUCCAAGCCAUCUUGCAUGCAUUUAAAAAAAAUGUAUACACAGCCUGAAAAGGAAGACGAGUGCUUUGUGCUAUGACGGUGCUGCAUUCAGAUUUAACUUAGGACCUCUCCAUUAGCGCUCUUUCCAAAUGUAAUGUUUUUCCCUGACACUCAGCAGUUCAAAGGCCUAACACAACUGUGACGACAAAACCUUCCUGCAACAGGAAAAACUAUUCAGGGCAGAUAAAUUCUUCAUUUCAGAGGAGGAUUUCUCUUUAGCUAUUCUAUUCCUCCCAGUCUUCUUGAGGGAAGGGCACUAGCAUUUUACAAAGCGAUUUUCCCCUCUUAAUUUGACGCUGUAAUUAAAAUUUUUCCUUUGAAUAAUUACGUUUUGAAAAUUGAUACAAAGUUUUUAGACCUGGUAUGAAUAUUUUAUUUGUGUUAUACAUCUACAAACUGAUCUGUCUUUCAUCUAACCUCCGUUACAAGAAUUUGUGUCAUGGAUGUGAGCUUGGUGUAGGUAAGCCCAAAGACUUUUUAAUUGUAUGUACGGUUUUAUUGUUAGCUGUUUUACAGCUUGUUCUGGUUAAUAUAUGUGUUCGCUUUUUUUUUUGUUCAUUUCACUAUUUGAUAUUUUUGAGAUUUUCUAUAUUCUUUAAGUAUAAUGGUUGUGUAUAAUGUAUUUUUCUGUGUGUGUGAGAUAGACCGCUCCUUUAAGAACGUUUAUUGAAUGUAUAUUAGACAAAGUUGUGUACGUGUUUUAAAGCAUUGUAAGCAGCAGUUAUUUCCAGACGUAAAUCAUGCUUUCUAGAUAAAACUGCACAUUCUUGUGAACUGACUACAUCCUUUCAGUAAAGGCUCUGUGGGAAUAAGGGCAUACACUCUCUCCUGUAAUCUGUGACUGACUCUUAUACCAGUCGCAGAAGCAUGUUUAAACCAGAAAAUAACUCUGUGCCUUAGCCAUGUCAGAGAAGAAAUUGUUAGUUUGGAAGCCCUGUACUAAUGUAUGAGCUACUGAUAAGUGUCACUUUGUAGGAUUUUCUUCUGCACUGGGAGAGUAAUAGUUAGUACUGACUAGCAAGCAGCAUUACAUGAAAUGGUUCUCGGUGCAGAAAUAUCUUUUACAUUUGUUCUUUUUAAACAUGGCCAUGAUGUAAAAAACAAGAUAUUGUUUAAGUUUCUGGAUCUGGAGUUACUAUGUCCUGCCAUCUUUGUUUUUUUUUUUGUUUGUUUUUUACAGUACAAAUUUAGUAUCAUUCACAAGGCUUCCACAGGUUUGCACAAGUUCGAGCAGAUGGCAGUUUGUAUUUACGAGGAUAAAUAUGCUUUUGGGUCGACAUAGAGCACUCUGGCAUCCAUAGCUCAUGUCCCUUGUGGGAUCUACCAAUAGUAAAAAGAAAAAUAAUGCAAUAAAAUACAUAUUCUUUCAAUGGUACAGAACUAUUCCUGGUCUUGAAGGAUUCCAUGCCAUCAACAAAUGUAGUGGUAUAUUUGGGCACCAAUUUUAACAUGGCUUCUGUUUUAUUCUGUUGGUACCAAACAGAAAGAGAAAGCACACACCCAAAUUGAAACAACACUGUAGAUGGAUUUCAGUUUUAAUCUUGCUUAUGUGCUGUUAGUAUGUGACCACACACUGGUACAAUUUCUGAUGGUGUUUGUAAAGUGACACUCAUAAACCACCAGUAUCUGUGGGUAGCAUAUCUUGGUUUAAAACACUUUCCUUAUGGCAGAGGGACGUAAAAUGGGGUUAAUCACUCUUUUAAGGGUGAAUUGAAUUAUAGGUUACUGGUGUUGAAAGCACAAUGUCUCGUCAUUAUUUGCUCUGGCAAUUAAAUAUUGUUUUCCAAUAAUCUUUAAGGGUUAGGCCUGUCAUAAUCCAAUCCCACCUCUUCUUGUAUGACUCUUGUGCUUGUGAGUCUUUAGGUAUAUCAGUUAAUUUAGGAUUAUAUUGUAUUAAGUAGUAAUUGAACAGAUGCCUGAAUAUUUUAAAUUCAGAUCCACAUCUGUUGUUACUUAAGCAACGGUAAGUUAGUGAUUGGACAUUUUGUUUCCUGAAUUGGCCAGGUUUCUUAUGUGAAGGCAAAUUGUGCAGACAUACUAAUGGUUAAAUGUUUACUGCAUAAUUAGUAGAUAUUUUAAGAAGUACUCAGCGUAGUAGGAAUAGUGGUUAUUUUGCAUGAAAACUAUGGAUUUGUAUCUUUAGUUUAAUCGAUCUUGAAACAUUCUACUCCGUGUUAUUACUGUUUAUUUUCCAUUAAUAGAAACUGUCACUUCACCGGAGAUCUCACAAAUCAGUAAAACUUUGAAAAUGUACAUAUAACUCGAGAUUGUAAGCUCAUUGGGCAGGGCCUUCACCUACCUAUUGUUCCUCUGUCACUGUGUAAUUGUCUCAUUUAUUGUACAUUUUCCCCCCUGUCAUAAUAUUGUAAAGCACUGUGAAAUUAGUUGGCGCUAUAUAAAUACCAAUAAUAACUUUUUUCAUGCUCCAUUUUACUUUAAAUAUAUAUUAAUGAAUUGGAAAAUUACUUUACAGUCCAAGCACAAUUCCUGGUAAAAUAUUUUAUAAAUAAUAAAUAAAAAGGAAAAUGGAAACAUUAUUUCUAUUAUGUAUGUUUUCCUCAUGCAGACUGCCGGGUGCAACAGAGAGUGCUUAUAACAAUCAUUGAUAGAGAGCUAAAAUGGAGGCACGCAUUCGCAAGAUUAAAAGGUGUCCGUUUCUAUGUUUAAUUUUAUUCUCCACACCUAUAUUUCUUAAAUGUGGGUAAUAAAUAUAAGUAACCAUAAUGUUAAAGAUCCUUGGAAGUUCCCCUUUAAAUCAUCAGACUAGAUGGAUAUUGCAUAAAGCAACCAAAGUUCCAGACCGACCAAAUGGUCUUUGAAAUGUCACUGUUUUAUUAGACAUGAACCGUUUUGCACCUCACAGGAAUGGGGAAAAAAAACCUAUGUGGGGAAAAAAACAGCUUUCACACAACUUUAGGCCAGGGAUUGUUUGAAAAUCUUGAGCAGAAGAACUAUACUGAAGGUAGUUCACCGGCUUAGGUUUAUAGCGACUACAGUGUUGAUGCCAUGCUUGAUUUUGUUGUCCAGGUUUUCCCUGAUACCUCCAAAGUAUUUGGCUUCACAGGAGGACCAUAGGAAUGGAGUAAAUUACAUCCUCACUGUGUUCACAUGCUAAUGUGCUGGCAGUAAAGACAACGUGAGAUUGCAAGUGCCUCCUGCUUUGGGAAGAACUGAUUUGCUUGAGAACAGAGCCAAUCAGACAGGAGGCAGUGGGAGUAGGAAGAAAUUCAUGUGGAUGUAGUGCUAGUGCAACAUGCACACAUCUGGCACAAUGAUAUUAAUGCUGGAGAGGUGCCAGUUAUUAAAUCUCCCAAACUAAUGCAAUAUAUAAUUUACUUUUUUAUUAGAUCUAUUCAUUGCUGAAGAAAGUACUGGCACUUUCAGUGAACCUGACAUGUUUACAAAUUUCUAUAUUAAUGUGAUAUAGGCGAUCUUAAUUGCAUUAUUUUUGUUAGUUUAGUGAUGUCGACACUAUAGCACAGGUGCCAUAGCAGACACUCAGUGCCUGUCUGCAAGAUGGGGCAUCAGUCCCAGUGAUAAAUUCUAUAUUUGAUGCCAAAUUAUAUUGUUAUCAAAAGGUAACCUAUUGUGCCUUACCAGAGAAAAGCAAAAAAAAAAAAACAGGCCUGAAAUAAACAAUUAAAUAUUGCAAAUCAAAAGAAAAUUGGUAAGUGGGAAACAUAGAAUUGAUAGUGUAAUAUAAUAUGGAGAGAAUUAGAUUCAGGUGUUAGAGGAGGACUAAGGUACAGGAAGUGAACGAAGGGAAAUUUAGAUGAGUAGAAUUGAGGUUGGAUUUAAAUGAAUGUGCACAAAGCAACAAGGUGAAGAAGAGACUGAAAUUCGGUACGAGUGCAUAAAUCAAGUCAGAUUUUUAACUGUUCAGUUUUGUUCAAAUAAAAAUGUAGCACUGCUACCUGUCAUCUUAAAUUGAUGGCAAACCUACAUUUACAAGGGGGGGAUAGACCAAGUUUUUAGUGAAUGAAUAACCACAGAAUAUUUCUGUAGUUAAUUAACAGUUGUUUUAAAGAUUCCCCAUUGUACCACCAUUUGCUAUGUAUGGUUGUAUCUAAUUCUCUAAUUUAAUUCAGUUUGAAAACAUUCAUUAUUUUGUAAUGUUUGUUGGAUGGUGCUAGUACUUGUGUAAGUGUUGUUAAAGGGUCAUCUUACCUUGGUAAAACUAGCUAUAUGAGCCAGUUUGAUGUGACCCAACAGAAUCUGUUCAGACCUCAGUCUGAGCUAACUGGUUCUGUGCCCAGUAUAAGUUCUACUACUUAAUGUAUUGCCACAGAUGUCUAGUGGCAAUAUGUAGCCUUGUUAGGCCAUUGGAGGCAAGUAUGUAGAGAACAAGAAGGAAACGUGUUAGUCCGAUGCCACACUGAAUUACCUUGUUUGCCAACACUGGCAUUGAGAUGGGAAACGCACUACAGUAAUAGUACACACAAGUCUUAUCAAACUUUGAAAUUAAAUUAAUUUGACUGCUUACAGAAACAUCUAGCCAAUUUAGUUAAAGAUUUAACAGCACUGGGUAUACAUAAUCAUUUAUUAAACCAUGUGCAAGAUUAUGUAUUAAGCCAUGUUUCCUUUAACACAGUGUAAGGAAUCCUACCUCCCAUUUAUCUGUGACUUUUUAGAAAAAAAAACAUUUUGGGGCUUAAUGAGAACGGAAGCCGUCCCGCUUGAAGCAGUACAGUUUCUAAUGUUAGAAAAUAUGACAAAAAUAAAUGUACGUACAUUGUUUCACCAGAGGCUAAGGUAAAGUAGGUCUAUGUAGAUUUUGUUGAUAAAUGGAAACUUGGCUGCUACAUUGACAGCGUGACUGUAAAGGUAUCUUCUUACUUGGGUUUAAUUUCCUCCGCAGAAGGUCUUGUAUUCUUACCAUAGUGAGGGGGUAGUAAUUACUUACUUUGCUGUUAUACAUAUUUAUCCACUUCUGGGCUGAUUUGUUAUCAACGUAUAAAAGCUAGAAAAAAAACUAAUUGCCAUGUCUUGCCUUUCUGUGUAUGUUACUGUUUUUGUCACUACCCAAGUUACCAUUGUGAUAACAACAUUUGUCUUCCUAAAGAUUAUACUAGCUUGUGGAUUAAACACAAAGGAUGUUUUGCUUUAAUUGAUCUAAGCAAUAUGGUAAUUUCUAAUUUAAUUUUGUGUGUCAAGUUUAAAAAAUAAAGGUCUGGUGCAGUGUUUAUUUAAACAUAGUGUUUCUUCAACAACCAAUAGGCUAUGAUUUGAGGUUCUCCCUAGCAAUGCACCAAUGCCCAAUCUAAAAUGAGUCACCUGUGCUAAAAUUUGGAUAUCCUGAUACUCUGGGUCAGUCAGGGUUGUUGGGAGAAACAAUAAUCUCAGAGCACGCAUGUGAGAUGUGGUGGAUUGGUAUAUGUAAACAUAGUUAUUAACCAAGUAAUUGUUUCAGAUCUGAUCAGGGAAUAUCAAAUUUUAAGCCAAAAUAGCAGCGAGAAUUUCUCCACUUUAGCUAGUUUGGUUUAAAUGUUUCAAAAUGCCCUUUUUAAUGAGUAAGUCAUACAGUAGUCUGGGUGCCUGAGCUAAAAUAUUGAAUAUUGUGAGCAUGUUUUUCUUUUGCUAAUCAGGAACAAUGUUGCAAUGUUUUUUUCUGCAUAUAUUCAGUGUGACUCCUUAAGAAAGCUUUCUGAGUGGAUGUACACUAACAACUAAUUACUGCAUGUUCCUUCUGUGUUUGCUGAGCGUCUAUUUCCUGUUGGAAGCCACAUUGUAGAAGUAAGAAAUGAGCACAUUAGUAAAGGGUCUGUGCGAAUGAAUGAAAUGCUGUUUUAGCUCAUUCGGUGUUUUCUUUACUGUUAUGCGAAGUAAAAAAAUAGAAUGGAGCUUAGAAUGACUAACGUUUAUUCUUUCUGAAGUUUGUUUAGCAAUUUACGUGUUUUUUUUUUUGAAAAUAAAGAAAAUCAGAACACAAUACAUGUGUGUAAUGUCUUUAGGAAUGUUUAGAGUCUUUAACAGUGUCACUGCACAAGGCUUUAUUGGAUUGGUAUUUCAUAUUUGAGCUAUACACACCACUGUCUCUCCAGAUUAAGGAACACUCGAAGUGCCAUGAUCGUGUAUGCUCUUUGCCUAAGUUAUGGUCCAGUGAAAUCUCCUGCCCCUCCUAUCUUCUAAUCUUGGUUUAUAAAUGUAGUAAUUUAACAGAAAAGAAUGAAGCUACAGCUCCCACAAGCUUUGCAAAAUACUUGUAUGUACUCUAUAUAAUGCAUCAAACAGUUGGAAUUAUCAUUUCAUGGCCAUUUAACUGUGUCAUUACAAGUAGUAGUACCGGAUAUGGAAGAUGUCAUUGAGUAAAGCAGAAAUAACAGGGCUGUUCCUCACCACUGGAAUGUGUGUCAAACUUUGUGCUCAGACCAUUAUAUUGCUAUAUUGGUUUGCACAUAGGUUUUAUGCGUUUGUGUAUAUUUUCAGAAUUUAGAACCCAGACAGGUAAUACCAGCGCGAUUUGUUUGGCAGACCAUGAAGUGACAUGUUAAUAAACACUUGGAGUAACAUUUUAAGUAGCCAAGGACCCGUUAUUCGAAUUUACUACUGUGGGUUAUGAUAUUAAAAGGGACAUUGAUGCAUUUAAGCUAAGCUUGGUAGUUGCAUGAACCCCCUACACUUUGACCCCUCUGUUUUUCCAAAACCUUAAAAGCCAUUUGUCUUCUCCAAACAUGUAGACUGUUUGCUUGUGGUGGAUUUUCCCUGUGCUGUGUCCUGAGUCCACACUGAAUUUAAGUCUCUUGUGAUGUUUGUGUUGUAAUGUACUCAAAGAUACUUAUCUGUGAGAUAAUUAAAUGCUGGUUUCCUAAUUUACCCAGUGCAUAAUUAGUUUCUGCCUGUACCAUGUUGAAAACAUUAUGUACGUUUGCAACAGAGCUUGUACUCCAAGUCAUAGAAUGCAUGUGACUAAAAAAGAUCCAUUAAACUUUAUUGUAAAAGUAUACACCAAAAGGGAAGGGCUAAAAAGAAAUGGAUAGUCACUCUUCUGGACUCAUAUUGAGGGGUACAUAUUAAUAACAUUCAGUUUUUUUUGGAAUAAGAUCUUACUAUGGCUGAUUGUGCAUUCCUAAACCACCUUCUCUACUAUUACUUUAUUAUCAUGCCAAAAAAAAUAUAAUUAAAAAAAAUGGAUUGUAAUGUUUUUCAAUGGAAAUGCUUUCAUUUCUACCGAUUUUAAUCCUGUCCCACGAUUUUUUAGGACAAGAAAGUGUUUUGGUUACUUUCAUAGCCUUUAUUAUGAAGUUGAUUAGUGUUGAUCACCACCAUUUGUUUGUAGAUAUUUUACUUCCCUUGUUACCCUAAUUCCCUGAUGCACAUCCUCGGCACUUACACCCACACCACCACAAUAGUCUUACCGGCCUCCCUACUAACACACACAUGCACCUUUCUUUCUCUUUUUACCACAACAAGCUUUAACUCCAGCAAUACAAUUAGCACGAGCACUAAACACAAAUGUAAAACUUGCCAGAGAUGACUUUCUUACCACUCCCUCCAUUCUUCCAGGGUAUAUUUAGGUGCAUCUGUCCUGUUUAUUCUGAGACAGUCUGAGCACCGCCCUGGUAAAUACAGAAUCUGAAUACAAUGGAGACGAAAACAGAUGUGAGUACAGGAAAGGGAGAGAGCCUGUUUUUGUUUUCGUUUGAGUGAGCGAGCACUGUGUUUUAUGUAACUGCUUGUGGCAAACUUUUCCAGAAAAUAGCACAGCUUAUUUCAUUAGUAUCAAUGUUGUGGUAAAUUUAAAGCCAAUUUAAAGAACACCCACUGCUAGCAUUAUAAAGAUGCUUGAUAACCUCUGUUUUGAUGGAAGUACUGAGAGGAAAAAACUCCAUUGUGAGUCAAGGCAAAGAUUCUCCCAAAACUGUAAGAGAGGUGCCCAGAGUGACAUAGGGAAACAAACAAAAGAUGAAGCGGGGGACAGAAACUGAAAAACAGAGGACUCUCUUAAAGCCUUUACUGACAGUUCCAGCUUGGUUACAAACCCACUGUGCUUUUAGCAACAUAAAGUAGACUGUAUACUAGAGCAUAUAUUUCAUUAAUCCUAGAUAAUAAGUUUAAUUUACAUCUAGGAUUUCCUGUUUAGUAACUUGUGAUUUUCCAUAGCAGGGUGGCCAAAAUAUCAAUUCCCAGUUGUUGUAAAACAGCAACUCCCCUUAUGCCUGUCCAGCAUUUGACAACCUUAAUUCAAAUAGUAUUUUCGAACGUUUUAGUGUCUGGUCCUGUUCAUUGCUUAUUAAAAUAUCUCAAAAUUCUAAUGGAACACAAAUAAAAGUGUUCAUAAAACAAAAAUAUACGAAAGGAUGCAGUAAAAAUAAUCUCAACAGAUUUUAUUUUCCUGCCACUACAAACAUAUGACGUCUGAAUAAAGCCAAAUGUGUUUCAAACGGGUGCACAUACACCUGUUUUCCUGGCUCAUAAGCAUACCACAUGCCUCUUAAAGUCUACAUCCAUGUGGGCUCUCACUGUUAUUCAUUCAGGUGUGAAUUGCCAUUCAUUCAAAGAGAAUUUCAAAUUGUGAACUAAACAUAUAAGUGACUUUGAGAUUUUUCUUCUUCUAGCUCUGCUAUUUUAAAUUCAGUUUAAAUUCCCAGCAAGUUAACCUUAAAGGUAACUAAAGUUUUGUUUUGUUUUGUUUUUUGGAACUGCAGCUUCCCUUCUUUUACUGUGUCUAUUGUCUGCCCACUUUGCUUAUGAAAUCAAAAAUUGAAUAAAAUUUACUCAUUCAAACCUAGAGCCAAGACUCCUCUGCUUCAGCUGCUCACUCUGUCUCUGCGGAAGUUUAUAUGCCUGCUGAUGUUUAACACAAUCUCGUCCAAUCCAGUGCGUCUCUUAAAGAGGCAUUGGUGGACAAGGUAUGCAUGCGCGGGUAAACGCUGCUAUACUCAAUUAAAUGAUGCUGUGAGCAGCGUUUGGUUGGAUGACCAAUUAUGACUUUGUUCUGGAGCAGAAAGUGACUCUCUACAAAACGCCAAUGCUUUACAUUACAGUGUUUAAACUAAAGGAUCACUGCACCUAAACCACUUCAUUGAGAUGAAAUGGUCUGGUUGACUUAUAGUGGUCCUUUAAGAUAAGUUUUGGUUUUUUUCUACCCCCACCCGGGUGCCUGAUUUUCUUUAGUCUUUAGUAAGAGGCAGAGUAUUCAAAGUUAAAUUUUGUUACAUUAUUUUAAUUAUGUAACACAAUAUCAAACUUGGCAUUUAACAGAAUUAUAAAGAACGAGUAUUACAGAAUAAUAAAUUCUAAUUAAUAAAAAUAUUCUCGAUUUUAGCCAGUGCUAAACCCAAUUAUAUCGCUGCCCUCACAUUGAAUGUUUAGUGAUGGUUGGUUAACAUGUGCCCGCCACGAUAGCUGUGUUUGAUUGGAUUGCUUGCCAAGAUACAGCUUCGUUUUCUGUGCGGGCCUAACCAUAUAAAUUAAACGUUCAUUAUCCCAGGGCAGCAAACCUGCGUAUCAAAUUGAAUUACUUAACAAAUACUUGUUAUUGCUCUAGCAUGAAAAGUGGGUGGUGACUUUAGGCAUUUUCAAAGGCAGAAUGUCUGACCUAUGGUCUCUAACACAAUGGCAAGGGCACUUCUUUAAAGAGGAACCCUUACAAAUCAACAUCGGUUAAUGAUGCAUGUUUGGUGGGAAGGUUAGCAACCUAUUGUAACAAGGCAUGAGUGAGUUUUACAGGGUUUUCGGAGCUGGUCUUUAAAAAUAAUACAUAAGAUCUAUACUUGUGCCCUGACUCAAUCCCUGAUUUGAUUAACUAUUUAUGAGCCAAGUUACUAAAAUAAUGUGUUCUAUUGCUGGGUUAGAUGAACAGAAGCCUCAGGAAUAAUUAACUUUAUAAAAAUAAUAGUCCACCUCUAACCAUAAGUAUAUUGGAAAAAAUAUAUUUUUAAUGUUUGCAAUAAUUAUAUCUUGUUGGAAAAAUUAAAAAGGUGAACAAAGUGUGUGUGUGUGUAUGUAUGUAUGUGUGUGUGUAUAUAUAUAUAUAUAUAUAUACAUUGUCCUUUUAUCAUGGACUGGCAUUUAUUGGAACUUAUUCUGACCUUCAGCAAGUGCUCACACGGAGACUUUCAAUGUGAAAACCAAGAGUCUGGUUUGAUAACCACCAUUCCGGAGUUGUUUAACGAUAAGACAUGGCAAUAUGUGUUCUAUGUUCCAAAAGGAGGUCUCCUGCUUCUAACACACACAAGCCUGCAUAUUUGUAUAUGGAGCUGAAAAAUGUAGCUCACAUACGUUCGUAUUCGCACGUUUUGAUUUUCACAAAGGAGAAAUGCUGUAUUUGUUUUAUUUGUUUAUUUUGUUGGUAACCUUGAAACAAUUGUAUUCAUUUUAUCCAAGAUUUUGUAGGUAAAAUUAGUAACUUAUUGUAACAAUUUAAGAUCUGUUUACUGUACAGUGGAUUUUAAUGUUACCUUUUUACAUAUUUUGCCAUCACUGUGGAUCCAAAUAAUCACCUCGAUUUUUUUUUUUUUUUUUUUGGCUUUUUCAGGUUAUUUCUGAUGUUAUGUGUGAGUCUCUGAAUAAAUAAGAAAUUCUAAUAUUAAUCCAUAUAUUUGUUUUAUGUUUUUUCAGCUGUGAAUUUUAAAAACGUUAAUGAAGACAACAGGAGAGAACAUUUCAGUGAAAUCUUUUCAUCCAUCGACAAUUUAGCUUUUACCUUCGGAAACGUGUAAGUAGGAUUGUGAGUGGCUAAAGGAAGACUAUUAGCACCUUAACCUCUACAGCUUUUUGUAGUGAUUAUGUUGCAAAGCACCUUUGGGUGCCUUCUCCUGUAUUCUGUGGAGCCUAUUUCAAAAAAUGCAACUCACAGCUCUGACACUCCGAUAAUGCUGUGUUUUAAUUUCAGCAUUAUUUGUACAAAGUUCAUCUAACCUUGUAUGAUCAUGAAAGGUUGCAACUUAAAGCACUGUCUGAGUGACAGGCACUGGGCUUGGCUUUGGAUGCUGGGAGAGCUUGUAUUUUUUAUUAAACAGCUGUAAUGAAUAAAAGGUGUGAAAACCACAAUUGAACUGCUUCAGGCUAAUGUGUCUCUGUAGAUUUUUAAAAUUAUUAGCAGCUAAUGUUACCAGUACACUUACUCAUCAAUGUUAAUGCAGAUGAUACUUUUUUUUUUGUCCUACAACUGUCAAAUUAGAGGUCUUGGAGAUCAUUGUGUUUUCACAGAAGAGUUUGUAUACAUGCCACUGAACGUAUACCACCGAUAAGCUUUCUUUAUAUGCAGUUAUGUAUUUAGACUUUUGGCUGUCUUAGGCUUAGACUUGUAUCCUUAUAAGCAUUAUUUACCCACAACUAGCAAUUCAUUAUAGUCUACCUCAUACAAAGACACAGUUUUAUAAAUGCAUAGAUACACACAUUAACACACAGUCACAUGCAUACAAUGAUUCACACCUGCACACACAGUCAUUUAGGUUAGUCACAUGGUGACUAGUGGUGGAGAUGCAGUGGAGCUGUGCACAAGCUAACUCAGACUCCUUCCUGCUCGAUUAAUUUCUUGUAUUUCUCUCUAUAUCUGUCUGUCUAUGUGUCUGUCUGUCUAUGUAUCUAUGUAUCUCUAUAUAGACAUAUAAAUAAGGUAACUUUACAUUAUAAUGCUUUACAGUGUUUAAAAAAAAAAAAAAAGUUCCAUUAUUGUUGAGAUGCUAGUCCUUUAUUUAAAUGGGGGAGAGAGAAUUAGACCACAUAGUAUGUGCCAUUGAUUAUUUUAUCUUGUUUCUUUUCAGUGUAUCAGACUUCCUUAUGGGAGAUGUAGACAGUGGGUCAACAUUGGGACUUCUUUCAUCACGUCGAAGUCGGGUUUGUGUUAAACUCCUUCAUUUCACUACAUAAGUUUCAUCUCAUCCAAAAUUUGAUUACCGUGCGUGGGAACAUCAAGUUUAGCAACAUAAGGUUUGCUUUACUGGGGGGGAACAGUGUUUUCCAAGCAGGAAUAAAGGAUGAUUGUCUCCUGCCUUAUACGCAUAUCACACCUUUCUAGCAAUAGAUGCUAUUUAAUGAUCACAUAGAGACAAAUACAUUUUUAUUUUAGGGUUAUUCAGAGUUUCCCCAGUAAAUUUAUCUCUAAAAUAGAAAAAUUUAUCUGCAAGAGCACUGAUAUUAGUUCACAGGUUCGCCUUCAUUGUUCACAUAGAACACAAAGUCUGUGCUGAUUCUCUUGAUUGGUAAAAGCUCCAUGACAAGAACUUGUCUCUAGAAAUUCUUGUUGAGUUACGUACACUUGUGCAAGCACUUCUCAUUCAGUACUCACUGCUAUACGUAUGUGUGCCACAAUGUAUAUUACCAUACAAUGUCUGCAACGCAUAUCGCAUUAAACCUUAAUGCUCGACAAUUCCUGGGAUCUUUAUAGUGCUGCCAUUCAAAUUUAGGGAAGAUGAGCUUUGUAUGAGAGAUCUCAACCAAUUCCUGAUCCUUGCAGACAUCUCUAGUCAUCUACAAUUUCUGUGGAUUUUACACAAAUACAUUCAAUCCCUCAAAAUGGGAUCAGAAAUGGAUGGUUCAACUCCAGCCUGUACCUUUUGAUUAAAAAAAAAUAACUAGUGUAUUUUGAUUGCUUCGUUUCCUGCUAAACAUCAUUGCUGAUUGAUGUUAGAUUCUUGGAUAUGUGAAUUUGCUAAUUUUUAUCUGCCAUCCAGGUCAUUUCCUGUUCAAGAAAUUGGUUGUCUCAUACGUACAGUGGAAUGUUUUAGUAUUGAUUUUCUGCCUACAAACAAAUGUCAGUGACACUAAACCUUGACCUUGCUAUUUACCCAAUAAAGGAAAAGGAAAAGAAUAAAUUAAUUUCCGGAAUUCUUAUGGCGGAGAAAAAUGUCUUAAUGUGUCAAAGUACAAAAUGAUACACUGCCUUUCUGCAAAAAAACCCCCAAUGGCAAAUAUAAAUUUCCAGUUUUAAUAAGAUUUAUUCUUAAUUAAUAAAACCUAUGCGUAUAAUCAUCCCUUGUCAAUGUCGUACAGAACACACUCUUGUGACAUUGUGGGUGUCGUGGGGCUUAUAACUGUGGUCCUAUAUGCUAAUCUCUCCUGCCAUAAGGGAUUGAAUCAGUCCCUGCAAUAUAACCACAGAAUGAGCAUGUGUCUUUAUCAAGUAGUUUUCAGCAUAGAAUAGCAUAUAUGCUGCGCAUUGACUGAAAAUAGGAUAGUGGAAAAACAUUCCUACAGGGCAUUCUCCUGAUUUGUGCUACCAGUAGAGAACCUGUCUUGUAGUUGCUUUGAUUAUUCAUUUACGCAUGUCUCUGGCUUUGCCAAAGGAUGGUAUACUUGCAAGAGCCAGAGUGCUGGCUUAAUGGGAGACACUUUUUUUGCAGGGAGGUUGGAGAUUUGAGGGAAUGGGUGUAAGACUAUAAAUAUCUACCCAAAAUCAUGGUGGCACAAACUGCACUAAAGAGGAAGUAGGUAUGUCAUACCGGGAAGCAAUGUAUAUAUCAUUUAUCUUUUGGUAACUUAUACCUACAUUACUUUAAACAAUGGUAGCACUUAAAGGGAGACUCCACUGCCCAAAUACAAAAUAAAUAAAACUCACUGUUUAGGAGAUAUAACCCAAAUGAACACUUACAUGUAUUUAAUUAUGUAUUUUUUUUCAAUGGGGAUAUAUCUAAAAUCUCUUGUCUGCUGCCUUUGCAAGCUCUUCCCUUCUAACCCUGCCCAGGCUUUCUGUGGCUGUGCAAUCACAGCCUUCCCAAUACAGCUCAAUGAGAAGUUUUUGUAGGGCAGGUGCUCUGGGCAACUGCUGCCUCUUGAGGUCAGCUGCAUUGGGCUAACGAAACCAGGAAGCAACAUUACCUGUUGUCUGCUUGAAAGCCAGGUGGUGUAACCAGGCUAAUUUAUAAAACACUUUUUGCAAAAUGACAAAAGGGAUACACUUUUCACACAUAAAGCUUUUCAGCAAUCUAAAGUUGUUUAGGGGUCUGGAGUGACCGUUGAAAUGCAAACCUGUCAUGAGAGGUUGGCCUUAAGAGCUAAUUUAUGUUGACCUUUAGUUGAACUGUCAAAAACAUACUUUAAUCUGUAAAAGAUUACUAUUUUUUGUAUCUGACGUCCAUGGUUCCCACAAACCGCUGUGAAGUACUCACUGGACAUCAGGAUGCAUAAUUGAUAUGCACCCCACAAAAAAUUCUGAUCUUAUAUCCUCGCAUGUUAAGUAAAAAUCAGUGAGAUAUUUAUUUAACAUGCUUCUCGCAGAUAUGUUAGAAUCCUAAAAACUAAUGAAAACCUAAUUAUCUAUUUGACAAUGGCAAAUGAGCCAAAUCCAUUACAAAUUGCCAGUGUUUUUAAAGAAUAACUCUCUAAUAAUGUUUUAUCAGAAGUAUGUUUGCUUUAGCGUUUUAUAUUAGAUAAAAAAUAUUUUAUGUGUGAGCCAAAUGUAACUGCUCCUGGAUCCUGUGGCCUUGCUGUUGCUGAGAAUGUCUACUUUGCCUUUGCAUGUAAUUGUAUGAGUUGAAUGUUAAAGUGCACCAUAAUGACAGUCCACUGUUGUAGUUGCUAUGGUGCCAGAAUUGACAUUAUGCCCUCCAAGAAUAAUCUGUCAAACCAGUUUAGAAAGUUUUGUCAAUUUACUUGGAUCCUGUGGGUGCAUGCACCUCCUGCAGGAGACGCUUCGCUAAGGAGGUGUGAUACAGGACCUCGCUAGUUGUCACAGUUCUAAAACAUUUUGAGAAAUUACUGUGGGCGGGUGCCAGGCCAUUCCUGGCACCAUAAAUUAUACUGCAGUCUGUGCACGGUGCUUGGCGUAUUAAUGUAAUAAGAAGCUCUAAUAUAAUGGUUUUCUGAUGUCUCAAAAAUCAAAUUAACACUAUAGUGUUAGGAACGCAAACCUCUAUUACUAACGCUAUAGUUCACCUGUUUGUAGUCAUAUACAGCUUUCGUCUUCCCUUUUGCCCAAUAAAUAAUAAAAAAAAAUAAUAUAGGUUUCUACUCCUUUCUCCAUGCUGCUGGCCUCUUCGCCUCCUGCAUCCUCUUCUAGAAGGCAUGGCUUCCUCUGGCAAUGGUCCAAUCCCAUUCUUCUUAUAGAGUAGCAUUGGGGAUCUAAUGCGCAUGUGCAUCAAAGGAAAACAUUAAAUUCAAUGCUCUCCUAUGAGCUGCAUCGUCAUGUGACAGUUUUACUCUGCACAGAAGCACCUCUAGUGGCUCUCAGUAGGACAGACACUAGAGGUGUGUUUAACCCUUCAAGAUAAACAUUGCACUUUCUGCAAAUGGCACUCUUUAACCAUGAAGGGUUAAACAUAGCGCACCACUGUGCCCAGACCGCUUCAGUAACAUGAAGUUGUCUAGGUUACUUUAGGGGUCCUUUGUUUUGCUCUCAACAAAGAAAAAACAGUCGCAUACCGAGAUGGUACCUAAUUUCACAUAAUAACAUGUUAAAGCAGAGCUAUCACUUCCCAGGAAAUGUAAUUAUGUUUACCUAUCCCCGAUAUCUAGUAAGACUUGUGAAAAGUUCAAUUAAAUGUGCUAAUCAACACUUAUUAUCCUACAAAUGAGCACCUCCAUUUUAACUCCCUGUCAACGUUCUGAGUUCUGUGCUUUGCACCUGGCAGUCGGCACAGAGAAAGCAUGCAGUAAAGAUAAUAAAUUAAACAAUCAGGGUUAUUCUGUUAAUGGCCUGAAAAUGAACCUGUAAUGAAAAAGUUACUUUGCUUAAAUUGACUCAAAAUACAUUGAAUACAUCCUGUAUCUCAUAAAUAAAUGAUGUAUUCAAUGUAAACCAUCGAGAUAUUCUUCCCUCAUCUCCGUUCCAGCACCAUCAUGUUCUGAGUAUUGUGGGUUACCUUUCUGUAACACCCACCUCCAGCCACUCUUUUGCUGUUCCUCUGGUCUUCCUUGAUUUACACUGCUGAAGAUUCUUUUUCUUUUGUUACUAGCAUGCUUGCAUCUGAUCGGAGUGACAUCGAUCACUCUGUUCCUGUAUUUCCUAGCCAGCACUAGCAGUGUCGAUUAGGAUUUUCCAUAGCAACCCCUGCGCAUGCAAUCUUUUCUGCUCUCCCUUGGUAGAACAAAUUCUCGGCAUAGUCUAUGACAAAGAUGUUAAUAAAAAGUGAGAGAGACACCUAUACUUAAAUGUUUUUCUCCCAAUCUUUAAAAUUAAUAGCAAAUCUUCAAGCAUAAUGUAUAGAUAAAAUUUUAGUCUCUUUCUAAGGAGCAUACGUUGCUUGAGGAAUGACAGGUACCUGUUUAAUUUGCUAUUCAUUUUGAAUUCUCAGGGUUAUUUUUCUAAAGUGAAAAUUGAAAUUGAAUUCAAAGGUUAACGGGGCACUAUAGCACCAAAAGAACUUUAGCUUAAUGAAGCUGCUUUGGUGUAUAUAUCAUGCCCCAUGCGGUCUUACUGAUCAGUUCUCUGCCAUGUAAGAGUUAAAUAACUUGGUUUAUACAGCCCUAGUCACACCUCCCUGCAUGUGACUUACGCCGCCUUCUUAAACACUUCCUAUAAAGAGUCAUCUAAUGUUUACCUUACAUUAUUGCAAAUUCUGUUUUAUUUAGAAUAACUUAUCGCCUGGUCUGCUAAAAGCUUGCUGGACCCUGCGUUAGCCUCCUGAAUGUAAUUCAAGCUCAAUUUACCGAGCAGGAGAUGCAAAAUUUUAAAGUAAGUUACAUUUAAUUAAAGCUUGAAACCAUUUUGUUUUCAUGCAGGCUGUAUUAGUCACAGCCAGGGGAGGUGUGGCUAGGGCUGCAGAAACUGAAUCAAAUGUGAUUUAACUCCAAAAUGGCAGUACAUUUAGCAGUAAAACGUCAGAGGCAUGAUCUAUAGACAGAAAAUGCUCCAUUAAGCUCAAGUUGUUUUGGUAAAUGUAACGUCCCUUUAAAAUAGCUGAACUGCAAAAUUGUCUGUCUGUUAUGCUUUCAGCUUGGCUAUUCUGGUCGUAGUACAAGAUUCGCAUUUAAUUUACUUUAGUGCAUAACCCUGUUAAUAAUUAUUUUUAUCCUCCUCAUUUGAAAUGUUCUUGUUUGUCCUGCCUGAACUGAAUUAUGUAAUUUGCUAACUUUUUAAUAUACAUUUUAAAGAAAAUAAGCAUCACAUAAUAAAAAUGUUAAGUUAUAUAGGUGAUUUUCAGUGUAGUAAUCAUCAAUGGUGCAAUUUCCUGAGAAGUGACGGUUCCCUUUUUAAUGCUACGGAAUUUUUUUAAAGCAGAAUGUUCUACAUGUGAUAUAGAGUUUGUUCCCUAAGUAUUGAAAUGGCAGCCACCUUGUGAAAUUUUGUAGAAAUUUAUUUUUUUCCCCACCAACUUGGCUUGUUUGAAUUUACAACUCACUCUUCAAAUAAAUCCCAAGAUAUAUAGAGCUGUUGUUUCUCAUAGAGGCAGCUUGUGAGUGUCUCCUCUAAUUUGCUUAAUUUUCUUUUACAUGCAAGUCCUUUGAAAAUCUCUCUGUGGAUGAAACAGCAGGAUCAUUUCACGAACGAGAUGAGCUACAAGGUAAUAAACAAAAAUGUAAAAAAAAAUAACAAAAUAGUGAUACUUGUUUAUGGAUUGCCUUCCAAUACAAACAAGGCCAAACCUUGAAAUACUGUUAUGAGGCAUUCAGUAAACUGGUAACAUUAUUUAUUAAAUGCGUUUUUUUUGAUGGUUUACAAGUUUAAAAACACUGAAGCUGUAUUACCAAUUGAAUGUGAUUUUAUGCAGAUCCACUCGCCUUGCCUCACAUACCUUACACUCUAAACCACUAAACAGUAUGAUGUCUCCGCACAAAAAAAGUUGAAACAAGGUGUUGUGAUUCCUGUAAAAAAAUAAAAAUUAAAUCAUGUAUUUGGAAGAAAUCAAACAAUGUGGAUGAUAUUUUUGCAUGAUCAUCCAGUGAGUAGAUGAAUUCUUGCACAUUUUGUACCUGGCACACCUGACAUGUCUGUUCAUGGAGACACCAGAUGUUAUGGUUUGUUUUAGAUCUGCCAUAGUCUACAUUUUUGUAAUUGCCAACAUUUGGAAAAGUUGGUGCCAUACUGACAAUAUCUGCUACUCCUCACUGUGGGCAGUGUUUUAAAGGGACACUUUAAGCUCUGUAUUGGGACAGCUAGCUUUUACAAUGCUUUACGUUAUUUUUCAAAUGCUGUUUGUUUUUUGUUUCUUUGCAUAUUUAAUAUCAACUGUCAGAAUCCUGGCUGUUUUGAAAACUGCUAUUGCCCACUCUUGUAUUUAUUACUUUUUUUCCCUGUUUUCUUUUUCCACUUUUUAAUUUUUUUUGUUUGGAAAUUUUUUCACACAGAAAUAGGGUCAUCAAUGUGCACAAACGUUCUAGUAGUCAUAUGGCAGACGACACGCUCAUCUUCGUUUCUGGUGAUUCUGACCCUUUCUUUUUCAAAUCCCUGUCAAUCCUAUUUAGUGUCAACUGGCAUUAAAGAACAACUCAAGAUCACAGUUACUUUAGCAUUCACCGUUGGCUGACACUGCUUUCAGAAACAGCGUGGUGCUUUCCAUAGAAUUCUGUUCACGCCUCCCUGUUUUUUGUUUUUUUUGCAGGCAACCUUCGUACAGAAGAGCUUGAUAACAUGCUUCUACAGAAUGACAGUGGCAUCGAAUCUGCAUUAUCUUAUGCCAAAGCUUGGUCGAAAUACACCAAGGAUAUACUGGCCUGGGUAGAAAAAAGGCUUAAUGUGGGUGAGUGGCUUCUCUUGGUCUUUAAUGAGCUUUGGAAUUAAAAAUGUGGCUUGGCAUGUGCCUCAGACUGUCAGUAAUGGGAUUUCUAAAUAACUAGAUGUUUUCCUGUAGCAUUUAGGAUUGUGUUGUCGUUUUUCAUAUUGCUCAAUUUACUUUUUACCCUUAGAAACUGAAACUGCUCGCAAUCUGAUGAAAAUGGCUGAAGCUGCAAAAUCCAUAGUUGCUCCCCAGGUAAGGGUCUGCAACAUUUUUCAGUCUGACGAGAGAUAUAAAAAUUGAGAAAUUGUGAAGCCAGAUAUCGACUUUUAAAAAAUAAAAUAAAAUAUUGAAUAUUGUGAAAAGCAAAUGACUAUUCAUAAACUGUGGAGAGUUGAUGGUGACAAUGUUUUUGAUAUCCUUGGAAGUUAAGUGUGUAUGCAUGCGCACUUGUAAACUAUAAUAUUUCAGUACACUUUCAGCCAAGUUAUUUGAUAAUAUACAAUAUAGAAUUAUAUUUAUUGCUUAAAGAGAAUCUGUAGUCAACAUUUUGUUUAAUUAUACGUUUAUAGAAACAUAGACCUUAAGUGCAUAAUUUAUGUAUACUUUAUAAAGCAAAAAUACUAAUUUAAAAGGCCAAGUGUUCAUAUAAAGCAUUGAUAGGCUAUUGAUUGACACCAACCAUUCUAGCUCUUUGUGCAUUUUAUUUGUACUUUAAAGGAACACUAUCACGCUAGCUUACUAUAAAAAAUGUUAAAAAAAAUAUACUUGCCUGUCUCGGCACUGCUCAACUCUGUACCUCCUGCAACGUCAUGGAGGAGGCAUUGCUUCCUCUGGCGUUUUCCGAAACAAUACUCCUCAUGGAUGAGCUUUGGGUACAUAAUAUGAAUGCUUUCUUUUAGAGUUUAAUUAAGUCAGUGCAGCGAAAGUACCUCUAGUGACUCUCAGUAUGACAACCACUGUAGGUGGACUUAACCCUGCAAUGUUAACAUUGUAGUUUCUAAAAAACUGCCAUUUCACCCAGUUCCUACAUAAUGGCCCUUUAUGUUGUGUAAUGUAUUUUAUGCGCCUUUAAAGCAUCUUAAGUGAAUCUUUCAGUUUCUGCAAAAAAUAAGCACAUGUAAAAUAUGUACUUGCAUGUUAAAGCCUACAAACAUUUCAUUACUAUAUACCCUACCUAAAGUCAGUGUCUCAAGAGUUGCAUUCUUUGCUGUCAUCUUCUCUGCAGAACUCCUCACAGCGCCGCUGUUAACUCCUAUGGCAUUGUUUUCUUAAGCAUACAGAAGUAUACAAACCUGGUGUGUGAAAGAUCACACAAGAUGGCUUCCAUCUCUAAGAUCUUACUGUAUAUGCAUUAAAUGUAAAAUGCAAUCGGUUACUUAUGACACGGAACUUAAAUUAUAGCUGGCAUAAAUAGGAGCGUUUACUAGCAUCUAUGUUGGUUGUGCCUACUGACUUUUUACUUUAGUUUAUAAAUUACAUUUAAGAGAAAUAAACAAUUGUAACAUUUUAAUUGGCAGUGAAUUAACGUAGAACUUUAAAUUCUUUAAUUUUAUUUUUCUAUUUUUAAUCAUGUGACUUGAUGUCUUGGCAUAUCCAGUGCAAACACAUUUUAUUUAACCCCCAUGAUAACGGGUUUUGUAAUGACACAUGUCUGCCUGUAGCAAAAAGGAAGAAAGUCACUUUUAAAGGGUGCCAGAGUAUCACGAUGCUCACACACAAGUCUUGUGAAGAUUAAGUUUUUUACUUGCAUUCGCUGCCCUUCUCUUAUUAUGUUAUUAUUUAUAUAGCGCUUUACAGUGGGUGGACGAACAGACAUGUAGUUGUAAACAGACAGGUUGGACACACAGGAACAGAGUGGUUGAGAGCCCUGCUCAAUGAGCUAGAGGGAGUGGGGUAAAGUGACACAAAAGGUAAGGCUAGUAUUAGACUAAUGACAGUUGCAAGAGAGGAAUCAGUCGGGAGCUAUUAAACAGUUUAAUUGAUACGCUUUUAUGAGGAAGUGGGUUUUUAAUGAUUUUUUUUUUGAAGGAGUGGAGACUGGGUGAGCAUCUAACUGGGGAGGGAAGUGAGUUCCACAGGAACGGUGCAGCCCUCGAGAAGUCUUGAAGGCGAGCAUCAGAGGUGGGAGUACGGACAGAAGAUAGACGUAAGUCUUCAGCAGAGUGUAAGGGCCUACACGGGACAUAGUUAUGUAUAAGGGACGAUAGGUGGGAGCAGCAUUAUGUAGAUUUGAAAGCAAGAACCAGAAUUUAAUUAGUGCCCUAUAUCUUACAGGAAGCCAAUGUAGGGACUGACAGAAGGGUGAGGUGUGGGCGGACAGGAAGAUGAGCCUCGCCGCCCCAUUCAUUAUGGACUAUAACGGCGCAAGUUGGGAGCACGUAAGACCACUAAGAAGUGGAUUACAGUAGUCAAGACGAGAAAGGACAGUGGAAUGGACCAACACCUUAGUUGCAUCUGACGUUAAGUGGGGUCGGAUGUUUUUGAGAUUGAAGUGGCAGGAUUUGGCGAUAGACUGAACAUGAGGCGUGAAGGAGAGGUCAGAGUCAAAGAGAACACCUAGGCAGCGAGCCUGCAUGGUGGAGCUGAUGGUAGCACCGUUAACUUGGAGGGAGACAGACACAGGAGUAGCAACACUUGAGGGAGGAAAGACGAGAAUUUCCGUUUUGGUCAAGUUGUGUUUAAGGAAGUGGGCAGCCAUCCAGUUAGAAAUAGCAGAGAGGCAGUCAGAGACACUAGUCAAGAGGGACGGGAAGAGAUCAGGAGAAGACAGACUUGCGUAUCAUCCCCAUAGAAAUUUAUAUUGAAAGCCAAAGGAGCUAAUGAGUUUACCAAGGGAGGCAGUAUAGAUGGAGAACCGUAGGGGACCAACGACUGAACCUUGGGGGAUACCAACAGAGAGGAGUGGGGGAUAAGAAGCAGAGCCAGAGAAAGAAAAACUGAAAGAGCGCUGGGAGAGGUAGGAGGAGCACCAGGAAAGAGCAAUAUUUUGUAGACUGAUAUUGUGGAGGAUGAGAAGAAGCUGUUGAUGAUCAAUAGUGUCAAAAGCCGUGGAAAGGUCAAGGAGAAUUAAGAUAGAGGAGUGACCACAAGAUUUUGCAGUGAGUAGAUCAUUGGAUAUACUGAUCUUUGGUCAGUGCCGUUACCACAGAGUGCUUAGCGCGGAAACCAGACUGAAGCGGGUCUAGCAGAAAGUUGGACUCGAGGAAGUCUAUCAAUCUCACAUACACAACUCUUUCAAGGAUCUUGGAUGCAAAAGGCAGUAGCGAGAUAGAACGGUAUUUGGUUGGGAUUCUUUAAAAUUGGGGUUAUAGUUGCAUAUUUGAAGGACGAUGGAAAUAUGCCAGAGGGGAGAGAGAGAUUGGGCAUUUUAGUGAGAGGUAGAGAAAGAGAAGACAGAGUAUGGAUGAAAUCCGAGGGAAUUGGAUCUAGGGAGCAGGUGGUGGGGCGGGAGGACUGGAGCAGAGCAGAAACCUCUUCUGCUGUAGCGGGUGCGAAUGAGCAACAGAGGUAGUGAGGUUAGGGGAAGUAUUGUAAGGGGCAGAAGAAAGAUGAGAGAUCUCUUCUCUGAUUGUAGAGAUCUUGUCAGUGAAGUGAGUUGUAAAAUCUGAGGCAGUCAAGUAAGUAGGUGGAGGUGGAACAAUAGGGCGAAGAGGAGAGUUAAAUGUGUGAAAUAGUCAUUUGGGUUCGCAGGAGAGUGUGGUUAUGAGGGUAUUGAAGUAACUUACUUUUGCGGAGGAAAGAGCCAAGCUGUAUGAGCGCAGCAUAAAUUUAUAGUGGAGAAAGUCAGACUCACAGUGAUACUUUCUCCAACAGCGUUCAGCAGUUCUUGAGCAUUUUUGGAGGUAUUGAGUCAGCUUGGCUUGGUGUGCCAAGGUUGUUGUUGGGUGCGCUUGCUGCGUUUAAAUGUAGGAGGUGCCGUGAUGUCUAGUUGAGAGGAGAGGGUGAAAUUGUAGAAGAAGGUUGCAGAGCUAGGGCAGGUGAGGUUUGAGAUAGGUAAAAGGAGAGUAUGGAGAUUAGUGGAGAAAUGCUCUAGGUCAAGACAUUGGAGGUUUCUGUGAGAUUGAUGUUCAGACGGUGGUGUCAGUUGGGUCUUAGGUAUGCUGAUUUCAGAAGUCACCAGAUGGUGGUCAGAUUGAGGAAAAGGAAUAUUGGAGAGAUUAGAGACAGUACAGAGAUUGGUCAAGGCGAGAUAAAGAGUGUUUCCCGCUGUAUGGGUUGCUAAAUUGGACCAUUGCGUAAGGCCAAAGGGGAGGAGGUUACAGAGAGCAGACGAGAGGCAUCAGUGCAUUUGGGGUUGUUGAUUGGAAUAUUGAAAUCCCCAAGUAUAAGGGAAGAAGUGCUAGAUGAGAGAAAGUGUGGAAACCAGGAAGAAAAGUGUUCAAUGAAUAGCGUAGGAUGACCGGGGGGGGCGUUAGAUGAUAGCAAUUCUUAAAGUAGUGGAUUUAGAUAGGUGGACAUUUUGAAGUUCAAAAGAAGAAAAGGAUAGGGCAGGUGGAGUUAUGAUUGGUUUAAAAGGUACAUUGAGGGGAGAGAAGGAUGCCUACACCAUCUACUUUACAGUUGAGUCUGGGAGUGUGAGAGAAUUGUAUCCAAACAUCCCAAUAGCGUGUUCUGGAGUGAAGCAUUGAAAAGCUGUCAUUUUGUAGAAAGUGCCAAUUUCGCUCAAAUAUAUAUUUUUCUAAACAUUGCCAGAUGACUGGUCAUUUUUACAUUUAAUUAAGAGUAUAUGAAAUGCUCAUUAUGUAUAGGAAAUCUCUGUUUGGCUACCUUCAUAACACUUUCACAGGUCACCUAGGUACGGAAGCCCAGAAAGGCCACGUGUUGCAUAAACAUCUUUUACAUUUAAUAUUAACAAAUGGUAAAUAUAUCUUUGCACAAUAAAUGCAGAAAUACUGCUUUUAGCUUAAAACUUGUCUAACCCCAGUUAGCUUAUUAGACAUUCUAGACCUCCUAAUGGCCUUUCUUGUUUUUUUUUAGUCCCUUGUUAUGAUAGGCAUUAAAGUCUCAUUAUGUUUACUGUAUAAUGGUCUUGAGGAAGGCUGCUGAAAUGGUGGCCUGCAGUUUCUUUUGACUAACGGAAUGUUAUUCACAAAUGCCUGAGUGACAUUCUGCUUUAGAACAUGUCUGUAUGUGAAAUGAAGGAUUUUGUGAUGUCUGCCUAAUUUGGAAGAAGCCCUUUCCUGCUGUAAUAUAAAAUAAAGAAUGAUUUGUUUACAACUGCUAGUACUCUGUACUAUGGCAGACUCGUUUAACAGACUAUAUUAUAGAAUAUAAUAAAAUUGCCAGCAGAAAACCUUUUAGGAACUUUACAAUUUAUAUAUCUUCAUUCUUUCUCUGCUUAAUUUAUUAUUAUUUUCGGAUCAUGUAACUGUAGUUGACUUGCCGCAAUUCAAAUUAAUAACAUAACCCUUUGUACUCUAUUGUAGGAUUUUAUGCCAUUCCAGUCCAUUUUCUCUGCAGCGUUCCAAAAUGACAUUGAAUGCAGCCAAGUUUGUCUUCAAACGAUAGCGUCUCUGCAGAGUAACAAAUUCAUGCAGGUAAGAAACCGGGCACAGUCUGCUGAUACAGAAAUGCCAAGCUGGGGAAAGACUGAUUAUGGACACAGUAGGGUACUGUGAUAGAUAGGCACCAUGUACAGUUCUUGAUGUUUUAGGAAGUGAUAGCAGACAUAUUGAUGAGGCCAAUGUUUUCUCAUUUCUGGCAUGUAUUCUAGCUUCUCCUAAGAAAGUUUAUUUUUUUUAUUUUUUACAUAAGCUUGUUUAGGCUACUAGUUUUUUUAUUUUUAUUCUUUAUUUUGUAAAUUUUACAUUUUUAUAAAGACAAUUUGCAAUUUUGAGAUGCUUCAGGUAGAGAAUACAUGUGGUAACAUAAAUAAAAGAAAUAACAGAAAUUUCAGCAGUAAUUGUGUCAGUAUAUGCAUUUAAUUUUUCACAUUUUGUCUAUAUAUGUUGGUUACAUUUGUUGCCUGAUCGUUAUUUGCAUUGCAGACACAAUUCGUAUAAUAACAAUGAGAACAUGGGUUGGGUGAAUGGGAAGGCAGGGAAGGGGUGGUGCCUGGGAGCUCAGUGGUUUGUUGAUGGUUAUUUAUUAGGGUGUAUUGGUGGUUACAUUGCAAGUCAUGUCUUUUGUGGCACGUCUCAAGGAGGUUUGUUGUAAAUUUUGUGUAAGGUCAGUAAAAUGUCGUUGUUCCGUUGUUGGAAUACAGCAUGGACCUGCCAGUGUCUUGUUUCCCUUGUCUGAUGUUUAUUCUUGUUGUUGCGUGCCCCAGGUGUGGGGUCAAAGUGUUUUCAAAGUGGUGGAGGGGUGGGGGGAGACAUAAAGGUGGUUAGGGGAAGGAGAUGGUGAGAAGAGGACGAGAGAGGUGUAUAUAGAGGAAGGAAUGAAAGGGGUGGGGGCUGGGAAACAGGAGCCGUGUGUUGCUGGGGCCGAUCUGCUCAGCUUGAUCUCCGUGACAGCCUGUCACUGCGAUCAGAGUUACUAUGUGUCAGCCUGUUGGCUGACGCAUAGUAACUACAUGCAGGAUCCCUCUGCAGAUCGCGGUGGGGGGCAUGCCUGGCCACCCAGGCACCCCCCUCAGGCCAAUUACCGCGAUAUGCAGGAGGUGAUCACAGUGACAGCCAAUCACUGUGGUCACUGAUCCUGUGUGUCAGCCAGUGAUGUGAAAUAUAUAUGAUCUAACUAUGUGUGUGUGUGUGUGUGUGUGUAUAUAUAUUUACACAUACACUAAGUGUAUUUUAAUAUUAAUAUAUAUAUAUAUAUAUUAAUAUCAAAAUACACGUAGAAUAUUGAUUAAAUAUAUAAAUAUAUAUUUAUAUAUAAUAAAAAUAAAAUAUGUAAAUACGUUAAAAAAUAAAUAUAUGUGUAAUUUCAUUCUAACUGUAUUUUGAUAUUAAUAUAUAUAGAUAUCAAAAUACAUGUAGAAUGAAUUAAUAUAUACAUAAGUAUAUACGUAUUUAUCACUAUAUGUAUACCUAUAUAUAAAUAAAAAUCAUUUUAAAAAAAUUAUAUAUAUACACACACACAAACACACAUGUGUGUGUAUAUAUAAUAAUUUUACUUAUAUAUUUGUCCUAAUUUUACAUAAUUAGGUCCUUUUAUUAAUUACAAUUUGUGGGACCUGCCUGACAACCCAGGCCGAAAGUAUAGGGAAUUUAAUUUGAAACCUGUACAUGGGGGGUACUGUUUUACUCGGGAGACAUCGGUGAACACCGAUCAAAACUGUAAAAUGUAUUACAACGAUAUUGUCAGUGAAAGUGAAGUUUUUUGCAUUUUUCACACACAAACGGCACUUACACUGACGAUAUUAUUGCUGUAAUAAUUUUUACUGUUUUGAAACAAAUAUUUGUGUUCAGCAAAGUAUCCUGAGUAUAACAGUACCCCCCAUGUACAGGUUUUAUGGUGUUUUCAAAAGUUAGAGUCAAAUAUAAGGCUUGCGUUUCAGUUUUAUCACAUUGAAAUUCGCCAGAUUGGUUACAUUGCCUUUGAGACCAUAUGGUAGCCCAGGAAUAAGAUUUACCCCCAUGAUGGCAUACCAUUUGCAAAAGUAGACAACCCAAGGUAUUGCAAAUGGGGUAUGUUCAGUCUUUUUUAGUAGCCACUUAGUCACAAACACUGGCCGAAAUUGGCGUUCAAAUUAGUUUUUUGCAUUUUUCACACACAAACAAAUAUUAACGUUAACUUUGGUUAGUGUUUGUGACCAAGUGGCUACUAAAAAAGACUGGACAUACCCCAUUUGCAAUACCUUGAGUUGUCAAAUGGUAUGCCAUCAUGGGGGUAAUUCUCAUUCCUGGGCUACCAUACAGUCUCAAAGGUAACGUAACCAAUCUGGCAAAUUUCAAUGUGAAAAAAAGAGGUGAAAUUAUGCCUGAACAGACAUAUAGUGCAAAUUCAAGUUUUUGUUUGUUUUGUUUUGAUCACAACGUGUACAUUUGGCUCAGUCCUUAAGGGGUUAAUGUAAUUGUGUUAGCGUUACCUGGAGUUUAUUGUACAGCACCUAUCUAGAAAGAUAUGUACAGCAAUUCCAGAAAGAUAUGCUUAUGGAUAUACUAAAUAAUCAUAAAAUGGCCUUCCUAAUCACUGGACUGCAAUGUUAUCAUAUCUAAUAUUUAAACUGAAAAAUCGCCAUGCAGUUUGAAAGCAUUGAGGUAUUUGUGUGGGUUAGAAGUGAUCACAAAUACCCCAGUUAGAUUAAUCUUAAUAAUGUUGGUGGUGUUAUUGUGACAGCCAAUAGAGGUAGGGGCACUUUGUGCACACUGCUAGGAUAGAAACAUUUCUCUUGAUUGUAUUCGCUAGAAAACCUGUUAAAACACUUAUUUGCACAGUGUAGUCCAUGUUUAAAAUAAAGAAACUAAAUUUGAUUUUGUUAAGUAUAUUCGAGGUAAACGAUUUCUUGUUGUAUGGAGAGCUUAGAAAAUAAAUGUGUUCUUGCUCAUAUGUAUUUGCUGCUCAUUAAAUUUGUCUCUGUAUCUUAGGUAAAUAUAAUAUAAUACCUUAAUGAUGCAUUCAAUACGUGAGCAAAAGAUGACACACACUCUCUCUCUCACUCUAUUACUAUAUUUCCUUGCUGACUUCAUAUUCUGUACAUAUACAUUUAGUUAGGAUGUUUUUCUAUAAAUCUGUUUUAUAAGCUCCACACCAGCUGUAUUCAUCACGCAGAAUGAACUCUGUACCCACAGCAUUAACCCAAAAUGUCCAGCAUUAAACUUGCUCACACUACUUUACAAUCCAUUAAAGUCACACUAUUACAGAUUACGUAAUUCCCCAACUAACAACUCCCUACUGGCAGUAUACAUUGGGCUUCAUGAGCUAAACAGUAAUUUGUGUUGAAUUUAAAAUCAUUUUGUGGGCACCAUAUCUGCACUAAUCUUUGACAUUUGUUAUUUUUACAUACACUGUUCCCACACUUUGCGCCCAUGAUAUACAUUUCAGAACAUGUCAGUUUAAGGGAGACAUUAUUUUGAUUUCCCUAGUGGUAAAACCGCUUAUUGGGUAAAAUCUGCUCAAAGCCAAGAAAACACAUAGCUCUCUUGGGAUAUCUGUUAUAAAUGCCUGUUUUCUAUCUAACUGUUUAACCGGUUUUAUCAUUGGUAUCUUUACUGAUUUCCAUAUUGCCCUUAUUUUUAUUUUUAUUUUUCAAUAAAAAUGGACACCUUAAAAAUUAUUUUGAUUAAAUUAGCCAAGCUGUGGGAGACUGAGAGAUCUGGCAUAAAUUUUGUAGUUUCAUUUACAGUUCACUAUAAUGCAUGUUUUAGUGAAUAAAUCUGUUUUAAUUAAUGUAAUGGUUUUCCCAGUAAUGUUUUUUUUUAUAAAGCUACCUGCCUCCCAUAACCCAUCCACCCUCCAAUCUGUGUUUUGUGCUUCACUGCAGUGCGUUCUCAAAUACUCCACAUAAUCAACCAGUUGCACACUCCUACCACUACAUAGCGCAUACACCCAGCCUAGUUCCUCUUAAUAAAGUUCUGCUUUAGGAAAGAAGUUGCAGUUUCCUGGAGUAGACUUUUAACUCUGGUAGUCCAGCAAGGUUGUCAGCAGACAAACACAUCUCAUUCAUUCACUGAAUUAUCAAGCCACAGAUGUAGAAUAGAAAGCCAAAACUAAACAUUUCUAACACUCCAUAUUACAGGUUAGUAUGAUUAAUUCCAGGUUCCAGAUGUUUUUUUUUAUUUUAAUUUAGUUUUGUAAAAAUUAUCCUUAUCACAGCUAAUGUACUAAUAUUUGUAGUAUGUUUUAUUUAGCAUUCUGUCAUCUGUUUUGUGAGAUGCUGUGCUUGGCAUUUUGUGAUGUGCAUGGUUAGCAGAAUGGCCUAUCUUAUUGCCUCCAUCUCCAUUUCUAGCCCCUCCAGACUAGACGAUCAGAGCUUGACAGGCUAAGGAAGGAACUAAAAGAUCUUUGGCAGAGAGAACAGAAGAAAAUGGUUGGUUUGAACCUUCUAUUCAUAUCAAAAGUAUUUUCACUUCUCUUUACAGCUGCUUCUGUACCCAUUUCUAACUAUAUAUUCAUGGAGGAAUGUAAAGUGUGUAUGUGUGUGUGUGUGUAUAUAUAUAUAUAUAUAUAUAUAUAUAUAUAUAUAUAUAUAUACACACACACACACACACAAACACACACAUUAUAUGUAUUUGAAAACUAAUUGUGGCUUGCCAUUAGUUUAAAAUUUUUUUAUUUCAUUUUCACUUUUUGGGGUAUUACAGACACGUGUGUGUAUAUAGUGUAUUUAUAUAGCACUAACAUAUUCCACAGCACUAUAUAAGUAUUGUGAGGAAAUUACAGUGCAUAAGAAACAAAUGUUAAAAGGGAUACAGGGAUGGAUAAGGGCCCUGCUUGAAUAAGAUUUCUAUCAAGAGAAGGUGUAAUAUUAGUGAUUAAUAUGUUUUUUUUUUCUUUCAAGAUGUGCUGCACUUUUUUUUUUUUUUUUUAAAGAAAACUACCUUAUUCGCAGUAAGCCAAUAUAUGAGAAGUGAGGUUAUAAAGACAUGCAAAUUGCCAUUAGAUUAAACUAGAAGUAAAUAAAAGUAAACAUGCUGAGCUUAUGUGCAACUUAACCUAGCUUUUGUGACAAUUCCGCUGGGUAUGAAUUCAAACUAGCAUAAGAUAAGGAAACAACACAGGUAGACGGCAUCCCUGCCCACAUUAAGCUGCAUAGGAUUAUCCCAUUGGCUUGGCCCUUGCCCUUCAUGGUUUGUGAGGUGUUAGUGUGCACUAUAGACAUAAGUCUUACACACUGUCUAUGAUAUGGCCUGCUGAUCAUGAAAGUAGUGAGUAGAAGCAUGGUACCAAUGAGUAACACCUAAUAUAACCUUAACUAUUCUCAAAUACCAUGCAGGGUGUGUAAGUUGUUGUUUAAACCACUGAUAACACUUUUAAAGGACCAUUAUAGUGCCAGGAAAACAUACUCGUUUUGCUGGCACUAUAGUGCCCUGAGGAUGCCUCCACCCUCUGGGUCCCACUCCCGCUGGGCUCUAGGGGGAGGAAGGGGUUAAACUUACCUCUUUCUCUAGCGCCGGGCGGGGGACUCUCCUCCUCCUCUCCGCCUCCUCGGCUGAAUGUUGCGCAUUCACACGGAUGGUGGUGCAGCGUGGGUCUGAGUGAAUAAUAUGUUUUAUAUUACAACUUAUUUGAUCCAAUAAGCUCCCUGUCCUUUUAUACACUUUUUCUAUUCAUUGUAACUAUGGCAUUCUAUGAGAGAACCACUUGGGUUUAUGGAAUGUGCAUGGAUAUCCCAUUGAAAGCAAUUGGAGAAUCGAACCAUGAUUAUCUUUAAAGCAAAAACCCAACAAACCAAAAAAAAAAAAAAAAACACUUUCUGAUGAAUUAUUUUUUUAUUAAUAUUUUUUUUUUCUCGUUCGUGAGAAUGUUUUACCAUGGAUUGUUUAACUUGUCUGUUUUGUUUGUUUGUAGCAAGAGCUGGAGACUGCCUUACGGAAAGCUAAAUUACUGAAUGUCCAAAGACAAGAUGAACAUGAAAAAGCCAAGUGCAGCACAAUACGUGCAGAGGAGGAGCAGCUCAGUAUGAGUGGAGGCCUUUUGAAGGAUGGCAGCAAGCAGGUGGAGAAAAGGAGACGGCUUGAAGAGGAGGCUUUGCAAAAGGUCACUACUGUUGAACAUUGCACCCAUGUAGAGACAUUUACGUUUUCAGUCACUUUCGCUAGGGUACAAAUUGUCAUUUUUAAACGGUCAAUUAUAAAGUACAUGCAAAGAAAAUUGAACAUUGGAGUCAAGAUGGUACUUUUAUUUUUUACUUUUUUCAUCUGUGAAUAAUGAUUUAACAUUUUUAUUAUCCUGUGCAAAAAUGCCCACAUUUUAAAUGUAAAAGUCAGAGAAACACAGACAUUGAUGUUGUCAGUUAUGCAUUGUCAGACGUUACAGGGAUCAUACCAAAACACUAUAGUAAGGUUGCCAGAUCCUUAAUAUGUUCUAGUCACAUAUUAUGUCUUCAUGCCUUUGGAUAUCAUGUGAAAAUCACUAUCCGGUUUGUAGAAUUCAUAUGCUGCUGCAGGAAAAACUCUGUCUUGCUUAUUGAAUUUUUCUCCUUCCUGAAGUAUGAAUUAUACAUGCUGCAAAGUAACUUUUCAUCUGUUGCCCAUGGAAGUGAAAACAUAGGGGACAACUAUCAGGGCUGCAUUGCGAACUUUGAGAUUUUAUUUGGAUAAAAAUGUUUUACGUUUGGAUUCAAAACAAUAGUAUCUAACAGUCAUUGAUAAGUCAUCAAUAGAUUGGCUUAUAAGAGUCUGAUGAGAAUGCACUACUAUACAUUUUUUUUGUCUUUUUUAACUUACUAUUUUAUGAGUUUGAAUGUAGUUGUGUCAAUGAAAAACAAUAAUUUCCCCCGUAAUUUGUUUUAUUACAUUUUAGUUGACCUUCAUGUUGAGUUUUUAAACUUGAUGCGGAUGAAUGUUGAUCUUGAAUAUGCACUCAUAUUAUCCCUAUGUAAGUGCAGGUAGCCAGGCAGUUUUAAAGUACAAUAAAGGGGCACUCUUAGCACCAUAACUACUACAGCAGAUUGUAGUGAUUAUGGUGAUGCCUCUCUGUGGCUGUGUCCCACUUGUUUAGUAAUUUGCUGCUUGAAAUGUAACCCUGGUCUUGUAAAUGUUUUUGUUUUUUUCUCCACAGUUCUUGGAAAAGAGUAGGUUAACAAGUAAAGUUUAGAUGGCAAGACUUUUAGAUCUUGGACUGGCUUCACAUAGCAAUAAGUAGAAACAUAAUUUUUUUUAAAUCUUUUUGGUUACAUAUUCUUUAAAAGAUGUGGCUACGUAUAGUAGUUAAAGACUGCGUUAAGUUUAUCUUGAAUGUGGUGGUUAUGAAAAACACGUACAUCUUCUUAUGGUUUGACUUAUUGCUGGGUGGUCUUGUGAUACAGCUGGGUUAAGGUGUUUUCUAUUGCUAUAAUAUGUGCCAAACAGUCAAAAAUAUUCCUAGCUGUUUUAUGUUUUCUCGUGGUCUCUUUAUUUUCCUUUUAUACUUUUUAAUGUUUUCUUUUGUUCUGUUUUGUUUACUUCCAUCAGGCUGAAGAAGCGAAAGAGAAUUAUAAAUCAUGCGUAGCAGAUGUUGAAGAGAAAAGGAAUGAUAUGGAGAACUUCAAAAGUGACAUUUUAACACAGAUUCGAGAACUAGUCUACCAGUGUGAUCUUACUCUUAAAGCGGUAAAUUAACAUUUAAUUUAAUGUAGAACUGUUAUUAGAUGUGUUUUACUAUGUCAAUACAGUCUGUAUUGUGUGGUUUUCAUCCACCCCCUGAUCUCAAAUCUCAAUAAGCCACAGUUAGUUGACAGCUGUUGUACAGCUCUAACUCCCAUGAUGCUUUGCCAGCCUUGGGUUCUGCAACAACUUUUUUGGCCACAUUUUCGGUUUUUCUGGCAAAGAAAGUAACAUACAUAACUCUAGCAAAAGUUGUUGAAAUUCAGAACCUGAAUGUUUUUAAACCAUUUUUACCCAUUUGGCCAAGUUUAAACUUGCAUUUCUUCAAUUGAGAAAUAUCUAAAACCCUUUUAAAUAUGAUCAGUAUUUAUUUGCUGGGAAUCUGGGAAUUGCCAUUUUGGUGGCUAACCCUUUAGCAAUAACAUACAAAUGAGUUGAAAUGAAGCAGCAAGUUAAUCUGCCCUUCAGGGGGUGCAUGAAGUGGCAGUUUGCCAAAUUAUUCAGAUUUUGCUCUGUGAAGACGCCACAGUUAACUUGCCAGAGUGGUCUUACUAUGAUUGUUGUACAAAUUAAGGUUUUGGCAUUGACUGAGAAUUUGCCUUGUGUUUUGAGGAUUCUGAAUAACGAGUUUCAUUAAAUUGAUUUGUCUUCAUUCCUACACUUAGUAGAGUUGAGCUGAAAGAGAAGACAGCUAUUUCCUUUCUGAAGUCUUCCAGUGACUUAAGCCCCCUUUGCUACCAGUGUCACCAUGCAUUGUAUAAAGCUCCCCCUUCAGCGCUGAAGGGUUUGUACAACAAAGUUUCUUGUGAGCUUGUGAGCUCUGACUGUUGAACCAGUGUUCUUGAAUUGUAAUAAGUUAAUUAUUUCACUGAAUGACUCUAUUAUCACUUGGUUGGCAGUCUGUUAAUCCUUGAGUGCAUUUCUCCUAAAAUGUAAGUACUCCAAGUCUAGUCCUUCUCGAUAGGACACAGGUUAGAUCUUAAAUAAUGCUCUUACCAUUCUUUCGCACAAAGCCAGCCUUCCAUAGAGCCCUUUCGUUAUUUGGCAGGGCUGAUGAAAUAGCCACGGCUGGUGGUGUCUGCUUCUUGAUGGGAUUCUUUGAAACGAUUUCUAAAAUUAAAUAUUAAAUAAAAAUAAGCAAGCUGUUUAACACUUUAAACACCAGGAGCAGUCCAGUUUAAGUAGACCAGGAGUAGCUCAAAAAGUAUAUAAAUAAAGAAAAAUGGAAAAAAUGAAUGGUUAUUUUAUUUCACCUACCCUGUUGGUUUGAGUUGAGUCUUGGACAGGAAGCUUCUUCCACACACGGGUCUAGGACCAACCCAGUUGCACACAUAAUGUUUCUGAACCCCAAAUUCGAUAAUCCGUUCCCUAAUGUUCUGAUUAGGUGUUAUUGCAAAAUAAAGUUCAUACAAUAUAAAUAUUGUUGUUCCCGGGAAUUGUCGUGAAUUUAAUCUAAGUAAUGAUACCCAUUGGCAUGGUAACAUUAAGGAAAUUUUCACAUAAAGUUUACUAGUCAGUCUAUUGAACAAAAAACUAAUGCAAAGGUUAAUUGUUUGUCAACAGGCCACCGUGAAUUUGUUUCAGAUGCAGCAUGCCCAAGUCGUAUCCCUUCCUGUGAACUGCCAGUACCUUUGUGAGAAUGCCAAGCUUUACGAACCAGGGCAGCAGUACUCAGAAUUUGUAAAGAGCUUGCCCAAGGACAGUGGUCGCAUGUCAGCAAGGGCUAGUACUCAAACUGGAGGGUAAGUCAAUGUUAUUGUUUGUAGCACUUUCCUCUUGCCCUAUAAACUCAUCUAAAAACAGAUGCAAAUUAUAAAUGUAGUCCUCCAUCUGCACCUGUAACAUGGGUUUAGGACAUAAGAAUACUCCAAACUAGCAGCAGGUUUUUGUCUGGUUUUCUUUUUGUUUUUUGUUUUUUUUUAAAUACCCUGCUGAUUUUCCCUCUAAAACUGAAAUUCUGUUCUUGCCCUUAUAUCCAAAAUUGAAAAAACAAAAACAAACGUAGCUUAAAAGCCACUGUUACAUCCUUCUGUGUUUUUCGUGUGACCAAGAGAGGGCCUUUUGCGUUAAGAGUGGGGAUAUGGCUGCGGUGCACAUAAUCACACCACUUUUAAGUGAAUUUGUGUCUUGGUUGCCAUGUAUUUAAAUCAAAGUUAUGUUGUACAAGUUAUAAACACAUGCACUAUAAUCUAAAGAUCAAUUACAUUCCAACACACGAAAAGGUCUCAAGAACAGGGAAACUUGGGAAGUAUGCUUUAGAGUCAUAUAAUUCUCUCAUAUAUUUAAAAACAUAUUUAGUUAUAUUGUUUGCACUGGUUUAAUAACUCUGCCUGUGUUGAUUUUAUUCUCAAGACCGCGUCUGUCAACAGAACAAGGGGACAGCAACCACGCAUUACAUGGAAACCUGACUCAAGGUUCAUCUGAAUUCCCUAUUCCAUCUCCUGCAGACAUUGGUAGUCCAGUGUAUGGCCGCUCUCACAAAUUAGGGCAGAAGAGAUCUAGCAGCAGCACAGACAUUCAAGGUACCUUUUUUGAUCUAGGUUAACAAUGACCUGUGGUUGGUUUGUUUGUUUUUAUUUAGUUACAUAUUUAUCUGGCACAGUAGAAUUGUUCUGUUAAAAUUAGGCUCUUACUGUCCUUUCCUGUGUGUAAAGAAGUCACUCAUUUGGGAACAAACAGGUCAGAGACCAUGACAAUUCUACUGUAAUUAUGAAAUCUGUGUAAAUGAGUGAGAUCAGUGAGAUGGAGCUAGGUACCAGACCUUAACAUGUUUGCCAGGCAAUUUGAUUAAAUGAAACACCCAACUCCUCCAUAACUUGAAAUGUUGGAAAAUUGCUGUUCGCCUUUAAGACUUAAAUUUACUUAUAUGCAAUAUUUAUAUGGUUCUAUAAGAAAGUGCCUUUACAUGUAUAAUUAAGACAUAUCAAGUUAUUAUUACUUACCAUUAAUGAGCUCUGUUGACUUCAUCAAGGUGUAAGAGGUCCACCACCUUCAAGAUCUUGGUCUGUAGGCAAUCAGAAUGGUGGAAUGUGCAGUGAUUCAGAGAGUGCUGGAGGCAGCAGUGAGUCACGUUCCAUGGAUUCUCCAUCUGCAAGUCCAGGUACAAUUGGCAACAAUUCCAUUUUUUUUUUACUUGUAUAAAUGGGUCAUAGGAAGAGUAAAUACAAGGUAUUUCAUUACAGUAAAUGCUAUGGUCCUUGUUUCUCAGGUGACUUUAAGAGGCGUCUUCCCAGAACUCCCUCUGAUGGCACCAUGUCUUCAGUAGAUGAUCUUGAUGAAAGGGAACCUCCAUCUCCUUCAGAUAAUGGUAAUUCGAGAGCUUAAUUACAUGUUCUAGCAUGUUCUAAUCUUAAAUUAAUCACUGAUUGAUUAUAGCUAUAAGGUUAAUUUGAUUUUUUUCCCACAUUUAUUAUGACUUUUCUUUUGCAGGUUUAAAUGACUUGGUUUCAGAGAUUGCCAAUUCCCCCGGACCCUUCAGAAAUACUAUCAUGUCCAAGGCAGCCCAGACACACAAACUCCGAAAAUUAAGAGCCCCAUCUAAGUGCAGGGAAUGUGAUAGCUUAGUAGUUUUUCAUGGAGCAGAAUGUGAGGAGGUAAGAAAUACUGCAGAUCUAUUACUGAUCUUUUCUUUAGAUUUGAUUGUGUCCGUAAAAUCAACACUACUUAUUUACUAAAAUGCGAUGGCAAACACUUAUUGAAUGGCUUUUACAACAUACUCAAUACAGUUUUGCUGUGCUCUUCCUUUCCAACCUUGACUUAUUUUUAGUGUUGUUUUAAGUCCGUAAUUACACAAUUGUUAUUGCCAGUGGCUUCGAGAAAACAUUUCAUUUACAGAGUUCCUUUAUUGCAGUGUUCUCUUGCUUGCCACAAGAAGUGUCUGGAAACACUGGCCAUUCAAUGUGGACACAAAAAGCUUCAUGGAAGACUUCAUCUGUUUGGAGUGGAAUUUACUCAAGCUGCUAAGAACACUCCUGAUGGCAUUCCUUUUAUUAUCAAGAAGUGUACCUCCGAAAUACAAAGCAGGGCACUAACAUUAAAGGUAGGUGCAUUCCAAAAACCAACAAACCAAUGACUUGUGAUUUGCAGCCAUUCAAAACAAAUUCAUUCAUUGUGGCUUGUGCAGUUUGUUUAAGUUAUAAUAAAUUAUUAUUGGAUCAAGCAAUUCUAUGUAGAAUGAAAAUGACAUUAAUUACCAAUUUCUAUUGUUUUAUCAAUACUGAUAAGUUACAUUUAAGGUUUUCUGUCUCAGUUGUGUCCAUUUUUUAAGUUUCUAAAUUGUGUACAUGGUUAAAAGCCUCUUUUCUCUUUUGGUGGUUUAAAUUGUUGACUAAGGUCACCACUUCUAACCUGCCAUUCAUUAAAAUAAUUCCAAAAUAUGUGUGGCCGCAAACAAAGUGGCAUUCGUUCACCACUUUAGUCCAAUUUAGAUUUUUUUUCUUCUUCCUCAGAUCUCUUAUAGUCACACUUACUACUUACAGAGUUAUUUACUAAAGUGAGAAUUCAAAUUUAAUUCAGAACGAAUUUCCAAUUUAAGGUCACAAUAGUCAAACUGGAACCAUUCUGGCUUGAAUCUUGAAUCUACAUUAAAUUCUCAAUUCAGUAAAUAACCUUGCAAGUUUAAAUGUCAAACAAUAAUGAAUAUCACUGAAUUUAUAGUGUUCCUUUAUAGUUUCAGCUUUAAAAUAAUACGUUUACCAGGAUUGAUUCUAAGCCUGUUUUAUAUUUAAAUUGCAAAGCAAGCCUGCUUAUUUUGUCAUCCUUAGUCCCUUAUUUAUUCUGAUGUGUGUGGUCGUGUUUUUACAUUUAUAAGAGCUUUCCUUGUUGGCACAGAUUUAAAGACUCAUUUAAUUAGAGAAUGCCUUUAAUCUUUUUUUUUUUUGAGUACCUGAUGUGGGAUUUGUGCACACUUUCCUUAUACUUAAUUCUAAAAUUCCUUGUCCACUUCUAAAUAAAAGAAAUGUUGGGGAGAGCAGACCCUGUUUCUUUGCCACAAGCUUAAGUUCUUAGCAAGACUCUGCAUCUUCCUGAGGGUCUACAGCAAAUUAAGUAGCAGAGUUUACAUGCUUUGAAUCCAUAAAUGCAGAAGGUAAAGCAGAUUAUAGAGCAGAUGAAUUGUCUGUCUUUAAAGGUAAACUAAAUAACAAACAAUUGAUAACAUAUUUCAGGGACAAUCCAAAGUCAGGGAAGAAGAAAUCAGAAGCAGCAGAUAGAGAAUUGAUAGAGCAACACCAUGUUCUGGAAAACUGAGGCAAGAGGAGAUCAAACAAAAUCACAAUUUAUCAGAAACAAAUGCAUUCUCAGUGAGCUGAAACAACUAAAAACAUUGAAGGCUCUCCUGCGGUGCUGUAGUACAUGCAGUAACGAGUUGGCACAGAAUUCUUAAAAAAUGUGUAAAUUGGAGCCUAAUAACAAAUGGGGCACCUUCUAUUUGAGACACGCUUCUUGACACAAUUGUCCAACUCCAUGACCACGUUCAGAUUGGAUGUGGCUUCCAAGUGGACUGCCAAGUGGAUGAGGUUUUCAGUUCAGUUUUGUAUGAAGUCAUUUUGUCAGUAAGAAGGAAUUUGCCCAAUCUUUGAAUGCAUUGUCUGGAGGAAAGCGAUCUCAGAGCUUUUCCUAAAUUCUGUAUAGCUCUGUGUGUUUGGCUCUAUAACUAUUCUUAAAGACCCUAGUUUUGUUCGACAUCCCUGUGUCUAAGAAGUGUAUAAAAUCACUAGAAUUAAUUGGAAUAAUAAAACCCCAUCAGAACAAUUCUGAAUCAACCAUCAUUGCAUAUUUGACAUAAAUAUGUAGCUUUCAACAUGCAGAUAUGUAAAAGUACACUUUUUCCUGAACACAAUCUUUUUCCUCCAGAAUGCUUCAAAAUUAUUUAACCAAAGUAAAAAAAAAAAUCUAUUGUGGGAGGGCCUAGCCAGGGCCCGAUGGAGCAAGACGCACAUCGCAGCAGCUCUGUGCUUUUACCCUAAACUACACGGCAUUCCUGCAGAACUGGCUUCUGCUUUGGGACCCGGAGGGGAUAUACAAGCAUUCCACACUAUGGGAAAGAAAAACAAGAAACAAGGGGCAGAUCCUGGCUCGGGCUCCAGAGAUAUUGGGGUUUUUCUGCGCACAAUCCUGCGGUCUGAACCAUCCAAGAUGAGGCCUACACCACCUCUUCGUCUGAUGACUGCUUCACGGCUACAGACAGCUCUGGAGCUGGGAGUCUCUGCUUUAUCCACCAAGGCCGACAUCAAUGCAUUAAUUUUGGACAUUAAGGCUAUGUUCAGUACAGACUUGGCACUGGUCAGAGAUGAGUCUAUGCACUUAUCAAUCGAGUGGUGGCAGUGGAGGAAGGUAUGGCUGGCACCAGACUGGCGCAAACAGCCACUGAUGCUGCACUGGGGGCACUGCAAAAGCGAUGUGCAGACCAACAAGCACAAAUAGCCAGCUUGGAGGACAGGGCUAAGGCACGCAACCUGAGAUUUCGCAGAGUGCCCAGGGCAGUCUCUGUUAAUAAACUACCCCACUACUGCUGAAGGCUUAUUGCAACUUUACUGCCACCUUAACAGGCAAGACAGUUGAUCGACGCCUGCUUCUGCCUCACUAAGGCUACGAAAGCACCGCAAGACACAACAAGGGAUGUUCUGCUUAAACUUGUAAGGGACUCGGAUCGCGGGGGCCGCAAGAGGGUCUCCCACAGUGUUCUUUGAAGAGACGCACCUCACACUUUUCCAGGCAUACACUGGUGUGGCGGAGGUCCCUCCGACAACUUACUCAGCUUUUCCAUGAGCAUUCCAUCCCCUAUAAAUGGGGUCUGCACCGAUUAAUGGCAGACUAGGCCGGCAAGACCCACCUGAUAUCACACCUCUGAGGCUCCAGCUUUCCUCCAAUCUCUGGGUCUGCCGGCAAACGCGGCACUAACCCCAAGACAACGAAGGCUUCCCAUCUGUCACCCGUUAACCUCUAUGUGCCGUAAGUUAGCCUCAAAACUCGGCACCGUGCCAUUGAGCCUAUGGGCACACAACACUCCUUACCUGCACCCUCCUAUUAAUGGCUUUUAUUUCUUCAGAUUUAAUGGGAGGAAAGUUGUUACAUGUAUCACAAAAAUUGGUAAAUGCCGGCUACUUGUAUAAUCUGUCGAUACUAAUUUUACUAUUUCUUUAUGUGGUCGAUUAUCCGCAUAUUGUAUUGUAAUAUCUGCAAUAACCCGCAAAAAUAAAGAAAAUAAAAAUGAAAAAUAAAAUAAAAAUCUAUUUUAUCACCACUCAUAAUAAAGUUGAGACCUCAGGGAGCAAUUAAAGAGACACUGUAAGCAUUAAAACAGUUUUAGCUUAAUGAAGCUGUUUUGGUGUAUAGCGCAGUUCAAUUCUCUGCCAUUUAGGAGUUAAAUCACUUUGUUUAUACAAUCCUAAUCACACCUUCCUGCAUGUCACUUGCAUAGCCGUCCAGUAAAUACAUCUAAUGUUUAAACUUCCUUUAUUUCACAUCCUUAAGAAUGUAUUUCCUGCUCUGUUAAUAGCCUUCUAGAGCCUUCAGGGACAGCCUGUGUGAUUAGAGUUCAAUUUACACAGCUGGAGAUGAAAACUUGUAAAGCAAGUUAAUAUCUGAUUGAAAAUAAAAAAAAUUUCACAUGCAAGCUGUGUCGCAACCAGAGGAGGUGUGGCUAGGGCUACAUAAAUUGAAACAAAAGUGAUCGAACUCCUAAAUGGCAGAGAAUUGUGCAGUGAGACUGCAGCGGCAGGAUAUAUACACCAAAACUGCUUCAUUAAGCUAAAGUAGAUAUGCUGCUUAUAGUAUCCCUUUAAACUAUCACAAGCUAAACACAUAGUUUGAUAAAGUUUCUAAUCCUGCUGGGUUUUUUUUUUGUCUGUUUUUUUUAGGGCAUCUACCGGGUUAAUGGAGCAAAGUCCAGAGUUGAAAAGCUGUGUCAGGCUUUUGAAAAUGGAAAAGACUUGGUGGAGCUCUCAGACCUCUAUGCACAUGACAUUAGCAAUGUCCUUAAACUGUACCUCAGACAGGUAUAUCAUGAAAUGUUUUCCCACCUUUUUUGUACAGAGAUUUGUUUUCUUCAUUGUGAUAGGAAUGUCCUGUUCAGUGAUGUGUGUGGAGGGUAAACUAUUAUUUUUCUAUUAAGGCUUACCAGUAGAGGCAAAUUGAAAUAUUCCCCAACUCAAUAUCUGAAGCUGCUUAGUUAUAUUAAAACACUCCAGUGAAAACAUGAGUAAUUUGCCAAAGGAUGUUUAAAAAAAAUAUAUCUUUUUUAAAAAACAUCUUUUUAUGUGUAAAGGGAAAUAAAAAAAAGUAAUCAUUCACUUACCAUUGCUGGACUGGUCUAUUUUUUUUUUUAAUUGAUAUUUUUGGGGACUGGUGUGCCUUUAAAAUAAAAAAUUGAACAUGAGGCUUAAUGUUACAUGUUGAGGUGGAUUCUCACGAACAGUACAUGGUGUUCUUACCAAACCUCGUAUUAUUGAAAAUCCACAAAGGAUCCUGAUGAACAUGAAGUAUGUAGAGAUAUAUAGAUAUGUGUGUGUAAUAAAUUUAUAAUGUAAAUAUAUGGAAUGUGAACGUAUACUUAAUAUGCACAAUCUGCAUGUCUGUUUCAAUGCACUGUUUCAGCUUAAGGUAUAAAAUAGAUUAAAUACUCCUGUAUAACAAAAAAGGGGCUUUGUCUCAGAAGCAUUUUGGUCACUGAUGCUGUAUUGGGCUACCCUAGUGGCUAAUAAUGUUAUUGUUAGCAUAUAUAUAGCCAAAACGUAUUCUGCAGCUUUUUAGAGGUGAAGAAGGCCCUGCUCAAAGGAGCUUACAAUGUCUGAGGAUUUGAGAAAGGUGGAUAUACAUUGUUUAACUCUCACUUACUGGUGAGUUAGUCUGACCAGGAUUUGACCUUGUCUUUUCCAGUUCUAAGUCAGUGACAUAACAGCCAAUUUUCACAAACAUAAGCUCUAAGGCAGGUAGUGUCUGGAUUAGUGAUGGAGUUUUAAGUAUAUAGAUAUAAUAAUGGGGUUAAGGAGGAUGUUUUAGGCAAGCACUAGGAUGUACAUGUUAUAAUGCUGCCUGAAAUUAGUGAAAGUUACAGUGCAGGCUGCAGCUGCUGCUUUAGAGUGUAACUCCCACUGAUCUCAGGCAGUCUGUGACAUGUUCAUUACAGGGAAUAAAUAUAAAACAAAUAUACAUCUAUAUAAAUUUGUUGUAAUUAUCAUGAUAUAACAUUUUUUCUCUAGCCCUAAUGUUUACUAAUAUACAACGAGCUUAUUAAGAAACAUGUAACUUUGUCUAAAAUAGUUUAUUGUUGUAAAGUGUUUUUUUUUUUUCCUUUUAUCUAGCUUCCUGAGCCUUUGAUUGUGUUUCGCCUUUACCAUGAGUUGAUUGGACUAGCAAAAGAAAGUCAACAUGCUCAUGAAGAGGUUGAUGUGAAGCCAACUAGUCCGACGUUAAGGAGACAUCCAUCGGGAGUUGAGCUGAACAGAGUCAUUCUUAAAAUACGAGACUUGCUCAAACAACUGCCAUUACCCAACUACAAUACAUUACAGUAUUUAAUUGGGCACCUCUACAGGUAAAUUGUCAUUAUUAUUCUGGCUUUCUCUUUCCUAAACCUUCAUUUAGAGCAUAGAAUUUGGCAUUAUACAUAUGGGGUCGUUGUUUUCUUAGUUUUUUUUUUCUAUUUAUAUGAUAUCUCCAGGUGUGUCUUAAUAUAAAAACUUACACAACAUACAUCCAUUUGGUAAAUUAAGCAGGAAAUAGUUAUUUUGAAAUCUGAUAAAUGUGGUUAUUGAGCAAAGAGUUUUUGGUUGAGAACUGUUGUUUGAAGACAAUGCAAUUUUGUUUCUCUUCACCCAACAAUGUUGUUCAAGUUCAGAAAAGGCUGACUGUUUCAUUUCUAAAAAGAAAACCUUAAAAUGUGGAAGCAGUUAAAUGGUUCUACCUUUGUUCUCAUUUAUAGGGUCACAGAAGAAGUCGAAGAAAAUAAAAUGUCUGCCAGCAACCUUGGAAUUAUAUUUGGGCCUACUCUUAUUAGACCACGUCAGACUGAUGCAGCAAUUUCACUCUCCUCUCUUGUGGAUUAUCCAUAUCAGGCUAGAAUUGUGGAGCUUCUCAUAACAUACUAUGAUAAGGUCUUUGAUGUUUCUCUUGAGUUGCUCAGCAGUGAGGAAAUUCCCUCUGAGAAAGCCAUAUUAACAGAGGAACGUGAAUCACAGCAGAUAAGGAAGUCACAGUCACUGCCAGUUGGGAAUGAAGUAAGAACAUGUUUUAAUUAAGACCUAUAUAUUUAUAUUAAGUGAUACAUUUAUUUGCACUUGUUUUUACUAUUAUUUUGAUCUUUGCUUUUAAUAGAGUGCUGUGUCAUCCAAGCGAACUAAUUCUCUAGAUGAAAACUCGUUGCAAUUUCAAGGCACAGAAGACAACAAAAAUCUAAAUGAAGAUGUUACAGAAGAAAAUGGUAGGCAUUUGGUUCUAUUUUAAAGACUCUCACUUGAAAGCCAACCUUACGGCAAUAAAGUGUUACUGCAGUUUAAUUUCUUCCUUAUUGUACUACAGCGAGUAUAUAACAAUAGAUUAUGGGAAUAAACGUCUUUUGCUCAGCUUCAUAAGUUUUAAUUCUAAUGUCUGAGAUGUGUACAAGGCUUUAACAGAAGUAAAAAUAAAAUUAAAAUAAAUGUUUCUAUAAUCUUUCUUCCAGAGCAAAAUUCAUGUUUGUUAGGGGACCAUUCAAGAAGUGAUUCUUCAGAGGCUUUAACCCCAUUGUCACAUGAGUCCGCUUGUGAUGAUCUAGGUGAGCACAUUGUUCCGUUUGCGUGAUAUAGCCGUAAACCAUUUAAACCAGUCAGAGAGAGAAUGAGUUAAAUACACUUGAAGUACAUUUUGUGUUAACACAAUGGGUGUUAAGUAUCCAUCAGUUUGGGGAUAACAUUCUAGAAAUCAACAGCAGGAACAUUCUUUUUGUUUCUUUUUGCACCAAUUUUCAGAGAAUUGCUGCAGAAUUGCUCUUCAUUUAUAAUGUCCAGCUCUUAAAGAAUGUUACUACUCCUUUAGGGGACUCUCCAGGCUGCAAGUAAACAUUCUAGAUUGAAUGCACUAUAUAGAUAAGAAAUUCAAAUGGUAUAUUGUUAAAAGAAAACAAACUCUUGCCUUUAAAGUUUCUAAACUGCUGCACUUUGCACAGUUAAGUGUGUUGUAGUGGCUAUGGUGCUUGGAGUGCCCUCUUCUUCUGAGCAACGCUCCUUUAACUGCUUUUUUGUUUGUUUUUGGGGGACAGUUGAAGGCUAAAGAUUAAUUUGUUUUUCACAACUCGCAUAUACAUUUUUGUUAUGUAUAGAAGCUAGGUAAACAGACUAUAAACAGUCUUGGUGAGUGGCAGGUCCCUUUUAAUGCCACCUACACAUUUAGUUUCUAAAUCACUUAAAAAUGGGUUUGUUUUAAGUACUACCCGUGGUAUGUUAUAGGUCAGGGGUCAUCAACCUAUGGCACGUGUACGGCACUCAAGGCUACCCGACCCAAACCAGCAUGGCCUAGCAGAAGUCUUUAGUGCAAACCGAGUGGUGAUUGCAGGUGGUGAAGGCACCACCUUACACUUUGCAGCACAUCGAGGAAGUGAUCUCCGAUCACUAUAUCCCAGCACUGGUGAACGAAACCCUGCACUGGAGUAGAGCCACCUGCAGCAGCUAUUGUAGCUCCUGCCCUUGACUUGUACCUGGCCAGAAUGGUCCUUACUGGACCUCAGGGAAGUCACCCACACUGCUAAAUAAACACAGAGCUUUAGAAUAAUCCUACCCCUGUUAUUGGUGGACAGCUAAAAACAGAAUAUAAACCAGUUUUAUUUAUUUUUUAUGUUGCGUAGUAGAAGAAUGCAUGUCAAUGAUAUUACACAUUAAUUAACUGCAAUGUACACAAUACAAAAGUAGUUGAACUUAAUCUGUCAUAUUUUCCAUUUAGAAUGUCCUAUGGAUACAAUUUCAGAGAAUGAAGUUAGUCAAACAAAAGGGAGCACUGAAGAUGUUUCUAAAACAAACUCCGCAUUAACUGUAAAAUCUUAUAGACCAAUAACCAAAGUCCAGUUGAGGGCUGCGAGGUCCAAGCCCUUGGUUCGCCCUGUAAGUUUACCUGUUGAUCGGCUUCUUCCACCCUCUGUGCUUAAUGAGAAGAAUUCAAUAAACACUGGCGUUUCUACAUCAGAUAAACUUGUCAAGAAUCCCACUAUAGAAGAAGUUUCAGAGGCCAAAUCUUUACCUAUCAGUUCAUGCCACAGAUAUUCUUGUUACGAGACACAGGGCAGUCGAAAACCUUGGGACAGGCAGUACAAACAGUAUGACAUCACCCCUAGGACUGCAAUGAUUAUGACAAAUGUUCCACAGGAAAUUAGAGCGCAUGAAAGUGGACCUGCAGGCACAGUCAUGCCAUCUAACACACAAAUACCUACCAUACUUUCCAAAUCGCCUUCUUCAAGCCAUAUCAAGUCCAGUGUGACAGCAAGUGAAGGAAAUACUGCAGAGUUUAAUCUGCUUGCUGCUCUAAGGGCACCAAGAACUUUGCAGCCCCCACCAGGGACUUUUUAUAAACCGCCUUCAUUUCAGGCAAAGCAAACCGAAGAGACUCCUCAGUGCAGUAUGGCAUCUGCAAAUACCAAUAAAGCAUGCAGUCAAGUUAACAAUAACAAUGUGAAUUUAGUUGCAGACUCAGAUCUGGUAUCUGACAUGCAUGGACCUAACACAAAUACAAAACCUGUCCCGGAGGAUCCCCAGCUAAUAGAUGUAAAGCCAACAUAUCAGAGACUCAGGCCAAAACGUCUACAGGAACUGGAACACAGAGAGGCACAUUUUGUGUAA